AGCAGACUGGAGGCUGGUCCUAGUGGAGGAAAGCCCACCUAGUAUUGUUACUAUCCCUUGCUUGGAAUGUGAUGUCUGAGCCCUGCACUGCAGGGAAGGGAAGUGAAGGGGGGGAGAGAGGGAGAGGAUCUGCUGGAAAGGAAAGCACUUCUACAAGGGACUUUACACGCUCACUGUACGGUUAUUGAAUUGCUAAUCGAAGUAUGUCAAGGUAAGGGAUCCAUUAGCAUAACUGUGGCUUUAUCCCAUGUGGCUUCUACCAGAGCCCUACGUUUUAUUCAAGUUUUCUGAGUAGAUCGCACUGGGAAUGCUUUACACUCUCUGGGUUACUGUAACAUCCAUUUACUUUUUCCCUGGUGGAUGAAUUUCCUGCUCUUGUGGAUUCCGGCUUUUCUAUAGUUUGAUCCCUUCGCCCUGUUGGCGUCUUUGCGGGUGAUUUUUUCGGCUAGAUCGCGUGGUUUCUGCGCCUUGAUGCCGCAGUGCUACGCCGAGACCCAGUUUUGCCGCAAGAUUACUUUUUGCUGCAUUCUAAUGCGAGGAUUGCUGGCACGCUGAGACGGCAUGCUUUGCUCUGAUCUUCCCAUUGAACGGGGUCAUUCGCCCGAGUUCUAUGCUCGAAUGCGGUGUAUUUCUGUGAUUCUACUAGUUUGGGAGAGGGCAUUUUGUGCGGAAUCCCAGUAGAGGUUAGUUAGGGGAAAAUGACUGCAGUAACCUCAUCUGCAGUGGCGGGAGAUCAGGUGGCUGCUAACAGCUGCCUAAGAUCCCUUUAGCUGUAGAUCUGCGGGGAGACCUCAUUGAAUAUGGAGGAAUUUCAGGCAUUUGAUUUAGGAUUUCCAAGCAAGGCCAUACCUUAAGCAAUUAACCAUUCACUUACAAAACAACCUUGAAGUCCCAACUCCCCCCAUUCUCAUCUGCUGACAAAAGGGGGCUAACUAAACCAGGCCUGGUUAACAUUAAACAUUAUGCUGUGUUGUAUAAAACGGCUUCCUUAUUCAUUUACUUAGUCAGCAGUGUGCUAGUUUUCAUAAUUUUGAAAAAAAAAAAUUUAUUUUUUUUAUGAGAAAUUACCUGUGUUGUUUAAUGACAAAUGUAUGUGUGGGGGGAGGGGGGAGAGAAGAGUAUGUAUGAAUUGUUUUUAAGUACAAAACUUUUUUUUCAAUUAAAGAUUUUAUUUUAGAACAUUUUUUUCAGAAAAUAGCAAAGACAAAGUAGAUUAAGUUAGACAUUCCAAGUUUCAAUGACUUCAAAAGUCCCCAGAUGAGGUUUAGACAGAAGCUGUGGAACUAAAAGAUCCAGGGAGCAACAACAAGGAGAAGGCAGCAGAGGUUGAGGUGGUAGGAUAUGGAAAGUUAAGAAAUUAAAAAGAAUCCUGUUUUGCAGUCAUAGUUGCCCAGUUCCUCACACAUCAUGUAUCCCAUGAGGUCCUCCUGGGAUUAAUCCUAGACCAGUAAGUCUCCAGCUUUGUUGCCUCUUUAGCUACCGUAUCAGACGCGUUUUCAGAAUAUAUGUUCGUACUAGGCAUAGCAUUCCCUAGUAUUAACAUAUAUUCAGUAAAUAAGUCUAUUAGCUAAAGAGGUGAGGUCACACUGGGAGGUAGUCUGUUCAAAAGGGCUGACCAUAGGAUAGGGUUCGUUAAAGGUUAUAAUUUUUUUGGACAAUGUCUCCAAAGGGUUUAAACUGUUGAGGCAGAAUUCUUCCAAUCCACAACCCCUAAAACACACAAAACAAAGUGGGCAUGAUUUGGAUAAUGUGUCACAACCUGGAUGGCACUAAACGUCAGCAAGACGCUGUUUUUAUAGCCGUUAUGGUGCUUGGAGCUCCUUGGCACUGUACCCUAGUAUGGUGUCAAAUUGUUUCCGAACAGUUUGACACUUACCUGGUGCACUCCCUACAUGUGAUUUCCUCCUUCCUUUAAAGCAGAAGUUUGGAAGAGGUUCUUGAAAGUUUUUAGAUCAUUCAUUGGCUGAGAGUGUCAGCUGACACAUAGCUAAUGAUUGACUGGAAAAGUUGCACAAACUUGACAUAUAGCUAAAGCAAAAUGAAAACUUCUGCUUCAGCUAAAUGGAUAAGUGUAGGAUCGAAUGGGUAAUAGGGGAGGUAAUUACUUUGACCCCUAUCUCCUAGCACUGUAACCAUUACAGUGGGAUAUAGUGCUUAUAAUGCUUAGUGACCCAAUAAAGAGACAAUGCAAUGGUAGUUGGUUAAACCCUGGGCUUUCUUAUGCAGAACACAUUGGGGUUUAGUCACUAAAUUGGGAACUUGUAAAGAAUUUAAAAUAUAAUUGCAGUUAGGGCAUUCACUUAUUAUUGUAUAAUAAAAUAACUUAUAGUUCCAAAACCAUUUAUUCCAGCUUAAAUAGUAUACUAAGGAAACCGUUGAGGAAUGAUUUUGUCUUGCAAUUACCUAUCAGUUCUAUAGAAUUCCUGGUUUACUGAAUGAACCUUGUUAGGGUAAAAAUAGAUUUUAGUGUCAUCCAAACGCAAGGUCAAAGUGCAAAAAGACGUCAAGGGUAGCUUUACAAAAAAACUAUUCAUGCAAGUCAUUUGUUUUGAAAAACUUCUAUUUACAGAAAGAUCAUAGUUUUAAUUGUUGUAAUAACCAUCACUAUUCUUUGCUUUUAUUCAAUUUCCAACUGGUAAACUUGUAUUUAUUUACUCAACAGAUGUGUUUAGUGUUAACAUUGCUGCUGUACUUGCAUAUUUUGUAUAAAAGGGAUUUUGAUGGGAAGAAUAUGUAGGUGGUACAUUCAUUAACCUGUAGUGAACUGAUAGCCAAUCUAUGACUUUAUCGGAGCUGGAGGAUGAUUCUAACUUUUGCUGUCUGUCGUUAAAUUAUGCAGUUCAGGUUUCUACAUUUCCGUGUCUUGUAAAAAAACAAAGCCCUUAGACGUUUCUCUUAUUUUCAAUUAUGCUAGAGUUCAAGAUGGUUAUGGCCACUUGUUAUAUCUGUUAAUCAACAAAUUGGAUUGUAAGGGUUGACUUUGUUUUAAUGCCGAUGUACCAACGGAAGACUUAUGGUAGUGGUUUUUGUGCCAGGAGGACCCCUGGCACCCUUCCAGCACGAAUCAUCGAACUGUUGGCAAACAGUUUGAUAUCUUACCUGGGGAAUGCUUAGCACCCAUCACACCUUCCGGGGGAAAUGACCUGGAAGGCUGUGCUUGGAUGACCUCGUUGUCAAACCAUUCAUAAGGGGUUUGCCUACUUGUUGUGGGAGGGCACCAAGGCACCCCUGGAACCAUAACCAUAGAGGGCCAUAGUGGUUAUGGUGUUUGGAGUGUUCCUUUCCCAAAAGUGAAUAGGUGAUAUAUAUUUAAAAAAAUUUUUUUAUAUAUAUAAUUUUUUUUCUUAAUCAUGUUUUAAUGAGUAUCACAUAUUGGUCUGUUUUCAGUUAAUGGCUGUAUCCUAGCAGAAACACUUUGUUAAUUGCCAGUGUUGGACUUAAUAACUCAAUGGCUUUUGACUCAGAUCUUGUUGCUUAAUCAACUUUUUUUUUUUUUAAAUCUAUCCGUUUUGAAUAAGUGUAAAAUGGAAGGAAUACUGGUAUGUUUGUGCAUUGCUAGACCUCUAUCGGAGCCUCAAACGCUUGCGCAUUUUUCCCAAAACCUCAUGGCCCAGCAACAGUCCAGUUUUUUUUCAGUAUGUCCAUUGGAAUAGAAAAGGGAAAUGCAUUAAUCCUGGACUGUUGCUGGGCAAUGAGAAUUAGUUAGGAAACCACUGCUUUAGUGCAUAAACUACAUUAAUACACAUGGCCAUUGAUUUCAGUUGCGAUGUAUUGUGUAUGAAUGAGGACAAUUACUAAUUUUAAUUUGUGAAUUAGCAGUUAUUGUGGUUUUUGUUAUUUUUACUUGCUGUCUUCACAUAUCUUGUUUACUCUUGUGCAAACUAGUCCUGGAAUACUCAUUCCACGUUUUUUUUUUUUUUUUGUUUGUUUUUUUCACUUUGCAAGCUUGUUCCCCCAAAAAGGAAGUGAUUAUUGCACAUCUUUUAUAAACUAUUGUAUUUUGUUGGGUCCUUCAGUCAGUCCUGUAAACCAAAGACAGAAAAUCAGUAGGCAAACGCAAAGAGAAUGUGUAGUGACUCAAUAUGACACAACUAAAUUUUCCACAUAUAGAAAAAAAAAUUCUCAUACAAAUUCAUAGUUGCAGCACCUUCAAUUAUUUAAUGAUACUGAAUUUGGUUUUAAUGAAAUUAUACCCAUACAUUAGUUUUAUAAAACAAGUCUGAAAACUUAUUUGUGAAGGGGUCUUGGCACUGUAUUUUCCAAGUUAGUUUAAAGGGACACUAUAGUCACCAGAACAACUACAGCUUAUUGAAUUUGUUCUGGUGAGUAGAAUCAUUACCUUCAGGCUUUUUGCUGUAAACACUGUAUUUACAGAGAAAGGCCGUGUUUACAACUUGGGGAUACCUCCACCGGCCACUCCUUAGAUGGCUACUGGAGAUGCUUCCUGGGGCAGUCACGGCCUUUCAGUGUCUCUACCCUCUCUGCAUGGAGACACUGAACUCAUAGAGAUGAAUUGUUAGUGUGGCUUGAAGUUUAGUUACAAAAAACAAGCAGUGGUUUUGUGAUUUCACUUAUAAAUCUUUACUGUACAAACAAGUGCUUUUACUGUUAUACUAAUAUUUAUGCUAAAUUUUGACAAGUUGAAGUAACUUGUAGUAAAGCAAGGUAACCAAUUACUUUAGACAUUUUCCAAUGCAUGUACUACGGAAGACCUUUUUUUGUUAUUUAGAAAAAAAAAAAAAAUCUACCAAUCUACUAAAUUAGUCCCCUAUAGUUAAAUGCAUUAGAGUUAAGGCUUAAAGAAACACUCCAGGCACCAAAACAACUUCAUCUAAAUUAAGUGCGGCUACAUAUCACCGGUAACCUUACAUCCAGGAAGUGGCUUUGAUUGUGCAGGGGAUUAUGAGACGUGUAUUCCGUCAUGGACUGGCCACUCUGUAGUAGAUAUAGGGAGGAAGGGAAUUGCAUAGUACAAACACCCACAAUAUAAAUCUAUAUAUUGUGUGUAAUAUGCAAUUUCCACCCCCCACACCAUUCUGAAAUAACAAAUGACGAGAUCUGCUGUGCAUGUGUGCCUCAUCUGUAUAAUUUAGCAUCUUGAGUUAGAUUGUGAACAGCCGUCAAAUGGAGUUAAGUUAUUCAAUUUGUUUUUGGAGGUUUGCUUUGUAAAACCCAUUUGACUAUUCACAGAAAUCCUAUUCCUUCGUCUCUAGACAUAUUUGUUCUGCUAAUUAGGGACCAACCGAUUAUCGGUCUGGCCAAUAUUAGCGGCCAAUAGUCUGUAUUUUCAGCAAUAUCUGUAUCGCCAAUAAAGAUACCGAUAUUGCAGACCAGGGCUGCCAUCAGGGUCCUGGGGGGGCACAGCACACUCUUACUUACCUUCCCAGCUCCCUUCAGCUACCCUGUCUAAAUCUCGUUUAUUUCAUUCAUUUCCCUGAUACAAAUCAGUGGAAUGAGCAAAAGAUUCCAUAACCCUAAAUUAAGCUAGAAAUAGCCUAACCACUAGUUACCUGAAUCACCACACCACACAAACAACUACCAUAUUCUUAACUUUUAGUGCUCUUCUGUUUUUUGUAUACUACCUCUGAACUAUAUUCAAACUAAUGAAAUGCUGGUAUUAAAUUCAUUUGAAAAUAGCUUGCCUUUUGGGAUAUAUAUAUAUAUAUAUAUAUAUUUUUUUUUUUUCUUCAGUUCUGUUUAUAUUGAAUAUUGUGAACCUGCGAAUGUAAGUGGCAGAAUAUGAUAUAGCAUAUUUGAAAUUCAAUGUAGUGUGUGUGUGUGUGUGUGUGUGUGUAUAUAUAAUGAAAUUCAAUGAAUAGGACCUCUUUCUCACAAUCACAUUUAAAUACUUUAUUGCAACUUUAGGUAUCUAGGAUGAAUAUCAGUGUGUGUUUGUUGGAACUAAUUACUUGAUUCCUUAUUGCCUGACCAUAAAUAAUAUACCAUAUUUUUCCGUAAAUAAGAUGUAUAAGACUACCCCUAUUUUUUGAGCCCAAAAUUAAGAAAUCAAUGUUUUAAGCAUCAAAUAGAACAGCUUUGAUAUUUUAGAGGUGCCAUCUGCGGAGAACAUCAGACUUCUGAUCUUCAUGCCUCCCCUGUGCUACAGUACUCUGUGAAGCUAAUGGCUCUGUAGUGUAUGCUGGAUACUACAACUCCCACAAUACAGCAGUUGAUGUGAGGGUAUGCUGGAGGUGGAGCAAUCCUUAAUAUGGCUGCUCCUUUUAUUGUGUGGCAUGUCUCUGGAGCUCCGUUGGUAAAUGCUGCCGCUGCCACUCCCACGUAUAUAGGGACCUCUUCCACAGCAUUCAGAAGUCAGUAUGAGGCAGGACAGGUAUGUGUGUGAGCCGAGGCACAUUGAAAUGCGUCAAGCGCCAUCUUAAGUUAGGCCCACGCACAAGUGGGUUUUUUUGUUUUGUUUUUUUAACCCCUGCAGUGACAUUCAGUGUUUAAGAUGACCCCCAAUUUUAGACUAAAAAAAGUAGAAAAAAAAGUCUUAUACAUGGAAAAAUACUGUACAUUUAUUUUUUGGUUUCCUCUGAGAUGUAUGGUGUAAACUAAUUUGUAAGUGCAAGAGGAUUUUUAGAUCUGGUUCAGCAGGAAGAAUUCUUAUUUGUUAUUCAGUAUAUGUUGAAGGUAGGUAUAAAUGGCCUUAAUUAAAUUAAACACUUAACCCUUUGCAUGUCUCUUCUGUGUUUUUUUUUGGAAUGAAAACCUUGUCAAACCUGUUCUCCUGAUGACGUGAAAGGUCAGUUUUGCACAGCGUGAUCCUAAUUACCGGUUUCUCACUGUUCAGACAUGCUUAACAAUGGCUUAUCAGCCAUUCAGCCUGUAAUAGCUGUUGGUACAUAUUUAGAAUUUGCCAUACCCAUUUAAAAUGUAGAAGGUAUACUCUAUAUAAAAUGGUGCUGAAGCCUCUUAACAAACUCUCUCUAUCUAAUAGGGGCAAGUGGCUAUCAAUAUAGGACUAGAGAUUUCUGUAAAUGCCAACUGAGUUAUUAAAGUGGAACAAACAGCAGGAGCAGUUGGUUUCCACAGUGAUUGCUCCACUUUUAGAACCGUGCUCUAGAAUCAAUAUUUAUUCAUUAUCUCUACUGAUUCACCUGGGGUUAUGCAAUUUUGAUUUAGAUUCCAUUGUUCAGAUCUGUAGGCAUCUGGUUUCAAUAUGGUGUGUGUAUCUAUCUUGAAGAGUUUCUUAGAUCAUCAUUAGCUCUACAGGCAAUGGUGUGCGUCCUCCCUGGGUCACGCUGCACACCAAAGCUGGGAACCGAGAAUAUGGAACUCCUGGGAACAGAAAUGACAUUAGCCACCCCAAAACUCUUGUUCUGAGCUGCUAAUGAUGCUGCCGGAAGUUUAGUUAAAGGACCACUCUAGGCACCCAGCCCACUUCAGCUUAAUGAAGUGGUCUGGGUGCCAGGUCCAGCUAGGGUUAACCCAUUUUUUUAAUAGACAUAGCAGUUUCAGAGAAACUGCUAUGUUUAUGAAUGGGUUAAGCCUUCCCCCAAAUCCUCUAGUGGCUGUCUCAUUGACAGCCGCUAGAGGUGCUUGCGUGAGCACGCAAGCGUCCAUAGGAAAGCAUUGUAAAUGCUUUCCUAUGCGACCGGCUGAAUGCGCGCGCAUUCAGCCGACUGGGAGGAACAGAGGAGGAUCGGAGGCAGAGAGCUCCCCGCCCAGCACUGGAAAAAGGUAAGUUUUACCCCUUUUCCCCUUUCCAGAGCUGGGCGGGAGGGGGUCCCUGAGGGUGGGGGCACCCUCAGGGCACUAUAGUGCCAGGAAAACGAGUGUUUUCCUGGCACUAUAGUGGUCCUUUAAUACAAGGCAGCUAGCCUAAAUAUCUCAGUAUGUCCAGAGUUUCAUACUGAAUCACAGCGUAUACAGGGUCCAUGCACGAUGACCACUUCAGUGUUUUCAAGUGAAGUUUUCAUGAUGUUCGAAGUAACCCUUUAAUUGCCAAUCCCUAUAGCCAUCUGGCUAAAAAGUUGGCAUACCACAAGAGGGCAUGAUUUAGGGAAUAUACAACAAAAAAUUUGUUUUAUUUACUUAUUUAUGAUAGAUAAAAGUAGGGUCCUCACUUCUGCUUGUUUCUGUUAGACUUGUUUUGGUGAACUUCUUUGCAUGUUUUGUACAGCAUUUGUAUGGAGAUGUAGAAUCUCCAUAAACUGCCAUAUCCCAGGAGUAUUUCCAUUUAUUGAGUAUGUAGUCUUAGAAAUUUAAUUCCUGCUAUUCAGAAGGUGAAUAUUUUUGUAUAUUACGAUUAUUAAUAUUUAUUUAUAUUUUUUGUGAGCUAGUGUGUAUCUGAAGUGUUGGUGGUGUAUUUGCUACAUUAUUGGAUUCCUUGUGCUUCUACCCAACAUUCUGUACAGGUGAUGUGAUACACCUAAAACAAACAUGAGUAUAGCACUGUAUUACACGAAAGGUCUCCUGGAGAAUAUAGCAAUCAGAACAAAAUAGUGUUGUAAUUGACUUCUCUUUGAUGGCCUCUUUCUUCCUAAUGGUCUUGGUACGUAACUACAGCAAAUGCCAUAUAGGACUUGUUUGGCAAAUUGAAGCAACAGAACAAGUGUACCAUCUCCAUUGUGCUCUAGUUUUUAAGAAUUUUAAACAAGAAAACGUUUGCCUUGUCCAAAUUAAUUUAGGUUUCCAUUCCUUUACCACCUUCUUAUGUAUUUUGUUUGAAGUCUCAGUUUUCUAAAUGAAUCUCCAUUGUGCAGUGUGAGUAUUGCAGACUGUUUAAUAAGCUAGUUCAUGUGAUGUAAUAUGUUAGGGCUAUCAUUUGGAUCAUUGUAGAUUCACAUGUUCUCUAAAAAUGCAAGCAAGAGAUUAGUGAAGGUGUAUUGUAGACCUCUCACAAUUUUACUUUUGGCAUUUAGGUUUAGGCAUAAAUAUACAUUAACAUUUUGUAAAUGAGAUGAUGUUGUUUCACAUGGAAUUCACUGAUUAAUCUCUCAUACUGUUCAAGUACAAGGACAAGCAGUCCAUAGGGGAGGUCACCUCUGCAAUACUAUGUAACCUGGCACUCAGAGAAUGCUGUAUUUCCAGAGGUGUAGUGUUCGUGUUGACUGGUCCAGUUGAUUUACAGGUUACUGUAAAAAGCUAACCUUGAAUUGUCUGUAUUGCUUCUUAACCAGGCAAAUACUGCUGUAAAUACAUUAUAAAAGAAUCUCUGGGCCUAUGGCAAUAGCGAGGACAAAGAAACUACGGAAAAUACCAUCCCAGGUUCGAGUAAAAAGGACAUAAAAAUUAAAAGUAUCUGUGGCUUUUUUUUUUUUUUUUUUUUUAGACCAUAUGUGUACAUAAUUCUCGUGCAGAGUUUUAAAAGAAAAAUUGCACCAAAACCCCCCUCAAUGAGAUGUGGUGCCUAGUGUAUUUAUUUAUUUAUUUUGUGUGUUUUCUGCACUAAACCAUUUGCUGUAUACAUGAAGAAUCCGUUUAGCUUUUUAAAUAGCCGAAGUGAGUUUCCAGUCCCUCAUAUUUUUAUUUUUGUAUAUGGAUUUCUGUAACCUUUUAGAACAUCUGUACUCAAAACCAAAAAAAGAGAAAAUUUGAAGCAUUGGAGUAUAUGGUUCUUUAUAACAUGACUCACAACUUUAAGUCCACCUCUACUAGCCACAUCUGAAAUUUAUUUGCACUCCAAAUUCCGACUGCUGGAAACGGAUACUGCAUCAUGCCCACCCGGCUACCCGAACAGGGAGAUUUAUCAAGACACAACAGGUGAUAUUCUUGGUGCAUAGUGCUAAAUGUUCAGAGACAGUCUAUUGGUUUCUGAGUUGAUUGCUCCUUAUUUAGCACUUUGCCCCAAAACAGUAACUGUUUCUGCUGAUGACCUGACAUAAAAGGCAAAAAAUUAGUCAAAAUAAAACCACAUUGCAUGUAAGCUAUAUAUUUUUUAACUAGUUUGGCAAGCACACUAUACAUUAAUAAUGUAGUUUAUUACUAUAGCUGUGGUGGUGCUGGUGACUAUAGUGUCCCUUUUAAAGAUGGUGUUUUUUUGAUUGUACUAAGGAUUCUUGCAAGUAGUGAUUUUUUUUUCUUUUUUUUUUCUAUUGCGUGCCAGGCAGGGCUAAAAAUUUCCACUUACCAAUGGCUCGUGGAUGAAUUGAAAUAUUUCUGCUUCCUUACUAGAUAAGUGUUUUAAUAGCUUGGGCCUUUUAUAUUCCUGUGUGUUUGUGUUAAUGCACUUUGAGGUUACUCACAAGCCAUAAUUGAUAUUAGUUCUGUAACACCCGUGUAUUUCCAUACCCCAAUACCAUUUUGCGUGUUAACAAUUUUGAAUUGCUGUUAACUGUAUAGGAACAUAGCUGAACAGGUCAGAUCUGUAAAUAUAUGUAUUGCAUUAAAUCACUAGUAGAUAUACUAGUGUAAUAUUUUGAAAAUUGUUAAAUACACAGUUCUGUAUUUAGCUACAGGGUUUUUGGUCACACACAGUAUGUGACUCUGGAAGUUUGUGUAAGUACAUAUUGUAUUAGGUUUGUAAUAUUUUCCCACAGCUCGAGUAAAGUUGUGAAUUUUUAUUUUACUUUUUUUUAAAUUUUUUAUGAAGUAGGGUAGGUGAGCAUGAAAAACAAUUGUCUAUGGAAGAAUCUGCAAAUGAGAUACUGUAUUUUUUUUUUAUUGGGUUUUUCUAUGUAAACUGCAGAAAAGAUUACGAGAUAAGCAAUUAGAGUGGACCUGUACAAUUUUGCUCUGACGGUUUUGGUAACAUGUAGGCAUGUGUUGAAAAGGACAAUAACUACUGAAUUGCUUAGUUUUUACCAUUUUAUAUUCUGUAUAUGUCAAAUAAAUCCAUUGAAGGAGUACAAGGUUAUCUGUACUGUGUUGGUGUUUUAUUGCUAUUGCUGGGAUCCACUGGAUUAGUUGGCACAAAAUAUCUUGCAGGUGUGUUGGUUAUCCAGCAGAUUAACCAGAUCAAAUUCAUUCAGUGGAAUGCGUAAAAGAAAAAAACAUUACCUAUGCACAGAGCAAUUCAUCCAUAAUUACCAAGUUUUUUUUUGCAAAACAGUCACAGAAAAACCGCAGAUAAGAUUCUUGUGGUUCCAAAGGCCACGUACUUUCCCUCUGGGCAGAUACUCUCUGGGUUUCUUUUAAGAUGACUCAGUGGAAUGUCUCAAUUUAUAUGAAGUUGAAAACCUGUCAUUUAGGUUAUGUUCUUGGUGUAAGCAUAAAUGAAUGCAGUCUAUCCAUUUAAUUGAUGGGAAAACCUUUUGAGACAAAGCUCCGUGUCAAGAGCAAGUAUCUAAUGAGUGUGUUGCCUUCGGUAAUCUGUUGUGGUUGUGUUCUAAAAGUGGACUGUUUACCAUGGAAACCAAUUAACGGUUAUUGCUGAUUGCUCUAUUUGAAGAAUUUUUCCUCAGAAAAGUGUGUAGUAUUUUUGAGGAAAUUGAAGUUGAUCGGAGAAACACUCUGAGCAUUAUAAUCAAUAGACUUGUGCACAAAUCAAAUAUUUUUUUAUUUAUUUAUUUUAACUUCAAUCUUCGAUGAGCAGAUCAAAUUCCUGUUAAUUUAUGCCCAGACGAAAAAAUUCAGCCAGGAUUCACAUAAUCGAUGAUCAAAUUGCAUGGGUCUAGAUUAACAGGAAUUUAAUUAUUUCAUCACAAGUGAAAAGGAUUUGUGUAAAAUUCUAAUAUCCAAUACUGCAAAAUAUAAUUGCUACAGUAUAUUCAAUCCUGCUGAUUUCAAAUUGAGGAAUUUUCACCACACAAAGUGCACACUCUCAUUUUAAGAUGAGAGAGUUUCAUCUUCAUUAUUAUGGAACCAAAUAUAUAGAAUUUGACAUUAACCAUUUGGCACCACAGGCUACUGGGAAAAAAGUUUCAUUAGGAUGAUAGGUGUCCAUUAACAUAAUUUGUAAUAAUACAAAAAAAAUAUUUAGAAAUAAGGGAAAAACUAUUUUCUCUUAUCCUCUUAGAUAUGGCUUCUUCCCAGUUUUUUUGUGUUCUCUGCUAGAAGAUGGGGUGAGGGGGAAGGCUGGACGGGAGGGGUCAAUACAGGCUUACCAAAAUGGAAACAAUGAUGUAUGUACUUAUCACAAGCGAUAAGGUAAAGAUUGUAAAAUUGCUGGGAAGCAUGUGGUUACUAUGGAGACAUUCAAAGUUUUCAUAACAUGUACACAUUUUCUUCUUAAUAAAUAAGGUUCACAAAUCACUUUUGUGAAUGUUUUACUUUUGAACUGGUACUGAUCCCUUUAAAAACCCCGUAAGAGCCAAACUUCUGGAAUAAAAGGGAAUCCUGACAUGUCACACAUGUCAUGUGUCCUUAAGGGGUUAAAGGAAAGCUAAUAAUUAUGAGCUUGUGAAGCAGAUGCCGUGUUUUUUUUUUUUUUUUUUUUUCUCUAACCCACACCAUUGUCAUUUUCUUUAUUUUUACUUGACUUUUUUUUUUUUUUUUAUAUAUAGCAACUGGAGUACCAUUUGUUUUUUGUUUUUUUUUCCCCCCACCAUUCCAACUACUGUGGAAUGGAGUUUUAGAAUGGUGCGUGCAAAACAUACAUUAUUGGCACUCCCACUUUACUUCCAGGGCUGCCGACAUUCAUUUUGUUCCUUUUGCAUUGCACUUAUACCAGGAUAGGGGCUGGUUAUAGAGAAAAGAGUAAUGAGAGAGGGACAGAAUUAAUGGAUGCUGUGAAAUCAUUAUUGCUGUGUUUGGUUUUGUUUGUGUUAUACAAUGCAGAGUCCUGUAUAAAGCGGAAUUUGAAACCUCAUUAAACUAGCAAGUCACUCCUACUUGUUAAUAUAUCACUUGUGUCUUAAAGGAACACUAUAUAAGUUAUAAAUACAGGUUUGUAUUCCUAACGCUGUAGGGUCCCUGCCCUUAGUGGUAUUAAGGUUCCCCAUUUACUAUAAAAUAAAUAGUAUACUUACCUUUUUCCAGCACCUAGGAUGCCUCUUCUCUGCUCUCCUUUAAGCCUCCUGUGACGCUGUCGAGAAGUCAUGGCCUCCUCAGGCAUGGUCCAAGCCAGUGCUCCUCAUAGAGCAGCAUUGGGAACCAAAUAUGCAUGCACAAUGUGCACAUUUGAAUCAAUGCUUUCCUAUAUGGCCUUCCGUUUCACGUGACUGAGUAUUACUCUCAGUGCAGCAGAAACGCCUCUAGUGACUGUCAAGAGACACUAUAGUUAUCCAGACCACUUCAUCUCAGUGAAGUGGUCUGGGUGCAGUGUCCCUGACCUUUAAACCCUGCAAUGUAAAACCCUGCCGGUUAGUAGAAAUUGCAGUAUUACAGCCAGUAGAGGCGCUUCUGCUGCUCUGACGGCGUAAUAUUCUGUCACGUGAUACAGAGGGCCCCUUAGGAAAGCAUUGAUCGGCGACGUAUGCAUGUGUGGCGCUCGCUUAUACACCUCUAUGAAGAGCAUUGAAUUGGACAUUGGCACAUGGAGGCUAUGCCUCCUCUGUGAUAUUUUGGGAGGCAGACAGGUAAGCGGCACCAAGGGAGCCUUGACGCUGUGCCAAUUGUAAUCUUUCCUUUACCUUGACACUAGAUUAAACGAAUGGAUGUGGUCCUUCUAUGUAUGUAAGCUAACUUAUUUAUAUAUAUAUAUAUAGAUUUGGGAUUUCUGUGGGAAAAGCAAGUCUUAUGGCUUGACUGGUGUGCAGAUUUUUGUUUAGCAUUGUAUUAACUAUCCACAUACUUCAGGUGGAAGGGGUUUUCAAUCACAAUUUUUCCCCACCAUAAUCUAUUUGGAUCUUGCUUCACAAGCACUACCAAGCCUCCUUAAGCAAACCAGUAACCAACCUCAUGCUGAAGAGUUGCAUUAACAACGAAACAGCUGUCCAUGAGUGGUUCACUGGUUUUGCAUCUUAUCCUAAAUUGUGUUCCAAGCAGUUGUAUACUGCAAACACAAAUUAUAAGGAAUCCAUGUUUAAAAUGGAAUGAGGCAAAAAUGUGAUUCUUUGUUAAACUAAUUUGCAUAUGCCCACCCAGAAUCCUUUGCGGUUGUAACAUCACUGCUGAUUUGGGAUUUCUGUGGGAAAAGCAAGUCUUAUGGCUUGACUGGUGUACAGAUUUUUGUUUAGCAUUGUAUUAUAUAUAUAUAUAUAUAUAUAUAUAUAUAUAUAUAUAUAUAUAUAUAUAUAUAUAUAUAUAUAUAUAUAUAUAUAUAUAUAUAUAUAUAUAUAUAUAUAUAUAUAUAUAUAUAAAAAUCUCCUUUUUUUUUUUAAUGCAGGGAUGGGGGAUGGGUUGGCAUGAAAACAAGUAGGGACAGGAACACUAUAGCGUAACUGUAUUCUUACGCUAUAGUGUUCCUUUAACCCUGCAAUGUAAUCUUUGCAGUUUUACACUGCAUGGUUAAAAGGAGACCAGAUCACUUGAGUAAAAUAUUGUCCCUUUAAGUUGAAAAUGUAAAAUUUCAUUAUAUUCAAUAUUGCGGACCAGAAGAAAAAGGUAAAGUCUCGAACAAUGGCAUUUUAAAUAUCUAUUAUUUUACAUAUAAAUAUACACACAAAAUAAAAAGUUGAAGUGAAACUACUUUUGAGGUUUAUGAAAAAAAAAUGUUGGGGUGGUGAAGGGGGGAAGGUAUUUAUGUAGGGGUUCUGUGGACACGAAGAUAAGCUUUUCUGUAUGUUUGAAAAAUAUGGGCACUUGUUUUAUGUAUCAAAUGAGAAGCUUUAAUCCUCCAUAUGUUUAGCACAGAUGCUGCUUGAUUUGAACCACACAUACCUAGAAGUUUUUAUACCAUGGCUUUUUUUUUGAUGUACAUGUGCUCUGAGUUUGCAGAGAAAAAUUCCACAGAACAUUUAAAAAUUAUUUAUUUUCAAAUAAAUUCUCUCUCUCCUCCUCCCCCCCCGCCCCCCCCAAAGAAAAAAAAAAUCUGUGCAGUUUGUAACUAUUUGUAUACCUUUUUAAAUAUGUAGCAAGCCCUCUGUGAUAUUGAUUGUGCAUAUUGCAAUAUUUUUCAUUUACCGUUUUUCAGUCUGGUAGUGAGUCAUCUGAUGCAUAUCAGAUACAUGCAGCUGCACCCAAUAAAUUGAGAUUUUAAAUAUCUUUAAAAUCGGUUAUGUUCGAACCCAUUUGGAAGAUUACUGUAGUAUCAGGUAAAAGACGAUGCUUUUGACAAGAGUAUUGAAGUGCUGGCCUUUUGUAAAUUAAUUAUUUUAUGAUUAUAUGUAAUGUGAUAUCAUGCCCUGCUACUUUCCCCCUUGCCUUCCUGCUUUUCUUUAGGACAUUGAAUGCAAGGUCCGAGACUCGUUCCUAUAAUGCAGUCUGCAUUCUGAUCACUUUUUUUUUUAUUUUUUAAGCACCAGUAGAUCUUAAAGGUGCUAACUGUUAGUCAAUGGUUCAUGUAUAUUAAUGCAUUCAUACUGUUCAAAGAAUCCUCUGCAUACAUGAUGACUUCCCUUCUAGCUUUCCAUUAAAUCAUAAGGACGUGUUUUGACAAGUUUGUUACCUAAAUAUAACAUGACAUGUUAUGUGUAAUUUACAUGAUUUGGUCAAUGAUUUUUUUUUUUUUUGGUUUUAAAGUCUUUAUUGCCAUAAACGCGUAUUACAGAAAUAGAUAAUAGCUAUUUAAACGAGAAUUACAAGGUGUUUAAAUGAAACAGGAAGGGUUACACGGGUUAGGCAUAGGUCUAUUCUGUGAAGUCAUAAGUGGUUGAACAAUGUGACUACAUAGAAAAAGCGUGGUGGGGGAGGGAACGGUCGUCUAGCCCCGUUGAGUCUUGUCAUAUUUUGUGUAUCUGUCACUUUUCACUUUUCAGAGUGUAUUUCCAGUCAUCAUAAAGCCAGUAUAUCAUGCCCACAUUGUGGGUUAUGAGUGUCUAAUUGUAGUGAUGGGUAGUCUCUUACUUAGGCCGUGUGUUUAUGGCAUAGUGUGAGGCGUGUCUAGUUGGCUCGUGGUUGAAGUGUUGUACGGUUUUGUCACCCAUAUUUGUCGGUGUGUGUGGUGACUUUCCGGAUCGGAGUGUGGACAUGGCCUCCAGUCCUAUGAACUCGUUAAGUGUAGGCUACUGGGCUACUCUGCAUGUUUUCAGUAAGAGUUGUGAUACGUGGAGGUGGCAGCUGAUGACCCGCUUAGACCGUGGGCGUGCAUCUCUUGAGCAUCUCAUCCUAGUACAGUCGUCAAAUGCGGUUGAUGCCUUGGGUGAAGGCUAAAAAGGAAGGGGGUGGUUAGAACUGAAGGGACGAAGGGAGGGGGGUUUUGGGCUGACCGGUGCUGAAUCUAGACAGUAUCGUUGUAUGUGAGGUGGUUGACAGUCCCAGGCGUGACCUUUAAGUGUGAGUGUGAUUCGUGGGGUCUGGUUUGGUCAUGAAUUUCACCCAGGGACUCCACACCUCACGAAAGAGUGGGUAUGUGUGUGUUAUGGAAGCGUGAAUUUCUUCCAAGUCUUUAAUCCCAUCUACCUUUGUUAUCCAUUCUCUGAUUGUGGGGGUCUCAGGGUUUUUCCAUUUUGCGGGAAUGAGGGCAUUGGCCGCUAUGAGCAAUUGCACUACUAGCAUACGCAAUGGCUUCGGUAGGCGUGUGUUCAAGUAAAAACAGUAGGGAUUGGGGUGUUGUGGGGAGUUUCAGCCCCGUCACUAUUCUGAUCAUUGACAAUAUGUGGUUCCAAUAUAUGUAUGUUAGGGCAUUGCCACCAUAUGUGCGCUAAAGUCGCCCCCUGUUGGUGGCAUUUCCAACACGUUCCUGGUGUCUGUGGGAAGAGGUUGUGUAAUUUCACCAGCGAGUAGUGCCAGCGAGAUAUUCUCUUGUAUCCACUUUCUUGUAACCUGUUGCAAAUGGAGGUUUUGUGGAUUUGUGUAAAUAUAGUUUUCCACUGGAGAUCUGUGAGAGUUAUGUUAAGGUCCUUCUCCCACGACUCCGUGAACCUGGGUGCAGGUUUGUUAUGAUUGUCUUGAAUAAGUUUGUAAAACGUCGAUAGGUGUUUGGUUUUGAUGUUGUGUGUUGUACAAUGUAUUUCGUAGUCUGUGAGUGUGCGGGAACCCGUUUUUAGUAUUGGGUUGGACUCUAUGAAGUGGGUCAAUUGUACAUAAUGGAAAGUUGUCAGUGUGGUCGGUUUGUCUUGCUUUGUCAGUUCGGUGAGAAGCCGGAUAGAGUUGUUGUCUGACACUCUCCCUAGUGUGAGAUAAAGCGCAUCAGCUGAGUCCUGUAAAUUUUGGUAGGUGGCCAUAUGUAGGCCUGGCGGGAAGAGUGGGUUAUGUGUAAUUGGGUAUAAAGGGGACGGGUGUGGGGAGAUGUUCGGGAGUUCUCUUAUGUGUGACCAAAUCUUGAGUGUAGGGUGGAUAGUGGGGUGGGAGGCAUGUUGGGUAAGUAGCACGACCAUGUUUGUUCUUUGCCAUGGGAUUGUGUAGAGGGGUACCGUAAAUACAGCGCUCUCGAGUUUUCCCCAUUGCCUCGUCGGUGGACUAGUGGUCCAAUCAUAUAUCCUGGAUAAAAUGGUGACUUGGUAGUAUCUUUCCAUGUGUGGUAAGCCUAGGCCUCCACUUGCUUUGUGUUUGGUUAGGACUUCGUAGGGGAUUCUAGGACGUUUUAUGUGCCCAGAUGAAGGUAGUGAAAAGUUGUGUUAAUUUGGUGAAGUAUGAUUUGGGUAUAGUGAUGGGCAGGGUUUUGGUCAAUGAUAUUGGCUUUUAAAGUGGAAUUAACACAGAUUGUGAAGUCAUUUUACUUUAACUCACAAAAUGGUCAUCAGAUCUAAUUAGCAAAAAAGGUACAUAUUUCAUUAAUAAAAAUAAAAUUGCUACACCCAAAACCAUAGUAUAAUUAUAAAUAUUUCAAGAAGAUAUAAAAGCAUCUAUCUCUCUGUAUCUGUAUAUGAGGAUUGUUGGGCCAUAUGCCACACCUAUGCCUGCUACUAGGAGUAAUGCCUCCGUAUUGGCGUGAAAUUUGAUAUGCCUAUCACUAUGCCAGUGUUGGUGGUUUUUUAUUUUUUUUAAAUUCUUAUGCUUUCUAUGUUGUCAAUCCAGGUGUUGUAUUCUGGGUGUUUACUUUUGGCAUAUUUCAUUAAUGCACCUAUAAAAAAAAUCAUGGUCUUAUGAUUUUGAUGAGGUUGCAUAUUACAACCAUUUGGUACCUUUAUGUAAAUUGCUAAACAUAUUCUUGGGAGUGUUCCAUUAAUGUAAACCUUGUUUCUAUUUAUGGUCAUGAUUUGCUUUAAAGGUUUAUUCCUUCCAAAACAGUUUUUUGGGGUUGUGGUUUUUUUUUUUUUUUGGUCGAGUAACCUUUUCUGACCUUCCCUCUCUAACGGGGAAAAAAUAAUUAUAAAAAAAAUAAAUCCCGUGCCAAGGCAAACUGUUCCCCGCAGCUUGAUCCUCCUCUAGUGAUGUCACUCCCACUUGCUGUUAGUUAUGGCUGCGGCGAGGAACAAGUCACCACUUGAUUUUGAAUCCGCCCAUAUCACGUUCUUUCAAGAUCUUACAAGAAGCACAUUGCAGUGGCGCAGGUCAGUGGGCUUGAUCACCAACCACCUCCGAACAGCCGGCAUGGAAUACCAAUGGGGCAUGCCCAGGACUUUAACGGUGAUAAAAAAUGGGGUCACACACAAACUUAGCUCCCUGAAUGAUGGACUGGCAGCGGCCUCAAUGGAGUCCCCCAAACAACAUGUAUGGGACCCCUCGAGAACUGUCCCGUUCACACCACGAGAUGGAGCGAGGCUGGGAGCUCCUACCUGAACCAUGCUUCGACGGAGUGGACUCUCCAGUAUCACAUAGCCCUCUCAGAUGACUGCUCCUGCUCAUAUUAUGAUACAAUUAAGAUAGUUCUUUAUUCUGCAUUGUUGAAGCUUGGUUCAUGACUGCUUUUAGUUUUUGCUUACAUAUGCUUAUCUUUCUUUCAUUUAGCCACGCUUAACAGUAUUUAUCACAGCACACGGUAAAGCGAACACGCGAAAAUACACUAGCCCUCCCCGCUCCAGAAAGCGGGAUGAUAGCCCCCCGUGGCUUCCCUAGGUCAGGGACCGUCUGUCACGAAUAAGUAAGCACGGACCCUGGGCUCAGAUACCAUACACAUAGUUUACCCAGUUGGCCCAUUUUGCCUACUCCUACAUUUUACAUAUCAUAGUGACUGGGCACACUACAGCAAAGACAAUCAGCACCUACGGGGCCGAAUAAGAAUAAAAAUAAGUCUGGCAACUAUCCCCAUCGUGUAACCUUGAUAUAAAGGACACCUCCGCACCCUAGCCCCUCACCCCUUAGAUCUGAGCGUCAAAUCGCAUUCACCAAGUAGGGUUGCUUACUACUCACGCUUCUCUUAAUAAAUUCGGCUUGUUUAUUAUAAUUUUUAAAAAUGAGGCUGUCCAUUAUGGGAGUCCUAGCAACUGAAUAUGCUAUUGCACCCACAUUGUGUAUUAACAUGGUUUUUACUCCCUUUUUUAAUUUCUGUAACCCUUUUAUCAUUGCCCCAAUAAAAGAAAGAAUUAUUAUAAAAAUAAAAUACACCUACCAUUAAAAUUUAAUUGACGUAAAUCAUAAAAAUUACCUCCCCCCCAAAAAAAUAAAUAAAAACAAACAAUUUUAUAAAAAGUUUGUAUAACCUGCUAUCAAUUCCAUAACAACUAGAGAAUAAUUUAUUCCAGAAUACAUGCCAUGAUAGCAUGAGCAACCCUGACUGGUGAAGGUUACCCUAAAUAUGUGUUCCUAUUCAAUGAAGUUCCCUACUCACUAAGGGUAUAAACUGAAACACUGAAUAAGAUAGUUCCAGGAAAAAUGUAUACGGGAAGAUUCAGAAUGUGUGGGUGUGUAUAUAUCUGUGGGUGUGUGUGUGUGUGUGUAUAUAUGUAUGUGUGUGUGUGUGUGUGUGUGUGUGUGUAUUCUCUCGCCUUUGAAAUGAGGAAAACAUUCUGAUGUUGCUCCUCAAAUGAAUCCGUAAGAAAACUCCUUUUAGUGGGGUUACUACGUUGAAUGUAUGAAAUGGCUAAUUUUAUACAAGCUCACGGUAUUCCUCUUAGCCACAUUAAACGAACGAUCAUUUUAAAUAUGAUGAUCCUACCAUCCAAUUACUACUUCUCUAGGCAGGCAGACUGUGUUAUUCUAUUGGAUCAGUAUUUAUGACGCUGUAAAUGUCAGAGGCUGAAGGGCGAUCAAGUAAAUAAUUUAUUUGUCUGAACUCUGAAUCUUGCCAUAAAACUGGUAAACGCCCUGCCAGAGUAGCAAUAGUACAGACAGACUGCGCAUAUAGAAAUGGAAUAUGACUUAAGUACAGUAUACGGCUUUGUAUUCGUGUUCUAUGGGAUUUAGCUAAAUAGUUUUGUGAAGAAAUAAGCAAAUUUAUUUUCAUAUUGCCAAUUUGGGAAUAAAAGAUCAAUUGCAGAUUUUUUUUGAUUCACUAUUUGUCGAAUAAGCUCUCAAUUUGAAAAUGACGAUAUUGUGUGUGUAUAUGUUUUCACUUUACAUAAAUCUUGUGGCCUCCUUUCCUAUGUAUCAGCUCAGUAAUAGUUCUAGUUCAUUCAAUUCUUCCAAGUCUAAGUCUCUGUUCAGUUUCAUAAAAUCUUCAUGUAUGGGCUCCUUCUGUGUGAUGCUGGGUAAACUGAUUCAGCCGCAGAAUAGUUUUAUAUACGGUAGAUACCUGUUCACUUUGUAACUUUAGAAUUCAAGGGAGUAAAUAUCCAUUUCUUAUUAAAGGAACACUGUAGUGUCAAAAACACUAUUUAGAAUUAUUUAAAUUCCCUCUUCUGAAUCUGUCCGUAUACAUUUUUCCUGGAAUUCAAUUUACUAUCUUAUUCAGUGUUUCAGUUUAUACCCCUAGUGAGUACGGAACUUAAUUGAAUAGGAACACAUAUUUAGGGUAACCUUCACCAGUCAGGGUUGCUCAUGCUAUCAUGGGAUGUAUUAUGGAAUAAAUUAUUCCCUUGUUGUUAUGGAAUUGAUAGCAGGUUAUACAAACUUUUUAUAAAAUUGUUUUGGUUUUUUUGUGGGGGAGGUCAUUUUUAUGAUUUACUUCAAUUAAAAUAAUUAAAUAAUUUGGUAUGUUUGCUACUGUUUGCAUUAACGUGUGCUAAUUGCCAUUUGCUUUUGUCAGUUGUAUUUGGCUUGUGCCAUUAAAUGUAGUCAAUUUUAUGGGUGGUCUUUGUGAUCUUACACAGGCAACGCAUUGUGAGUGUGAUCAGUUUAUACAAUCGCUCAAUGCUAAAGAUAUCUUACCACAAUUAGGUUAUACAUAGAUUAGAUCAUGUGCCCUUCUGAACUUGAAUUUGCUCUUUAGAUUGUUUUUAUCAGCCAAAUAACUGCUUAUUCUCUAGUUUUAGACAAAGAUUUCAACUGACACCAAGAUAUUGUAUGUACUUGUCUGUCUUGUUCACUGGGCAAGCCCUGCUUAUAUGCACUAUGCAGUGCGUGUACAGGAGCACCUGUUUUAGGGUAACACAAAGAUGAAGCCAUCUGUGCAGAGCUAUUUACCUAGCUUGUACCUAUAUCUGGCAUGUUUAUAAUGCCUAAUUUCCAGUGAUCCACUAAUGAAGGUGGAGAUCUUGUUAUGAAAGGUAUUGUAUGCAGCUGUCAGGAGCAGUGAAAUUUUAUUUUAAUUGUUCUCACACCUACUGAAGCUUAUAAAUGUCUUUCAUUGCCAUUUAAGAAAUGCAAGUCAUUUUUGUUAUUUUCCUACUGAGUACUUGGUCUGUUCUCCUAGACAAAAUAAACAAAUUGAGGACAAAACCUCAUUCUAAGAACAAAGAUUGGCAAACGUCUCUAGAGCUUAGCAGACAGGCCUAUUUUUCUGGCUUGUGGUUUUAUUUUUUUUAUUUUUUUGCUUAUAGACUGCCAUGGAAGAGAUCCAGCUAUUGGGUUCUGUCUAAUCUACCUAUUUAGCAGCAAGCAGUAACCUUUUUAUUAGCUGUGACUCCUUGGAUCCUGCAUUUGACAACCUUUUAAUAUUCAUUAUCAGAAACGUGCUGCAAGUAGUGUAGAGUAUUCUGGGUAUUUGUAUUUCUAAGCUAAAGUGAUGACUCAUGCUAUUGUAUAUUGAUCCGAAACAAAACAAAAAACUCAAGUCAUGCAAUAGGGCUUGAAAAGUACCCGGUUGUUGUGAAUUAUAUAAAUUGGCAGUUCUCCUGAGUGAUUUGCUUGAGGUAGAAGCACCAAGUAUGUAUAUGCUGGCUUAUCAAUCGAAUUUUGAAACUAGAGACACCUGGUUAUUUGCAUUUAGGCAGUGUUUUGUAAUCCGGCUAUGCCUGUGUACAUGACACCAUGUUUGGAUCUGUACAUGAUUGACCAGUAGAUGAUUUGUUGAUGAAUAUAUGUGAGAAGUUGAUGCCACGUGGCUAAAUGAUGAGCCCUGUGUGUGGUCUGUGUACAGUGUUUUGUUACUCAUGUUGUGUGAAUUUGGCAAACUGUGAUGUAAAUGCUACUAAAAUAAUGGGAGGGUUUGGGUGAUCUAAUAGUCUUCAGAAGCCACAAAUUCAUGUGUGGAGCCCUGUGGAUGAGUGGAGGGCUCUAGAUGGUGUGUGUGUCCAUGGGAAUAUAUAGAUGUAAUGUGGCAGGUACAUGUGCAGGAAAUUACUCCUUUGUAAUUAAAUCUGGCUCUUAACUUAGUUUGCUGAUUCACCUCCUGAUCUUGGCUCAAUCAAAAAAAGGGAAUGGCAGGAAACGUAGACAUUUUGAGGUGUGUGUGUGUGUGUGUGUGUAUAUAUAUGUAUGUAUGUAUAUGUAUGUGUAUAUAUAUAUAUAUAUAUACAGUUUUGUGACCAACAAUUGUGAAAUAUGCUAUGCCUCGUGGAUAAGUCGAGGGUAAAACUUGGGGCUAUGAAAUUCUGUGAUUUUUAUAAUUAUAUACACACACACUCAUACAAACACACACUCUGCAUUAUAUACACACACUCUGUGUAUAUAAUGCAGAGUGUGUAUAUAAUGCAGAGUGUGUGUUUGUGUAGUGUGUGUGAACUGGGUGGGGGGAGGGCAUUUUUAUUAUUUUAAUUUUUUAUUAUUUUAAUUUUUUUUUGUCCCCCCCUCCCUGCUUGUUAACUGGUCAGGGAGGGGGGCUAUCUUAAUCCCUGGUGGUCCAGUGGCAUGGGCUGUGCAGUGGGGGGGCCGGCAGGAAGCAUUUACUUACCUUUCCUGCAGCUCCUGUCAGCUCCCUUCUCCUCCGUUCCGGUCAGCUCCACUGUAAGUCUUGCGGUCUGGUUGCCGCGCGGAUCGUUGCCAUGGCUCUGACAGCCGCGGCUCUCUAAGUUGCCAUAAUACAGACAGUGACUCGAGUAUAAGUCGAGUGGGGGUUUUUAAGCACAAAAAAUGUGCUGAAAAACUAGACUUAUACUCGAGUAUAUACUGUAUGUAUGUAUAUAUGUGUCAUACAUACAUACAUACAUACAUACAUACAUACAUACAUACCAGGGCUCCAAACAUCCUAAUGGCUGUAAUAGAAGGCUGCACUCACGGAUUCCAUAAAAUAUAAUGUGUGGGUAUACACACACACAUAUUAUAUUUUAUGGAAUCCGUGAGUGCAGCCUUCUAUUACAGCCAUUAGGAUGUUUGGAGCCCUGGUAGUGCACCCGGUCUGGGGAGUUGAAGUCUGAGUACAAGGUACAGUUAAUAUAUAAUAUAUAUAUAAUAUAUAUAUAAUAUAUGUGUAUGUAUGUACUUACUAUACAUUAUAUGUUCCAGGCAGUAGAUUCCUUUUGAAUUUAAAUGAUCUGGGCAAUAGUUAUGUACAUAGCAUUGUGAGUGAAAGUCAUUUUUUUUUUUUUAUGUAUUGUUGGCAAGGAAUAUACCUGCAACCUUUGCUUCUGAAGGGAGAGCUUGACAAAUAACAGAUGCAAUUACAUUUUUGUGUAUUUUUCAGACAUUCUAGUAACCUCUUCAAUGACUCCUAAUAACAAACAACCCACCCAAAACCAAGCUGAUCUCUAGAGAUAAUAUUUAGUUUAUGGUAAAGUUAGGAUUCAGAAAGAAAUGAUGAUUUGUAGUAUAAGGUGUAAAUUUGGAGGAACACACUGGAUUAUACAUGUCAGGGUUACUCACUAUUUAUUUUCCAUAUCAUAUCGACUGUAAAGGAUUCUUGUUUUCUUUUUCAAAUCGGCUAUAAGCUAACUACGAAUAGUCAUUGUUUAGUGUGUGUGUUUUGCUUGUUUUCUGAGUUUUGUUAUUGGCUCUUUUUUUGUGUGUGGAUCUGUUGCUAGAUCCUUUGUUACUUUGUUGGAAGUAAGAUCAUGUCUUGCAUCAUAUCGUUUACUGCCCAUCAAAAAAGGUAAUUUAUGCUGAAAAUUAAGAGUUAUGGAUGGUCCAAUACAAAUUGGUCUUUUUUAAAUAAUCCUUUGCUUCCCUUUUAUUUUAUUUUAAAGUGCCCAAACCUUGUACUUUAACAAGUAAAUGUUUAUGUGGGGUCCCUUCCUUGACUAAGAAGCUGUACCAUUCCAUAGACAGUCAUUCUGAUUUAUGGGUUUGUUCUUGUGAUUAUUAAAUUUUUUAUUUUCUUCUCCUUUUUUAAUUCCAUAAAUCUCUGCCUAGCAUUAAAUGGGAUAUGGAGAAUACAGCUACAGUUCAAUUUAUGGCCUAAUAUGACUUGAACUGCUCAGUAACCUGAUUGCUGCCAUACAGAGGUUAAUCAUUUAUUCACAGCUCACUUUUGUUAACUGGGCUAUACAGUGAUACCAUGUACUUAUUGCUGCUGUUUGGGUUCUUUGUGGAGACUAGAAGGGGAGGUAUGUCCAGCAAUGUUGUGAAUGCGGACUGUGCACUCCACACGUGCAGGUUGAACAGUAAAGGAAAAGUAAAAAAGUUUUUCUGCACCAUCACUUUUGGCAAUAUAUAUAAAUAUAUAUUGUAGCAUGUCCAUUAACUGUAACAUUUAAAACAUUAUUAAAUUUCUGUGCUCAUUCUUCUAGUACAGUAUUUUAUUACAUUGACGAACCAAGACAUGCCUGAACUGCGUGUGAAUCGAUCCAACCUUCAUAGCUAUGCUAGAUUGGGAGUUAUGUAGGCAAGGGAGCUCACUACUCUCACCCUGCCUUUGCUGUCUAACAAAUUGACCAUCUUAAUGUGUAGGGUACAUUCCAGAUUAUCUAAGUGAUUUGUCUCUCCCUGGUUCUCACAUUCUAUUAUUGACACCCAGAGUGCUCCCUAUAAUUCAAACUACUCCUAAACUGUUUGGCAAAAAAAAAAAAAAGAGCUGCCCUGGUUUUAGAGUGGCCUUUUAAACAUUUAUAAUUGUAGUCUGGUUUACAGAGGUAAUCUACCGGUAUGUCUUUAUUAACACCUCCACAGACUAGAUAGAAUUAAAGAUAUGCUUUUAUGAAGCUGGGAUUUUUUUUCUUCGACAUGCCGAGUGUCUAUACAUGUGAAGAAAUGUAAAACCUGCGGCCUACACAUGAAUGGCUCCUGUAUGAAAUCUGACACUGAAAUUUUGUAUGGUUCUGAUAUUGCAACUUACCGGUUAUGUAUUUUUGUACGUAUGGAAGCUUUGCAUUUUUCAGACUGAGUAAAAUUUGAGUUGUUUUGAAAAUUUCUUUUUAUUUUUUUCCACCCAUUUAUUGUAAAGCUGUAAUUUAAAAAUAUCAAUGAUUUCAGAUUUAAAGGGACUACUUAAGUGGUUAAUUCAAGCAUCAUACAGCCCAUUAGCCUGGUUCCUCUGUAAUGGGGCAAAACAUUUAGCAAAGGUUUGCCCCCUUAUCUGGGUCACUGCCAGGUCCCAAUGCUCACAGAGCUGUAAAAAGCCACAACCACAGCACAUCAGCUGACUGCUCACGGUCAAUUAAGGCAAUGAAAGUUGCACAGAAUUGACAGCACUCUAAUUCCGAGCAGCCUGAUGACACCCCUAUGACUCUGCCACAGGUGGAGUUAAACCUUAGGAAACAGAGGCAUAAACUUCUGUAUGGGCAGCAUUUCACGAUGAAUUGCUGCACAUACAGAAUCCAGCCACCAUGACCACUUCAGGUCCCGGAAGAGGUCAUGGUGCUUGGAGUUAUGCUCUAAUAGUGCAGAAGAAUUGCAUUAUAUCUUAAAUCCAGCUUGUUCCUAUAAUGUGAUUUUAAUAUUUUUUUUUUCUUUAGAUGAAGCCCUGAGGUAACUUAUUUUGUCGUCACAUGUUGUAGUCUUAUAAAAAGUUUGAUUACGAUUAAGUCUUAAUACAUGUGUUAAGGUGAAAUAUAUUGAUAUCUGAUCCACUGUUUGUGUGUGGUAUUCUCCUGGGCGUUGUACUUUCUGUCUAUGUGAUUUCACUCCUGUUUAGUGCUUGCCAUGUGGAAAUGGCACAGUAAUACUGCAUGUAGACCUUCUCCUGCUAGCAAAUAUGUACUUAUAGGUAUAAUUGGUUGCUCUUCCUCAAUAUUGAUCUGAGUUUUAAAUAAUUGCAUUGCUGUUUUGCUGUGUCUGUGUGUCACAACUGAACUACUUUAUAUAGUUUCCUCUGUAUGUUAAAGGAACACUUCUUCAAUAUAACUGUGUAUAUAUGUAAAUGUGUUUUUUAAAACACUCGGCCCACCAUAACUGAAGUGGACUGAAGUUCUUAUGGUGCUGGGUGUUUGCUGGUGCCUACUUACCUUAAAGUGUUAAACUGUUUUAAUUCCAAAGUCUUCUGUUUGGCUCUCUUCAGCUCUGCACCCUCAACAUCCAUUUUGAAUCCGAGGCUUGAAACAAAAAGCCUUGGCAUCAACUGGUGCUCUCAGCCUAUCCGUAACUCCCAAUUUACAAAACUGCCUAGGAAAUAUUUUCAUUAUUUAAAACUUUAUAUUUUGCAAUAUCUAGGUCUACAAGUUACAAGUUUUAAACAGUAUAUGGUUUCUCAGACAUGGCAAUGUUUUGUUUUCAAGGCUGCAGGCACAGCAUCUGCAACGCCAAAUCACUAUAUUAAGUGAUCUUAGAAUGUACACUAUUCCUUUAAAUAAUCACCUUUAGAUAUAGAGUUAUAAAUCUUUUUAUUUUAUUUUUUUAAUAAUUUUUAAAAAAAAAAUUAUUUAUUUGGGAUGUUCAAGUUUUUGCAAACAAGUGCGCAGUGCCACCACAACUGAUGCCCGCAAUUCAGGUAUUGACAGAUUAUAAUAUUUGUUUGGCAUGUGUAACAUUUGCAUUUUUUUUUUUUUUUUUUUAUAUAAAAUGCAAUAAAAGAGAAGCUUUUAGAUUCAUGGCAUGGCAUUCAUGCUAUUACUUUGAGCAAGAAAGAUGUAUAACUAAAAGAAUCAAGGUGAAACAUACUAUAAAAAUAAAGAGAUUGAAAACCACUGGUAUGUGGUAUCAGGGUGUAAACUGAGGAGCAAAUGGAUGCUGUUUAGAGGUAGUCAUCUAACCCCAGUGUUUGGGCUCAGCCUAUGCCAUCCAAUGGGGGCACAUUACUGCGAAAGGGUUCCAGCUGGUUUCCCCAGCCAUCCCUAUGAUCCGAUGCACCUUGUUCACAGCACCAGCUGAACCCAGCAGGAAUCUCCAUAAGUUACUAAGUUUUAAAUUUGGUGUGAUCACACAAUAUAUAUAUUUACAGAGGUAAUCUACCGGUAUGUCUUUAUUAACACCUCCACAGACUAGAUAGAAUGAAAAAUAUGCUUUUAUGAAGUUGGGAUUUUUUUUCUUCGACAUGCCGAGUGUCCAUACAUGUGAAGAAAUGUAAAACCUGCGGCCUACACAUGAAUGGCUCCUGUAUGAAAUCUGACACUGAAAUUUUGUAUGGUUCUGAUAUUGCAACUUACCGGUUAUGUAUUUUUGUACGUAUGGAAGCUUUUAUUUAUUUAUAUAUAUAUAUAUAUAUAUAUAUAUAUAUAUAUAUAUAUAUAUAUAUAUAUAUAUAUAUAUAUAUAUAUAUAUAUAUAUAUAUAUAUAUUGUUAAUUUCAGUGCGCCACACUCUUUUUCACUGUUUUGUUCUAUAUAUCACGGUUGACGGAGCUAGCCGGUGUGUGAGUGCUGUUGGGCUAAACACUAAUAUCUGUCUGUUCUCCGGACCCUCUUCCUGGGAGUUGCCUCACGUGCAGGUUGUGGGCAUUGCAGGGGGUGCUGAAUCCCGUCGGGUUGUGAGCCAGGUGUGUGGUGAGGGAGCCGGUCAUCCGACGGCAGAGCUUCCUUCUCAAUCUCCUCCGUAGCUUUCAUCUGGGCACUGGAUCAGGAUUGCUCCUCCGAAUAGGCUGGAAACGGUUAGGGCGGCAUUCUUGUCGUGUCUGGGUCGGAGCUGAUCCCAGCCCUCAUUGGCUUAUUGUUGCCCAAAGGUGAUCUAGAGCCUGUGGGAGGCUUGUAGCAGAGAAUAUCUGCAUUUCGUGGGCAGAGGAAGGCUGAAGUCUCUGAGCGGUGGCCAUCUUGGAUGUUGGGCCUUGGGUUGUCCGCUUCUCUAGAGGCGAGUAACACACUACAGAGCACUGUGUUGUUUACCAUGGGGACCGAGAUAUCUCCCACCGGUGCAGGAGGGGAGGGGCUGGAGGAAGAACAGGGCACAAAAAUAGACAAACAGUUCAGGCUGGAGGAUCGGCUGCCUCCUCACUCCCAAGUGCUCCUGCAGGCCGCCGAAGCAGUCAACCUGUGUACUUAUAAUAAAUCAAUCGAUCUGCAAUGUGUUCCCCAAAGUAUAUAUCUGUGUUUCAGGUGUGGAUUUCUCAUGGUGCCGGUUAAAAUAUGCAAAAUCAGGUUGUCUCCGGAAAGCACAAGUUAUGUGCAUCUGCACUGGUCAGCAGCUUGGCCCCACCCCCAGCUAAAAAAAUUUUAAAUACAAUUUGAUACAAAUUGUCAAAAAAUAAUUGGUUAUAAACUUCUGGUUAUAAAUCUUAUCUAAUGAGCUAUGCUGUAACAAUCUGGCUCAUUUCAAGAUCUAUAAAGUACAUGUUUAGCGCUUUGCUUUUAGAAGUGGAAAGUGUAAUUGUUAACAUCUUUUUGUUAGCUGUGACAAAGCCCUUCACAUGUAAACAGAUUGAGUUACCCAGGAAUGUUGGAAAGGAAUCUAAAGGGACAUCUGUACGUCUGUGAUUUGUUUUUACAGGCUUCCAUUCUACAAGCUGGUGUUAUACUGGCGUGUCCACACUUUCUGUCUUAAUCAUACGCAGUACUUCUGGUUUUGGUCCCCUCACAUACACUUUUUUUUUUUUUUUUUAAUGUUUAUUUUUCACUCUUCUAUAUAUAUUUUUUUUCUUUCAAAAAUUGUACUGUUUCAACUAGCUGACUUAAUUCUUACGUUUCCCUAAUAACUUUACUUUGUUUUAUUAUUUUUAUUUAUAAAGCGCCAACAAGUUCUGCAGCACUGUACAAUAGGUGGACUAACAGACAAGUAUUUGCAACCAGAAUCGUUGGACACGCAGGAUGAGAGGGGAUUGAGUGCCCUGCUCAAACGAUAUUACAUUCUAGAUUUCUUAUCAAAAUUAGAAUUGCUAAAGGAACUUUAUUAACAUUAGGAAAACAAACCUUUGCAGAGUCAUGUGUGGGCUAUCUAUAUUAUUAAGCCCCCUAUAAAUGGUGAAAUAAAACAUUACUUUAGUCCCCUGGCAAGCUAGUCUUCCCAUGACAGCUGCUCCUCCCCUAUCUGAGAUUAUAAUCACUGAUGCUUAGCCAAUCUAAUGCUUCCUCAUAGGGAAGCAUUUGGAGACUAGUGCACAUGCACAGCAAUCUGCAUCUCCUCAUAGAGAUGCAAUGAUUAACUAGAGGUGGCAAUAGGCGCAAUGGAAACACUGCCUUCUCUCAAAAAAUGGGGUUACCACAGAAGCAAUUAAUUUAAGCUGUAGUGGCUUAAAAUGUGCCUUUAAAGGAGAACAUGCAGCAUUUCUCUAAUGACAUGAUCUUGUCAAUGUAAAUUACCUUUGCUAUGCACGUCUUCUACUGUAAAGUAAUGUAACACGUAACACAAUUUAUUCUACAACAUACAUUUGUCUCCUCUGUUUCAGAGGGGUCUGCAUUGAACUAAAGCUGCAGAUAAACUGUGCGUGUAUAUGAUUUAUGUUUUUAUUUAAUAAAUAUUUCCUGUUGUAUUUAACGUGAUAUGUAGCUCAUCAUUAGAAUGUGGGUUGCUGUUGGAACAUGUUAACCCUCCUAUAGUGAAAUGUUACAACCCUGUGUUUUCUUUCCGCAUGUGAAAUUUAAUGCCUGUCUCCUCAGCUGAAAAAGGUGGGGAUAUCUUCUUUUUGUAAAAAACCAUAAAUGAAAAUAGGUCUUUGUCUUCAUUGGUAGUAGUGACGAGACUUGAACCUCUGUAAUUGAACUGCAUUCUAAUUUACUUUCAGCUUUGAAAUAUGUCAAUUGAUAGUCUAAUCAAUAGGGACAAGAACAGACUAGUGUAUUGUGGUUUUUAUACCUGUGCUCUAAAUGGUUUUUAGUUUUUUCUUUUCUUUAAUACAGCUAAAGAGAAGUGAUUUUGUAUAAAAUAGUACAAAACAGUGCCAUUACUGUAUUUGUUUAUUUCGAUAAACUUACUUUGUGUUUUCAUAGUUUUGUACUGUCUGUGAGGUCCUGAAUUCUCUGCAAGAUGCGAACGAAACUUAAAACAAUUUUAAACACGUGGCAGCAUGUUCAUACAUGGAUAUAACUUUUUUUUUUUUUUUUUAAACUCUGUACUGGAGUAAAUAUAUACUCCUGUGUGUGUGUGUGUGUGUAUGUAUGUAUGUAUAUAUAUAUAUAUAUAUAUAUAUAUAUAUAUAUAUAUAUAUAUAUAUAUAUAUAUAUAUAUAUAUAUGUGUGUUAUAAUUUGACACAAAUGCCAGUUUAUUUUGUAGAUAUUGCUAUCAAAAUAGUAUAUACUUUCAGCACAGCACAAUGUUGUUAGUCUAUAGAGCAACACCACACAAGUCUCGCUUACAUGGGGUGAACAAAAGGUGUUUAAAUUCCUUCUUGAAAAAAUUGACAUUGCCAGCAUACUAUAGGAUUUAAAUAGAUGGGUUCAUUGCAUAACUAGAAAACCAUGAUGUUUUGCCACAUUUAGCCAACACCACCUACUUUUCAAAAGCUGCUCCUUAUGAAAAACAUGGUGGAAAAAUUAAUUUUAAGUGGCAAAACAAAUUCAUAAAAUUUCAUGCUUUUUAGAAUGUAACUAGCACCUGUGGCUGCUCAUUCUCACACCUAUUUCACCACCAUUACUCAUGCCUUAGGAAUCAUCAUAAAGAUCUUCCAGUCAAUAAGCAGUUUCCGCUAAUCUGUUACAAUGCCAAGUAAAAACGAGUGACCUCACCCAUUCUUUGUGUGUGACUUUUUUUUAAAAAUUUUUUAUUUCAUAUUUUUCAGGUGUGUAGAAAGCAAUGAGUAAUUUCUGCUCAACGCAAUGGGUUGUGCCACAGAAGCUUAAUAUAGGAAGUUAUGCUUUAAAGGGUCACUGUAAACCGCAUAGCAACAUUGACAUCAUUGCAAAAAUUUUGAAUAUCGUGAUAAGUUCAUGUCUCCAUGUCCAAAGUGGCUUUUAACUUUCUAACUGCAUUGAUUUGAAGAAGGGGGGGAGAGAGACUUACUGCAGCUAUAAGGCUACUGAAGGAGUGAAUUAAAUGAAGAUAUAUUUCCUCCAUUGCUGUCCAAGUUCCAUCCUGUUUGUGCGUGUUGAAUGGGCUUGUUGGUGGAGACUUCUAUCUCCUCCUCUCUACAGUUUCGUUAAGGGGUUACUAUAACCUUUUGAGGCGGUGUGCAGGCUUCCCUGUGUAAAAUACCCUCUUGCGUACUGUAGAGAAUUUGAAGAAAAGAUUUGCAGGAAAAAAAAAACUACUCACCUGGAAUCCAGCACUGGGCAAAGACCCCAGCAGUGACUCCUACUAACGCCUAUCACAAUGACCACUUCAAAUCAUUUCACUUCAGAUCAUUGAAGUGGCUAUAAUGGCUGGAGCAACCCUUUAAACCGAAGAGGGGGAGGGGAGGGAAUGGCACCUAUAUAGAACUAUGGACAUGAGUACUAUAAAUACUUUUUGUAUUCCUAAUGCUAUAGUGUUCCUUUAAGACAAAGUACCAAAUGAAGGCAAUCACCAUGGAAACAAUAGAAUGUCUUUUACCACAUUCCUCCAAAAUAGCACCUAUUUUGCCUCGAUAAUUCCCUCUAUAUGUACUCUUUGGCAUAGGAAGGAGAACGCAAGGUAAGAGUUUUUUUUUUUUUUGUUUUUUUUCUCCUCUCUCUUCCAAUGCUGACAGGUUACCAAUAUAAAACUUGUAGACAAUCAGCAGGCUGCAUCUUGUGUUUGUUCUGCUUAGAAAAUGUCUGAGUUUGUUUGCUUAUCUCUCCUUGUGCCUGCCCCACGUCACUCCACAAUGCAUAAGUAUCCCUGUUUAGUAAACACGCUGGGUGGACAUGUAUCAUUCAGUUUAAUUUACCUGGUGACUCUUUCCCCUCUCUCUUCCAGAUCUAAAAAUAGUUCUCUUAGUGAUUUAUUAUUGAUAAGGGAAGUGGGAUCAGAAUUCUAGUUCCUACCUGGCUGUUUCUUAGGAGGGGGAAGGUCUCUGCUGAAUUGACAGCUUUAGUGACCCGCAGCUUGAUGAUCAUCAUAAGCAGUUUACCUGAUCGAGCUUGUCAGAGAAGAAAAACCUAAUCAUCCACUUUAUUUUUUAAUUUCUGUGUUUUUUUUAAAUUUUUCUCCACAGUCUUAAAUCUGUUUUUAACAAGUAAUUAUGAUCGUGGACGUUUUUAUUACUUAAAGCACGCAGCACAGGAAUCUUGUGGAUUUUUUAUUUUCCUUUUUCUAAAACUGCUUUGUCUCUUUCUGGGGCCAACAUCUGUGCUGUAUUCUCUCGUGUGAGCAAGAGUACAACGCUGAUGUCAUACAUAAAGGAUACCAUAGGAGCCUCCACUGUGUGUGUGUGUGUGUGUGUGUACAGGUAUAGCAUCAAAAAUUGCUGACGUUUCGACCCAUUCGGGUCUUUCUCAAGGUCAAUGUACCUGACUAAAAAAGUUAAAAUAUAUAUUAAUAUGAAAUAAAGAUAUGUACUCACCAAUCGUGAAGAAACCCCUGAGUCCCUUCACGAUUAGUGAGUACAUAUCUUUAUUUCUUAUAUGUAACUUUUUUAGUCAGGUACAUUGACCUUGAGAAAGACCCAAAUGGAUCGAAACAUCAGCAAUUUUUGAUGGUAUACCUGUUGGAAUAAACUACCUUUUUUUUUUUUUUUUUCAUUGAUUAAGCCCUAAGAGUUCCUCUCUUUAUUUUACACCCAAUAACAUUCCUAAUGCAGUAAAUGAAGUUGUCAAAACAAGUUGGGGUUUUUUUUUUUUUUAUUUUUUUUUUACACUCUGUUGGAAUUAUGAGAAAUCUUGAUAUUUAACAUGAAUUAAAGGUGAGGACAAAACAUUGACUUCAAUUAGAAUUAGACUUAUGUGUGUAUUAUAAUUCAUUUUAUGUGCCUCCUAACCCUUUGUUAUGACAAGCUGUCUAGGUUAAAGCAAAACAAAAAGUGAUGUGGUUGCAAUAACAUGUUCAAGUAUUAGUCUUUUUAAACCGCCAACCACUUCUUCACAGAGGAAAAUAACCUCAAAAUUGAAUAUGUAAAUUUGUAUUAAAUAGACCAGUUGACAUUUUAAAGUGGGAGGAGUCCUGACACUACAACAACUACAGCUUAUUGUAGAGAUGAUUGGGGGUUAUGCCUGUACAGGGAGUAUUCCCUAUUUUCUGUCAAACUGUUUUUUUAAGAGUGGCCUGACAAAAAAAACUAAACAAAACACUAUUAUUAUUGGAAUUACUUUCUUGGUGGCACGUUAACUAUGCUGCAGCAGAGCGGACAGUUUAAGGGUGCUGGGAAGACACACAAAAACGUAUAGUGCAAAAACCACUAGUGUUGUGUGUUUUGGUAUUUUUGUUUGUUUUUGAGGUUCGGGGGUUCCUCUCUGAAUUCCCUACAGGCUUUUAGGUUUAAGCCCGGUCAUUCUUAGCACUUCCUCUAUUACUUUUCCUUAUCUCUAAUCAAGCUUUAAACCAGAACAUGUGCAAAUUGUCAAUUGCUUCUUAACUUUCCACGUCACCUUCAUCAUAUAUAAAUCCACAUUGUUUGGCAACAAGAACUUUGGAGCCUUGAAUAUAGGGAACAUCACAGUGCGAUACCCCAAAUAAAUGUCAUGAAAGAGGUUUUUUAACCUCUCACAACAUGCAAGUUGCCUGUGACAUUAUCACUUAUGGUGCGGGCACCUCUGUCCUCUCUCUUUGUGCAGUACGAGGAAUUCAUAACCGAAUGGCCACUGAGAAUGUCAGCUGUCAUUCUCAGCAAUAAGUGGGCACCCAUUGGAGAAAAUUGUAUGUAUUGCUUUUCUCAAUGAAUUUUGGCACCCAUUUUAAAGACUGAGUGACCCUCUCAGCCUGUCAGCAACCUCCUAGCUACCCCUUUCUUGAUGCAGGAGUGCCUAUGCCAUAGCCCCAACUUUGGGGUUAAUUUGGUGUCAAACGGUUUAACCUCUGAAAGUAAGGAGAUGCGUGAACAUUCAAGCCUCCAUAUCUGCUUAAAAAAGCUUAACAUGUUUUAGGUGAAGGAGUGUAUCUUUAAAGGAUUUAUACAGAAGCAAAGGGUACAUUACAUGAUGGUCUAUUCUCCCUCAGCCUUUCUAUAUACGUUCAAUUUUGCAUAACCCGGUUAUUCUAGAAAGUAGCUUUUAAAAAAAAAAAAAGGGGGGGGGGGGGUUUCUCUGAAAUACUAAGAAGAAGUAGUAGUUCAGAUUUGAACAGUGUUUUAACAUGUAUUGUCUAACUUCCGUCCAUUAUCUAAUUGCUUAUGUUAAUGUUGUUUUUCUUUUGAGAUGAUCUAAGCUGGAUAAAAAUGUUCACCUUUUUUAGAGAACAUAGACUAAGCUCGGGGUGGGGUGGAGAAUAGUAGAGAAAGGUUGCGUUUCCUGCUUGACAAAUCCUGUCCCAGCUUGCCUUGUCGACUCACUGUUUCUCUGUCACAGUUUGAUUUACGGUCUGUCUUUUUCUAUGUGUAAAUUUAAAAGAUGGGCUAUUAUAGAUCUAUUUUAUGUAUUGCAUGAUUCAACAGAGUAUGGGACAAGAGCGUGACUGGGAGAGGAUGGGAGGUGUGAAUCUAAGCAUUUAUAAUCUAAAGUUGGAGUUUAAUUGGGGCAGUUCUUUAUUGCGUUGUAUAAAACUAGUAAUGCACUGUGCAUAUUGGCAUGUACACCUGGCAGAGCAUCUUGGGGGGGAUGUAGUCCACAGCAUCUGGUAUGGCAGAGGCUCAUCUCAUAUGCUGUAAAAAUUUAGGAGAAUCAUAGGUUGAUUUCCAACUUGUUGCAUUUCAUGUGUUUAAUUUUUUGUUUUGUGUUUACUUUGAAUGCUUAUGUGGAGUCACAUAUACUGAAUUGCUACAACAUAUCCUUUAACCUAAACAUAAAAUUGGAAAACUUUAUUUAGGAAAUGUAAAUAGGCGGAGUAAUUUCCACCACCUACACAUAGUAGGUUGCUAAAUACAGACCUUUAUUACCACUUCAAUUUUUAAUAGCCUAAUCGAUAAAAUGGAGAUUAAAAAAUGAAUUUGGUGGAAAUUGCCCAGCACCAGGCUUUGUUACAAGCUGUGCUGUAAUGUUUGAUAAAUGAUCAUAUUUGCACAAUGCAGCAUAGUUUGUGUUGUUUUUAGUACAUGCGCUAACCAGACUGUGUUUGAAACCUGCUUUAUAUGAAUAAGUAUGGUCUUUACCUUAAUUCAUUAACAAAUAUUGCUGAAGUGUAUAUUUUAUCAGUGAUAAAAUUGUGGAGGCGCACUGCAACGGUCUUUUAGGAGCAGUAGAAUAUGGUCAGAAAUAAAAUGUCAUUUUUGUGUGUUUGUUUUUUGUUUAAGCUGCCUAAAGUACAUGUGUGCCUCUAUCUUUUCAUAUGUGAAGAAGAAAGAAUAACUCUUUUUAAUAAAAAAAUACAAUUUCAUACUGCAAUACACUGUUUUUGGUAUCCUUUUUACUGGACUAAUACAGCUAAUUCCAUGUAAUAUACAUUGCACCUUCAUAUAUAUAUAUAUAUAUAUAUAUAUAUAUAUAUAUAUAUAUAUAUAUAUAUAUAUAUAUAUAUAUAUAUAUAUAUAUAUAUAUAUAUAUAUUUUUUUUUUAUUUUUUUUUAUUUUUUUAUUUAUUUAUUUAUUUUUUUCUGUGAUGGAGGGGAGUUUUACCUUCCUUCACAAAUCUGUUGCUUCAAGUGUAUAAUUACUUUGACUUUUUUUUUCAUAUUUUUUUUAAAUACUUUCUUUCUACUUUUUUUGAUGUGGUUUAUUUAAAAAAAAAAAAAAAAAAAUUCUACUAACAAUUGUUAGUUUUUGUCCUUGGCUGUUGCAUAGCAGCUGAUUGCAAUAUCCAUUCAUAAUGAGCAAAGGUAGGAAGGAAUAAACAGCAGCUGAGGGAGAGAUUAUUUUGAUGUGUUACAGAAAAGGUUCAGGGAAAAUAGGCAGCAAUCUAUAGAGGGUAGAUGAACAGUUUUAUCCAUAAGAAAAUGGAUCAUGUGUGCAAGACCGGAGAAUUUGUGAAAGAGAAAACUCCUUCAUGUAGUUGUUUUUUUCUGUCCUUAAUCUAUUUUAACGCAGAUGUGACUCUUCCAUCUUGGUUGCUGCCUAGCCUUUCAUGGAGUCAGAAAACCAGACCAGACUUAAUUAUUGAAUUUAGCUGUGUGCAUCAUAAUUGGAUAAAAACAAGUUCUCAAGCAAAUGAUCUCUAAAUUUAAAAAGGGUCUGUAUUUUGUCUGGCUGUGCCCAAACAUUCACUGUGUGUUUUGCUUUUGAUAAAUUGUUCUAUUUCAGUCUGUGGAAAAGGAAAUGCUUUCAUUUAGUCUCGAGUCCUGAGUGCAGACUAAAAUGCUUAAAGGGACACUCCCGACAUAAUUUACAUGAGAAUGCAAACUAUAGUUGAUGAUCUUGGCACGCAUUUCAAAUAUUUGUUUGCCUGCUGGUAAAAGUAGAAAUGAAAGUGGAAAAUGCAGUGGUGUGUUUUUUUUUUUGUGUUUUUUUUUUUAACUGUAGCGCAAGUACAGCUGUAUGCACACUGCUGAGGCGUGCAUUGCUCCUCAUGCAGGAUUAAGGAGUGGCAAUAUGGAGAUGAAUAUAGUGCAGAGGCUUUCAAAAGGAAGUUUUAUCUUUAACCCCUUAAGGACACAUGACUUGUGACAUUUCAUGAUUCCCUUUUAAUCCAGAAGUUUGGUCCUUAAGGGGUUAAAAUAAUAAUAAUAAAAAUAUAUAUAUAUAUAUAUAUAUAUAUAUAUAUAUAUAUAUAUAUGUGUGUGUGUGUGGAUUUUAUCUUGAAAGCUGAAGCAGGAGGCCCUGUUGAAGUGGAGGCUACAAACUCACACUGGAGUGCUGGUAGGGGACACAUGAAGGAAAAAAGCCACUUGGGCUUAUCAUAAGGGACUCAAUGGGACGAAGAUGCCAGUAAAGUUGAUGGAAUUUGAAAAGAGAGGACAAUAGACAUUGACUGGUCAAUGACCCAGAUUUCAAGUAUUCUAUUGGGUCACCACUCUUUUUGGUGGCUGUCAUAAUUGUUUGCCUAAGAUAAUUUGGUAAGCUGGAAAUGUCCUGCUUCAAACAGUACUGCUUUAGUUUUUCGAACGAUAACAUUUGUAGGCUUUAAGAGGAACUGUCCCUCUUCAGGAAUUUACACAAUUGAAUGAAAUAUUAAUAAAGGUUCAUGUCAGCUCCUUAGCGGUCACAGAAAACUUCUACACUGACAGUGGUGAAAACAUGGUGCACAAAAUGGAACAGGAAUAACAGAGGGGUGCAGUUAGGAAUAUUUUAAUGCAUUUUAGGAAAUGAAGGGGGGGUGAGAAAAGUGAUAGAACAGCCCAAAAAGGUGAAAUCAACUCUUGUUGUUUUUAUGACUGCAGUGAUUGCAAAUAUUCAGUGCCUGACCGAGGAUACAAAUAUUUUAUUGUAUAAGUAAAAUGACUGUAGAAGUGUAUAUCCUUAUUUUGCCAGUAAAUGUGUCACAGGCAAAAAUCUUGAAUGAAGUCAGGAUUCUGAUGUAUCAAUACAUGUUUCAAUGCAUCCCUUAGCUUGCUGAGUCACUGUUCCUCUUCCACCCGAACUCCUGCUAGCUGGAGAUUAAGCUUUAACAUUGUCAUAUAUAGAGACUAAUUUCAGAGGGAGAGGAUACUAAGUACAGAAGUUAAUAACUGCUAAUGGCCUCACCAUAAAAUACUAGAUAACGAGAAAACUGUAGUUUAGGUUUGCCAUCUGGCAUAAUUUCAUGAACCCGUUUGUAUUGUACAGUACAUAAUAGGUGACUGUCACAAACUGAAACUGUUAAGUUACAUGCAUUUUGCAAAUAUGUCUUUAUUUUAUAUUUUUGUUUCUUAUAAUUUUGACUUCCUAGGUCUAUAGUUGGCUAGUAACAUUUACACUUACGUUUUUGUUUUGCUCACCGAGGAAGCUCAAUUGAAAUCAAAGGAGUAUAUUUGCAGUCAAAUCUAAAACUUGAAUUGGCUAAUUUUCUUCCCUCUGUAUUACUGUGAGACAUUAAUACAUCUUAAAGUUUAAAUCCUAUCACCGAACUAAAAACAGAUUAUUUUUUUUUGUGUGUAAAUAUAUUCUUCUCUAUUAACCCCAGCUGUCCAUAAUCUCUUAAUAUGAGAAUGGGGGAGGGAGAAGACACAUCACCCAGACCACUUGGCAUCCAGGUUGAGAUGAAGUGGUCUGGGUGUCUAUAGUGUCCCUUUAAUUUUAGGAGUGUGAGCAAGGGUGGAGAUGUUCUGUGAAAUUUUAGGUGACUUACUAAUAACAAUUUAUGCAACGUAAAUGUAAUUUAGAACAAGAAUAAUGAAUACUAUUUACACAGACUGAUUUCUGAACACAUUGUAGAUUAAAGAUGCAUUACUUUGAGUAUUGUUGUGUAACUCUCUUACACAUUCUGACAGACCAACAAUAUGGAGUUCUUACAAAAAAUUGAUAUUUUGUAUUAAAAAAAACAAACAAAAAGAGAGGGAUUUAGUCCAAAAUAGGGACAAGCCCUCCUAAAUAUGAACACCUGGGAAGUAUGCUAUUUCACUAAUGUUGAAGAGCAAAAUGUCAAUAAUUGACAGUUGCAUUUUUGUUCAAGAAACAUUGAACAUAAACUGGAUUUGUAUCUAUCGGUCCGUUUUAGAGUGAUUAUUAGAUAAUGGUUUCUAUAAAGCCUGUAUAACAGGUUAUAAUCUAUUUACAUACCAAAAUAUUUUUAUAGGUAUCAACUGGGAGCCAGUUAUCAUUUGAUUUUUACAUGGUUGAUUGUAUAAUCUUAUUGAAAGCAAUUCUGUGUUUUAUUACAUACUGUACAGAUGUAGGUUUUUCUUCAGUUUGCUUUUGGAGAUCCAUUUUUCAAUCUCAAUACAUAUAGGCACAUAUGUAUUUGUGCAGACCGUGAGUUGUGUGAAUGAGCUCAUGAAUGGAACGCUGAGAUAUUCCACUAUUGACAUCCAUUUUAAUAUAUGAUGCCCAUCCAUGCGGUAUGUUAAUAUGAAACCAUUAAAAAUAAUUACAUAUAACUGAAACUUUGAGCUUGCCUAAAAUAGUAAUUGCUGUCAAAAGAGAGUGGACACUGUUCCUUAUAAGGUGUGUGUGUGUGCGUGCGCAUAACAAAACUGUAUGUGUGCUCAGGUUGUAGGCUACAUAUAUGAAUCAGGAGGAGGGCCAGUGUUGCCUUAUGCAUGCCAUGCGGCUCUGUGAAUCUUUACUGUGCUCCGCUAGAUGUCAAUAUAUCCCUCAGGAGCGCAGCCGAAGAUCACAAAGCCACGUUGCACGUGUUUGGGAGGACAGCACAAACUCAUCAGCAGCCUGCAUAGCCAAGGUAAUGCAGGCAAAGAGAAACCGAUGUGGGCAUAAUGCAAUGUUGGUAAAGUGGUAUGGAUAGGGGCAUAAUGUGAUAGGUGCAGGUAGGCAAUGUGGCAUGGAUAAAAUGGAUGCAACCUGAAAUAUGUGGCAUGUGGGCAUACCAAUACAGUCAUGGGAAAAGAAAGUACACCCUCUGUGAAUUGUAAGGUUUUACAUAUCAGGAUAGUUUGAUAGGCAGCAACAUUUUUUUUAUAUAAGACCAUUGCUGAUGUCUUUCCUUCAUUCUGGUUGGGCAGGACAAACAGAUCUAGUCAGAAGUUUAUGGUUUGAGGAGUGUGUGUGUGUGUGUGUGUGUGUGUGUGUGUGUUGUUUUUGUUUUAUUUUUUUCCUUGACCGUGAGAAGAUUGAAUGUAUUAAGGUAUUUGCUUUGAACAAUGAAAAGAUUUUACCAGUGUUUUUGACCAGCCAUUUUUACGAUCUGUGAGAGAUUUUAUUAUUUUGGCUGGCUAUUAUUAUUAUUAUUAUUGGCAUUUACAUAGUGCCAACUUAUUCUAAAGGGCUUUACAAUGUUGUCAAAGGGGGUUAUUUAAACAAUAAAUGACAGUUGUAAAAUGUUAAUGGAACAGGAGUUUCGAUGAGGACCCUACUCAACGGAGCUUACAGUGCAGAGGAGGUGGUGUAUAAAAACACCAUAGGAAGGGCAUAGGUGAGAAUGGCAACCAAACAACAAGGUGGGAAAGUAGCAGAACUGGAAGGUGAGAGUGGAGUUUGGCCCUUUAAGAGAGAGCAAGAGACAGGUUUGUGAAAUAGAAGCUACUCUGGGAGGUCAUGAACCUUUCUGAAAAGAUGGGUUUUAAAGGACUUCUUAAAUGAUUGAGUCUGGUGGGGGUACACGGGCUGUUCCAACCGAGAGAAGUCCUGCAUGCGCGAAUUAACAGAGGGUAUAAGCCAAAUUGAAGAGGGUCAAGGAGAGAGUUGGAAUUGAGAAAGCAAGCCAAACUGUUAAAGACCAGACGUUCUAGAAGCAUUGAGGAAAAAGGGAGCGGGGAUAUGGGACGGUAGUUGGAAAGGGUAAACUGGUCAAAAGAUGGCUUUUUUUAGGAUGGGUAGGACAGUAGCAUAUUUAAGGGGAGUGUGGACAAUGCCAGAAGUUGAGAGCAAUUGAAGAUAUGUUGUAAGGACGACACAAGACAAGGGGAAAGACAUCUGAAGGUGAGAUGGGAUCAAUCAGACAAGUGAUGGGCCAAGCGAAAAGGAGAAACGCAGCCACUUCCUGAUUAGUUGCCGGGAAGAAGACCUGAAGGGUGUAAGAUAGGAGUUAAGGGUGAGAAUUCUUUCUUUAACUGUUUUAAUCUUGUACGCAAAAUAGCAUACAAAGCUAUCGGCUAAAAGGUUAGAGUGUUGAAGGUAUAAAAAAAAAAAGAAAGAUGCCUGGUAUUGUGUGAGUAUUUCCUUGCGAGAGCGGAAAAGUAUGAUUGUUUAGCAAGGGUGACUGCUGCGCUGUACGAAUGCAAGAUUAUUUUAUAAUGGAGAGAGCCUGGACUUCCUCCAGCAGCGUUCAGUUGAAUGGUAGCAUCUCUGCAGGUAUAUUAAAUUCCUAAAUUCUCCUUCUUUUUUUUUUCCCCUUUAAGCCCUCCCUUAAGUAUGAGUUGAAUUCUCUUCUGAGACUGGUGUUGGCAUUUGCAUUUAAAGGGACACUAUAGUCCCUAAACAAGUUAAUGAAGCGUGUUUUUUUGUUUUUUUUAGGUUUUUUUUUUUUUUUAUAGAUCAUGCCUCUGAAGAUUCACUGCUCAAUUCCCUGCCAUUUAGGAGUUUAAUCACUUUUGUUUCGGUUUAUGCAGCACUUGCCACACCUACAAAUAUGAUCAUUACAGCCAAACCCAGCUUAGGUGCGUUCAUGUAAAUAUUUUUGAUUAAUACAUUUUAGUGAGUGAUUCCUCUAUUAAUUGUGGCUUGCCUGGUUACAAAAAAUGUAAUAUUAAUUUAAGGUAUAAUAAAUGUGUACUUCUGGCAGUAAUGAGGGUUAAAUUUUAUGUUUAGAUGUAGAAUUCUAUAAAGUUUCACUUAGGCACCAUAACCACAUAAAGUGAUUCUGAUGCUAGGAUACUUUCCCAUCUUUAUGACAAUGCAGUGAUUUGUCUUUUGAACUUGUAACUUCACCUCAACCCCUGUCAAGUAGAGCCCAGAAUUAUUGUUCCUGGCAAUCUUUCCAAUAAGUUGGUAUGUCAGCACUGACUUGAGAGGGACUUGCAAGUAUUGUUCUCUGGUCGGGAGAACUUGCAAGUCCAAGGAGUUAUCUUGUCUAUGUAAUAAUUUAUACUGCACAUGCACAGGAUCACACGCAACACCAAUCAUCACAGUCUGCUUCAUUCUUUAAACCUAAUGCCCCUCUGAUGAGAACACUAUAUAUCUUUUUUAGCUUUGGUGAUGGCAAAUUCUGUGCAGUCCUGUCUAGCGUCAGAUUUCUGGUUUGACCUAUUUGGUACAUAUAUAUUUUUUGUUGUUGUUCGUUAGGACAAAUGUGUCCACUUUCCUUGUUCCUCUAACAAUGUGUUUUUAUAAUGUUGUUAUAGGUGUCUCAUACAUAUAUAUAUUUUAUCUGUAUAGUAAGAAAAUGUUCUGUAAAAUGCAAGUACACAAGUGUUUGUGUCCCCCCCCCCCCCGCCCCCAAGGUAUUGCAUGAUUAAUGGUGGGCUAAAAGCCAAAACCUUGUUUUUUUUUUUUUCUUUGGAAAGCACAUCAAGACUUGCAGGGGGUAUGGUAAUCACUAACAGCCACAUAUUUCUUAGCAUGCCAUUUUACUCAAAGGAAUGUUGUACAUAACAGAGGAGUUUUUUGUUGUUUUUUUUUUUUAUUUAAAUAAUUAUGUUUUAGGAUUUAUAUAUAACUGAAUUAUGUGGGUAUAUGUACUGUGUGUGCAUACGUUAAUUUAAAUUCUUGCUAAUAUGAAAUAAAACUGAAAACUAGUUACUGCCACUUUAAGAAACCUUGUUAAGUUCCCCUGAACAGUCUCUCCUUUUUCUCUCGCUUUCCUUUUUCUUUCUGCUUUCCUUUUUCACUCUGCUUUCCUUUUUCACUCUGCUUUCCUUUCUCUCUCUGCUUUCCUUUCUCUCUCUCUGCUUUCCUUUCUCUCUCUCUCUGCUUUCCUUUCUCUCUCUCUCUGCUUUCCUUUCUCUCUCUGCUUUCCUUUCUCUCUCUGCUUUCCUUUCUCUCUCUGCUUUCCUUUCUCUCUCUGCGUUCCUUUCUCUCUCUCUCUGCGUUCCUUUCUCUCUCUCUCUGCGUUCCUUUCUCUCUCUGCGUUCCUUUCUCUCUCUGCGUUCCUUUCUCUCUUCUCUCUCUUCUCUCUCUUCUCUCUCUCCUCUCUCUUCUCUCUCUCCUCUCUCUCUCUCUCUCUCUCUCUUCUCUCUCUCUCUCUUCUCUCUCUCUCUCUCUCUCUCUCUCUUCUCUCUCUCUUCUCUCUCUCUCUCUCUCUUCUCUCUCUCUCUUCUCUCUCUCUCUCCCUCUCUCUCUCUCUCUCUCUCUCUCUCUCUCUCUCUCUCUCUCUCUCUCCUCUCUCUCCCUCUCCCUUUUUCUCUCGCGCUUUCCUUUUCUUGCGCUCUCCUUUUUUUUUUCUCUUUCUCUUUCUCGCUCUCUGUCUCUCUCUCUCUCUCUCUUUUUUUCCUUCCCUAUAUUGGAUAUGGCAAUUCUGCCCACUCUAUGGAGUAACUCUUUAUUUAAAUUUACUGGUUUUUGAAGGAUCUAUUUCUGCAUGCUAGGUUGCUGAGCUUGCACAGACAGUGUUAAUAAAAUGUGAGUACAUUUUUAAAGGAAAUUAAUCACUUCUAGAACAAAGCUUAGUAGCUGGAAAAAUAUGCAGACAAAUGGUUCAGACCAGACCUCAAAACUUCCUGCCCUGCCAAGUCUUUUCUUAGAUAUUUAAAUAGCCUGAGACAUGUGUGAAUAUAUAUGACCAUUACUUAUCUAAAGUAUUGAGCUAUCCAUGUGUAACCACAUUGGCUCUCAUCAUGGAUAUUUUUUUAGAUCUCUUUUCAUUGCUAUGCUAGCUAGUGUUGUCACCUCUUAGAUAGUUAUGGUUUCCCUUAAACUUUAAUAUUCUACCUAUUAGGUUCUGUAUCCAGCCUCUUUUUGAGAUGGAGCAGUUGUCAAAAUAUUAGUAUGUGUGUCUCAUUUUCUUGUCCCUGGGUCCUAAAAACACCAGACAAUCAUAACAUAAGACAAUCAAACGGUUGGAAAAAAGACUUCUAUUGAUCAGCUUUUUAAGUGUCUGGUAUUUACCUCAAGUGGGUAUAAACAUCCCAGGGAGCUCUCACUUGCAAUCUGGUGCUUCUCAGUGAUUCAGAGAGUGGCUGUGGGUUACAAUUGCAAGGCUGUUACUCACUGGCAGAGUGCCGGACCAAAGUGAGAGGCAGAAGGGGUCUGUAACCAUAGAAGGUGCGAACUACAAGAUCCACCAGGCACUAAUGAAAGAUAAUGCACCCCUCUCUGGCCUAAAGUAGGAAAGAAGGAGGGGUGUAAAAAUAACUUUGUUUUGGAAUUAUUUAAACAACUUUUUGUUUUUUAAACCCAUACACAUGCAACACCACACACCAUCCCCACCACCGAGGAGAUGAGGAGUUAGAACUAAAAGGUAGACACAUUUACCUCUAUAUUCUGCACUAAUAAAGGAAAUGUGAAAAUUUGACUGCAAGUCCUGUCGAGUUCACUCUUUUUAGGGUUUAUCUGUCUAUAUCUAUCGAUAUCUAUCGAUCUAUAUCUCUCUUCACCAGGAUACCUUUGUAUAAUUGCAUUUGAAAUAAAUGAGCAGCAGUUAUUACCCCCUCGAUGGUGGCUCUGCCCACAACACACAAAUGCUACAAGCAACUCAUAAACACACUUAUCACAGACCGCACACACAGAACACCACAGAUAACUCAUACAUACAUAUACUUAUGUUAAAAAAAGCAUUUUUCAGCAGUGUCGCUACCAUAAAGAGUAAACUCUUUUUCUACAAAAAAAAACAGAAUAAGUUACAGAGCACACUCAAAAAUAGUUUUACAUUUUACAAGUCCAUGUAAAAUCCUAUUCGCCACAAAAAAAUAUAGGGAUUCAAUUACACCAUAUGGCAAUACAGCCACCACCACCAUGUCACAGUACCCCAAUAUCGGUGGAUCUUACACUAAUCUUAACAUGGGAGAUAACUAAUUAUGACACUUACUGCUUAAAUUGUUGCAAGAGACUCUCCUCAAUGUUUGCUUUCCUGUGGUCACCUCCGAAGGGGCACUUAUAGUGAAGGGGUGGUUGUCACAGCACUGUAUUUUGAUUUUCAUGUGUUUUUUUUUUUUUUUUAAAUGUUUUACAUUAAUUUUGCAUGAUAUAUAUUCACAAAGCUCUUACAACAGAUUAAUUAAAUACACUUUAGUUUGACAUAUUAAUUUAACACUAGCACUAUUUAAAGGACCACUAUAGUGCCAGGAAAACAUACUAGUUUUCCUGGCACUAUAGUGCCCUGAGGGUGCCCCUGCCCUCAAGGCCCCCCUCCCGCCGGGCUCUGGGGAGAGGAAAGGGGUUAAAACUUACCUUUCUCCAGCGCCGCGCGGGGAGCUCUCCUCCUCCUCUCCGCCUCAGAUCCUCCCUUUCGGCUGAAUGCGCACACGCGGCAAGAGCUGCGCGCGCAUUCAGCCGGUCUCAUAGGAAAGCAUUUACAAUGCUUUCCUAUGGACGCUUGCGUCUUCUCACUGUGAUUUUCACAGUGAGAAUCAUGCAACCGCCUCUAGCGGCUGUCAAUGAGACACUAGAGGAUUUGAGGGCUGGAUUAACCCAUUUAUAAACAUAGCAGUUUCUCUGAAACUGCUAUGUUUAUAAAAAAAAAAUGGGUUAACCCUAGCUGGACCAGGCACCCAGACCACUUCAUUAAGCUGAAGUGGUCUGCGUGCCUAGAGUGGUCCUUUAAGUUUGGCUUAAUGUAGGACCCACGUCUGAUAUUAGGUAACACACACAAUACUAGACACUCUCAUAACACCACAGACAUCCUGCACACACAUACAAUGCAUAUGGCCCACAGACAAGCACACACAUUCAGUAUCUCAAAGCAUUUACCACAUCUGCCCAUACAUUACACAAGCAGAAUUCUUCCACAUAAAUGUUCAUUUAAAAAAAAAAAAAAAACUAAUGCCAGCACUCUUAAGUUUUACUUUGGUACGGCACAGCGCUUUUCAGCAUGUUGCAUACAAGAAAAGUAAAUCUCAGUCUUGUGAAGUGUGCAUGCAUGACUGGGAAUGAGGAUAUGAUAUCUUCCUGUGACUCACUUUUUACACGUCAUAGAGUUGGUCAGCUCCACCCGCUUAUUCAAUGUUGGACAUUGUGUCACAAAGUGAUGAAACAUAGGAGGUAAAGCAAUAAUGUAACCGUUAAUAAAAGUGCUAUAAAUCUAUAAUUUACUGCAAAUCCAAAUGGUUAGUUUCUCUAAUAUCUUCUGUUUAGUUUACUUGGCUGUAAAAUGUGGAUUGAGUUAAUCAUGUCUUUCCAGUCUAUUGCACUUUAUAGUAUUUUAAUAUAUGAAACUGGAUUAAUUUACCCAUAUUCUCCAUGCUUGUCUACAAAUUGGUUUUUGGUCGUUUUUUUUUUUGGGGGGGGGGAGGGGCAAGAGCACUGCUAGGCACAGCAGUUUCUCCCCUCUUGAUUCAUGUUGAUGUUAAAGGACCACUAUAGGCACCCAGACCACUUCAGCUUAAUGAAGUGGUCUGGGUGCCUGGUCCAGCUAGGGUUAACCCCCUUUUUAAUUUUUUUACUAAACAUAGCAGUUUCAGAGAAACUGCUAUGUUUACACUGAGGGUUAAUCCAGCCUCUAGAGUCUCUAGUGGCUGUCUCGUUGACAGCUGCUAGAGGCGCUUGCUUGCUUCUCACUGUGAAAAUCACAGUGAGAAGACGCCAGCGUCUAUAGGAAAGCAUUGUAAAUGCUUUCCUAUGAACUGGCUGAAUGCGCGUGGCUCCUGCUGUGCAUGCGCAUUCAGCCAAUGACGUCGCUAGGAAGGAGGAGAGGAGGAGGAAAGCUCCCCGCCCGGCGCUGGAGAAAGGUAAGAUUUUAACCCCUUCCUCUCUCCAGACCCCGGCGGGCACCCUCAGGGCACUAUAGUGCCAGGAAAUCGAGUAUGUUUUCCUGGCACUAUAGUGGGCCUUUAAGUUUAUUGACCGUGAUUUGAAGUGCUAGAAUCGUAUCUUUUUUUUCUAACAAAAUAGAUGAAUUUUCAGGGGACACUAGUUGAUUUUGUGUUUGUUAGAGAAAGUGAGCCUCAAUUCAUCUGCCUUAGAUCCUGGAAUCCUGCACGUUAAUUUAUACAGAUAAUAGAUUGAAUCUCUUAUUUAUAAAACAUCAAAAUAACUGCUGGUCUGUAAGACUGUUUAUUUCUCCUUUUCCAUUUGACUGUUAAUGGAAGGUCAGUGAGAGCAAAGACGUCUGUGCCUCUGUAAUAUAAUGUAACCGUUAUUAGUUUAGUAGCAGAAGGAAUGUUUUAUGACGAAAAACAUGCAUGAUGCUUCUAUAAUUAGCUAACUUUUGUUGCAGGUUUUAUAAUAAUCUGUCCUAUCCACAGACAUUAGGAACAAAGUUCAGUUUGGAAUGGGAAGUAAACUGAUCAAGUAGUUUUAUCUGCUUUAUUUUUCUAAUAACUAUAAUUGUAUGGGUUUUUAUUUAUUUUUUAUUGAAUUUUAUUGACUUUGCAAUAGUCUAAAACUCUCCAGUAUACUCAAGUUUGUUGGUUUAUACUGUGAAAUAGUGUUAUUAGGAGCACCAGAAACCACUUGUAUCUGAAAAGGGAAGCGUCCAAGAGAUAUUAUUUAGGUCCACUACUGAAAAGGUGGCACCAAUAUAUAAAGGUGGGAGCAACUGUUUUAUUCAUAAAUAGUGGGUAUGCACAAAACCAGAUUUGUAAACGUGAACAUGAUGGUGCUAUUUUGGGUGAAAAGUGCUUAAUGUUGACAAACAUUUUGUUACCGUAGUGAUUGCUUCUUUUUUAGCUCUGUCUCCAAAUUACACUUGUUUUUAACACUAUAGGAUCAGGAAUGCAUGUUUGUAUUCCUGAAUGUAAUGUAUAGUGUUCCUUUAAGCAAAUUUCUCUCUCCAGCUGUUUCGGACCAUUUGAUUUCCUUUGACACUUUUAUAGGCAUGAGUUUGCACUGCGACUUCAACACUCUGCGACUUCAAGUGUUUUGUAUGUAAACGUGUAACGUGUAAAAUUUGCACUUACUGUUACAAAGUUUGGACUAAUCCUGUCUGUUUAUUCAAAAUACGUAUGAGCUGAUGGUAACCGGCAUUAAAACCCUUAAAUUUUGUCCUGGUACCUGGGAUUUGUGAGCCAGUUCCCUCAGUGGCAGACAGGUGGUUGCACGUACUGUAGGUGGGCGUCAUGGGGAUUGUAAUCUUCCUGCUCAGCUCCCUUGCCCACCACUUAUUGGUGCAGGGAGCCGGAAUAUGGCGUCACUCCGGCCCCAGCAUCUCUAAGUGGUGUGCAAGGAAGCCGAGCAGGAAGAUUAUAGCUCCCUUGCCGCAUGCCUACAAUACGCGUAGUCUGCCACCCGCCUCCACUUUCCCCCAGCCGGCCACUGGACCACAGGGAAAGGGACCACACUCCUGCUCUCCCAAUUGUGAGGUUGGGUGGAAUAAAAUUUAAAUAAAACAUAUAUCAUUUUUGAGUGUGACUGUCAGUCAUGGAGUGUGUGUUCUUAGGUAACCAGCCCGCCUCUAUUCGCAUGAGUGGUGUUCCUACUACCCUUUUUUCCCAUGCCUUGCAGGUGUUCCUGCACAUGGCCCUGCCUCUGUCUGAAAUAAUCAUGAUGAGAGAAAAAGCCAAUCCAAUGCAAUUCUACAUGAAAGCAUUGAAAACGAUUGCAGUGAUGCUAUACGCUGCGCCAAUCCACAUCUCUAAUAUAGAUGCAUUGAAUCUAUGAAUCUGUAUGGGGAACAUUCAGCGCCUCCAUGCAAAGCAUGGAGACGCUGAUUGUAGGUGCAGCACUGAGAUAGGAAGCACUUUAAUGGCAGUCUGAGUGACUGCUAGUAGAGGUGUCACUAGGCAGCAAUGUAAACCCUGCCCUUUUCUCUAAAAAGGCAGUAUUUACAUUGAAAAGCUUGCAGGGACAGACUAUAGAUACCAGAACCACUACAUUAAGGUGUAGUGGUCCUGAUGAUUAUAGUGUCCCUUUUAAGAAUUGUGUUUUUGUUAAAAUGUUGUUAAAAAAAAUAAAUUACAAAAAAAGCAUGGCUCCUAACUCUUUUUAGCUGGCUCUUAGAUUCAAAGCAAACGUACUCUGAGCUGAUGGGAGAGAAUGUGGCUUUAAAUAUUAAAGAAUGAUGACUGUAGUGGGGGCCUGGAGAGAUCACAGCUGGAAGGGAACAUACAAGCUGAUUACAUUUACCAGGGCACUGACUACAAAUUACAUUUUUGCACAGAAAUAUUAGGCAGCCCAGGACAGAGUUCCAGGCUGUCGAAGUAAUGUUUGCCAGGGUUCCAACUAGCCUUGUUCAAGCAAAAACGCUGCACAUACAGAUUACCUGCUCCAUGACCACUUCUAAAGCAGAAGUGGUCAUGGAGGCUGGAGUAACCCUUUAAGGCUGAUCUCGUUGACCAUUAAAAUAAAAAAAAAAAUGAAUAUAACAUUUAAUGGCAGCUGGGUUCUGCUCAGUAAGCAAUCUUAUUUAGAUAUGGUAAAGAAUUCAGUAUAAUACUGCCUAGUCAAGUGCAUAAGACCAUAUUGCCAGAGUUUUUUAGGACUUGUAGACUUUUUAGGCAAUAAAUGAAUUAACCUGGCAUUAUGUGCAAUCAAGUGGACAUAUUCUAAUUAUGUUCCUGCUCAAACAAUGAAAUCCCUCAUUUGGCCUUGAUUAUUUGUUAAUAUUCUGGGUUUUUAAACUUGACCUCUUGGCAGUUCCUUAAGACUUGUUUCAAUGUAGAAAUUAGACAAUUAGCCAUAAAGUACUUUGAUAUGCCGGCUUUUUUUUUUUUUUUUUUUUGAGACUAGAUGUGAAAUGAAUUCUUGAAUUCUCCCUGUUUUGUCCUCAAUUCCUUAUCCUAUUUUGCAAUGCUUUACAGGAAGAACAUCUCUUCAGUACUAGAGGAUGGCAGGAUGUGUUAUUAAAGAGAGAGAAAAAACAUUUAUUUCCCAUCAUUUAACUCCUUUCCUGCCCUGGGGGAUGUGAUGCAGACAUUUAUAAAGCGCAACAGGGCAACUUUAAAAAAAAAAACAAAAAAAAAAAAACACAACUUUUUUUUUUUUCAAACUUGGAUAUUAGAGACUUUUUUUUUUUUUUUUUUUUAAAGCUGUAUAACAGUGCAGGGAUUACCUUAACUAGUUAAUACAGACUGAAUUUUGGUCCUAGUCUUCCUGUCCAACCUGUUCCAUAAUUUUGGAAGGUUCAUUUGUUAAAGGAGCUCUCUAGUAAUACAAACAUGUAUUUCUAAUGUUAGGCACUUCUUUACUUUUUUGGUUUAGGACACGCCUAAUGCCAACCAUUGGUCCUGCAGAAAUUGCAGCACAAUAAUAGGAAGCCUUUCUGAUGGCUGAUGAGUGAGAGCUACUAGAACUGUCCUUUGUGAAAAAUUUAAACUCUGCCUUUUCACGGGUGUGCAGAGACAGGUUUUUUUUUUUACCAAAACCACUACAUUAAGCUGUGAUGUAUCUGGUGCUUAAGGUUUCUCUUUUCAUAACUACAUAAUUUUUUAUUUUUUAUUUUGUAUAUCUCCUAAAGUAUUUGUAAUCUACUUUCCUUAACUUACCCACAGUUGUCUUACAAAUAUCUGAGCAUAUUUGAGCUGUUUUCCUAAUUCAUCUUACAUUAUCCUGUAUAUGUAUGUUGGUGAAAGUAAAUGACUCCCUAAUUAUUUUUUUUAUAAACUAUAAAACAGGCUUGAUUUUGGCCCCCAAAUUUUAUUGUAAAACUGAAACCUCAAUCGAAUAAAAGUCAAGUUUUAGAUUUUCGUAUAUGGCCUAGAGUGCUAUUCAUUUUAUUUUAUUUUUCUUUUGUUUUUUUAAACUGUUUGAUCUAAGCACCAGCCUUAUGAUUUUUCUCCGAUAACAUUUCCAAAAGACGUGCAUCUAUGGACUUUUUUUUUUUUUAUAUUAUUAUUUAUUGUUUGGAAUGACAGGUACAGAGUAAGCACUAAAUACUAUUUUGAGAUUAUAGGGUAAAUAUAUUUUUAAGUGGGAACUGUACAAUAAUUCAACAUACAUCUUUAUCAUUCUUGACCUUUGUCUCAGAGGUUUAGCUUUUUUCCUUCCCAACCCACACUAGAUAGAGUUUGAAGUUUAAAAGCAACCUCUCAAUACUAGCUAAACAAAAGCAGGUAGUAUUGUUAUAAGUGGCUGAUUGUCCUGCCAUUUAAAUAGAAGUAUAGGUUUCAGAAAUAACAGCCGAACAUGAAGUCACCAGAUAUGGAUCACUGAAUCUCUCUUUUGUAAGUGUGCCAUAAAUAUAGCUGACAUUGUUUCUUGUGCAGAGUGUAGGCCGCCCAAUAGACUGGUUGGGUACAUGUAGUGAUGAUCAAGUACCAUUGUGAAUGACUUGGCUUGAUCACUAAAUUGUGAAUUGAUAACCCUCUUUCUAAAUUUAGGCUAAAAAUAAGAAAUGGAUUUAAAAAAAAAAAAAUUUCAUUUUCAUUGGAUGUUCUCUUGUUCUUCUGAUUUGGCACACAUCUAAGCAUAUUGCUUGUCAGCUCACCACAACUCGCGGUUUAAUGUAUAAAAACAAAGUGAAAUAUAUACUUCCCAAGUGUCCUAUUUAGGUGGGGCAGUCCCUAUUUUUGGCCCUAAUUGGCCUAUUUUUGGCCCUAAUCCCUCUGUUCUAUCCUAAUGUCGGACUUUUCUGGGAGCUUCAUAUUGUUGGUGUGUUUCAGUGUAGAGCAGAGCUCUGCAGCAAUAAUACUCACAGUAAUGUCUAUGAACUAAAAUAAAUGUGUUUAGAAAUCGGUAUGUGUAAAUAAGCUACAUUGUUCUUGUUUGAAAUUACAUUAUAGUUUUAAAAAUGGUGGUUAGUAAGUCACCUAAAAUGUCUCAGAACAGCCCUGGCUACAUCGACACCCCUAAAGUUAAUGUCCCUCUUCGUCCAUUUGACAUGUUGGGAGGUAUGGAAAUGUAAGUGUCUGGGGCAGGCAGGUUGUGUGCCAUGAGGUGGGAAAUGGGGGAAAAUCCCCCUCCCGCCGGGCUCUAGGGUGAGGAAGGGGUUAAACUUACCUCUUUCUCCAGCGCCGGGCGGGGUGCUCUCCUUCUCUUCGGCUGAAUGCGCAUGCGCGGCAAGAGCCGCGCGCAUUCAGCCAGUCUCAUAGGAAAGCAUUCACAAUGCUUUCCUAUGGACGCUGGCGUCUUCUAACUUUGAAAAUCACAGUGAGAAGCACGCAAGCGCCUCUAGCGGCUGUCAAUGAGACAGCCACUAGUGGCUGGAUUAACCCUAAUGUAAACAUAGCAGUUUCUCUGAAACUGCUAUGUUUAUAGAACAAAGGGUUAACCCUAGAUGGACCUGGCACGCAGACCACUUCAUUAAGCUGAAGUGGUCUGGGUGCCUAUAGUGGUCCUUUAAGUUUGCGAUUCUCUCUUCAGUCUGUCACAUUUCCUGGUUUGGUGAAUAAUUCCAACAGUAUUUACAUAAAUGCAUAACAUACGGUGAUAGUAGAGAAGUGACUAGAAUUGGACCACACAGUAAGCAAGCACAUUGCUCAGGGUGAAACUGGGUGGACAGUUAAACAGGCUAGACUUCUUAGUAAGUGAAUUGUCAGGGAUUUUUUAGGAUUGGAGACUAAGCGAACCUUUUAUGGGAUGGGGAAAGUUAUUACAUAAUAAUUGGAUAGCCGAAAAAGCACAUGGUAUGGAUGACAAAAUAAGAACUGCUAUAAUGUUGCCUGUUUUCUAUUUUUAUAUCUUAACAAAUCUAUUGCUUUUCUGGAAGCACAUGUGCACGCAGACAUCCCAACGGUGUUGUAUACGACGUCUUCAGUAUGUUAUGUAAAGGAGGAGGGCUGAAAUGGAAGCUUCUGACUAUUUUUUAAUAAAAUUAAAAGCGGAACCCAUAGCUAACUCUUAUUUAGCUGUAGUUAGGAACCUCAUUAGUGCCUGUACGGCUUUAAUUGCUUCCAUUUGGAAUAAGACACAGCCUUUGCAUUGCAUAAACACUUAAUGACCUGGAGCACAUGAAGAUUGUAUUGUUCAUGUUUCUUCCUGUAUUUUUUUCUUUUAAGCAAUUUGGAUAACAAUCAGACAACAUAUUUUGCAUUCCUUUCUUUUCUUCUGCUUCCCUUUUAGUAGAGGGUAUUUUGUUUUUGUGGGUUUUUAAAUGUUAUUAUAGGAUUAGGAUCAUGUGUUUUUGUUAGUAUUUGCAUAAGCCAAAUUGCUAUCAAAUGGUUUAUAGGAUUGCUUAAAUGGGACGAUUACAGAUCUUUAUUUAAAGAGAGUCUACCAUGAUUUCAGUCCUGUAAUGUUAAAUAAGGCAGGACUUAAUGUUUCUACACUUAACAGAUGCAUUAAAAAAUAUAUAUAUAUAUAUGUGUGUGUGUGUGUGUGUGUGUGUGUGUGUGUGUGUGUGUGUGUGUGUGUGUAUAUAUAAUUCUACACGGUGGGUUGUAAUCUAAUAUACAUCCCCCCUCCCCCUUUUUUUAAAUACAUGCUUCACCUAAAUAUACAGAACUGUUUUCUCUUAAUCCAGCACAUUCUUACCUGAAACAAUAUUUGUUACUCUGUUGCAUUGGGUCCUCUGUUGUGUGCCUUAUUGAUGGACAAAAUAUAAAUAAAGAUCAAUCAUUAGCUUGGUGGCUCGUUCAGUUGUAAAAUACUCCGGUGACCCAUUCUUCAAAUGUAAUAUCAUCCUAUACUAAAACGAAUUCAAAUAACGUUCAUUAGCCCUUUCCUAGUGUCAGAGGGGUCGCCAUUUAUUGUAGUUGGUGGUCUUUUGGCCUAAAAAUAUAGUAUCUGACCUAGGGGUUUAGAACCAGUGCUAAAUCGCAAUGCAGUUCAUUUGUUUGCAAAAAUAAAUACAUGUUUAUAUAAGCUAUUGUUAAAAGUUCAACUCUAUGCCCACCUUGCGAUAAUUUACAGAUACAAAAAAUACAUGUAAAAUUUGAAGGGGAAUAUAACCAAGAGACACAUUCUUGGCCAAUUAAAGGAACACUAUAUAGUUUCAGGAAUACAAACCUGUAUUCCUGACACUAUAGCUCUAAAUGCACCUUGUCCCCACCUCCCUCACCCCCCUUAAAAAGGUGUUUUACUCACAUUUUACAAGUGCCGCGCGGGCCUUCUCACGACUGGCUCCACCACUUUGGCUGAUAUUUUAAAACUUGAUGAUCUUAGCUAAUCCAAUGCUUUACAAAUACACAUCUCCUCGUAGAGAUUAAUUGAAUCAAUUGAGGAAUCAAUUGAUGUUCUGCACUGAGUGUGUAGACUCUGAACUUCUGUGCUGCACAUUGAGUUGCCCUCUGUGUGACAGCCACUAGAGGUGGUCCUAGGCAGUAAUGUAAAACCAGCAUUUUCUCUGAAAAGGCAGUGUUUGCAUUUAAAAAGUCAGCAGGGACAGGCUAUAGACACCAGAACUACGCUAAGCUGUAGUUCUGGUGACUCUAGUGUGCCUUUAAAAAUAAACAACCUGUAUACUCCCUAUAUUUGUCAGGGUUUUUUUUUUUUCAUAUCCUAUAUCUUGCCCCACUGAUUGCAUCUAUACCAUUAUUUUUGCAGGAAUCCGUGUUAACCUCAUUGUCCACUGGAGCGACUUGUCACAGAUGCUUCCGAAGCAAGUUGGAAUGUAGUGGCUUGGAAGGUAUGUAAAGACUAGCUAUAGUGUACAAGGACUAUUAAACCAGGCAGUUUAAACUUCUGUUUCUAAUAAAGAUCUGUACUUGCAUGCAUAAGCAGUUACAUUUAGCCGAUUGACUACUCCAAAUUUCUAUUAUUUCUGGUUCUUCUAAAUAAAAUAUAUGCAUUCUACCUCAAUAGUUUGUCUAUGAAAUUAUAUGUGGAUUGAUUCAGGUUGACUGUGAAUGUAACGUUAUUUUAUCCCAUUGUGUAUAUAUAUUGUGUACUUUUCAAUAAAAUAUACCGUAUAUGUAUGAUCUUAUUGUUCUUGCUGAAUUGCCAAUAAUUGUAUUUGUAGUUCUAUUAAAGAGGUAUUAUCAUUACCCAAGAUGAAUACUAUGUUUACUUAACAAAUCUGUAUUUGAGGUGUGAAAUAUAAAAUUUAAAAAAACGGAAUCAGCACCUCUCUAUCUUGCAACUGGGCACCUCCAUCUUGGCUCCUGUUAGUCAUUGUUAUAAACUGUCUCUUGCACUUGGCAUUUAACAGAGAGCGCAUUUAAUGAGUGGAAAUUAUAAUUAUUAUAAUAUAAAAUGUUUUCAUUUCAACUAUUGCUUUUAUAAUGUAUGCCCAAAAAAUGUUUUUGAUGUUAUAUUUUAAAGAUUUAAUUUAUUUUAAUUAAGAUAAAGAGAGAGAAUCAUGUGAUAAGUUAACAAAAUGUUAUAAAUCAUUUUCAGUGUUUUAUCCAAUUGUGUAAAUUCCAGAAGAGUGACAAAAAUGCAUUGUGUUGGUCCACAUAAUGUAUGGCUAACAUUCUUUAUGCAUUAUCUGCUCAUUGGCGUUUAGGUAGUUUUUGAAAAACCACAACAUGCUUAUAUAACUUUCAAAAGAUACAUUUAAAGGUCAUGUUACAAACACAUGGCUUUAUUUUAUUGUGGGCAUUAAAUUAUUUAAUUUGGAGCCUGCCCACAGCAAUUGAAACUUUAAAUUAAACUAGGAAUUAAGCCACAGAUUUCAUGGAUGUGGGAAGUUCUUAAUUCCUCAUCUCUUAUUCAGUGUGCUUUUGCUUGUGAUUUCUUCUAACUACCCCUGUGUUAUUCUGUAUUUUUAAUGUUCUUCAUGCUACCCAACAAUCAUAUGGACACUACCAGUGCCAACAAAAUAUAGCACACAUUACUUCCAAUCCAGCGAUUGGUACCUAAAAUGACAAGACCAGGGGAAUUAAUAAUUCCAAUUUUAAGUUAUCGGACAUGAUAUGGCUAUUGUAGGUAUCUAAUAUUUAAUUAGUGUUAUUGAGAAGGUUGUAGUGUGGGUUGUGAGCAUGUUCUAUGUGAUACAGAUGCUCGAUGUGAUGUGGUUGCUAUAGAUGCUGUAUGUGUUGAUUUGAAAGAUCAGUGUUGCAUGUGAUGCAUGUUCCACAGUAGAGAUGUUGCGAACAUCUCGCGAACGGUUCGCCGCGAGCUGUUCGCGGCGAACUCCGGUCAGCUGACACGUCCCGGCCAAUCUCCAGCAGACCCUGCCUCCCAGAACCUCCUACUUCCUGGACAGCAUCCAUGUUGAAACAUGUUUUUUUUUUUUGUGUACCUAUCUUGAGUACACAAACGUGUGCUCUAAAGAGAGUAAAAUAACAGCUAUCUACAUUGUACUAGCACAAAUGUAUAUAUUUUAUGAAAACGCUGUGCAACAACAUGGUUCAACUCCUAACCUGUCAAUCAAUUCAUCAACACAGGGGUUUCUCGAGAUUUAACUUUUAGUGGAGAGCAGGAGAACACUCAUACAAAAAGAUAUCUUGCUGUCAUCACAGCAACUACAGUUCAAGCAAUAUAGUUGCUUUUAUUAGUAAGUAGGUGUAACGGAAUCGCUUGCACCCCGACCGGGUACCUUCCCUUGAUGGAUGCUCCUAGUGCCUCCCGAGGACUCCAAGCACUCCACCAGACACCAUAACCACUGUAGACUCCCACGAACUGCCGCAGCUUGGUUGGGGUCUUGCCGUCUCCACCCAUUCUGGACCCAAGACCAGGGUCCAGCUUCCAGUAGGUCAACCUCUCCGAAUUCCAGAGAGCAGGAACAAGCUGUUAGCAGAGCUUAGUGAUUAUAACCUGGGGAGUAUAGUGAUUAUAGCAAUCCCCAGAGUGUAGUUCUCCAAUCCCCCAAACAUGAGCCGAAACUUCAUGAAGGUACAAGAUGAUCUGCUUGGAUUCUUGGUGCAGGAAAGAGGAAGAUCCCGCCGCUGCGACCAGUUGUGACGGUAGCAACUGGUAUCACCGUCUAGUAUUCCUUUUCCCAGUAGCAGAGUAUCGCCUAGAAUCCACAGGAAUAAAUAUUGCUGGUAUCGCCAAAUAAUCCACACAUGAGCCAAAGCUUAAUGCUGGAACAAGACUGAUUUACUGGAAGCAACAGGCAUUCAAUUUACACAGUACAAGCUCCUCCUCUGGGCCAGGCUAGAUAAUGGCGUUUCAGCAACAUACUAAACUCAAUUAUCUGCUGGCCAGAAACAUUAACAAUUUUCAACACUUUUGGAAAUAUACUUUCUACAUGACAUAUGAAUAUAAAAACCACAUCCCUGGGUAGCUGGGGAUACUGGGAGUAACAUAUCCAAAUUUCACGAAAAUCAGUUCGGUAGUUUCCGUGUCGCAUCGUGUGGAAGUUUGAACAGCUCGCCGAUUUAGAGUUCCAUGAAAUUGGUAGCAAGAGCCGGUCUCCGUUCGUGCAGAAUUACACGAAAACCACCAUAGUUAUACGGCAUCUGGUUACAUGAGAAUGCUCCCCUCGUUCGGUUGAUUGGAACUCCCGAACGCCGGUCUGAUACUGCGAGUGAUUGCCAUGCCGAAAACAGUUCCAGGCAAUCCACGAGUAAGUCCCGCUGGCCACGUUCAGGAGAUUUAAGAUGGCCGCCAUCCUUUGUUCUCGCCACGUGUUCGUAUGCCGAAUGGCGGCCACCUAGGAGCACUUUGCGGUUUUCGUGUGGUUACUUGGUGUUCUAAGUUCUGAUUGCUACCCGGGGUGGUGUCCGUUCGGUAGAACAAAUAUAUUUCCCGAACACAUAAAUAAAACGAAUAUUUCAAAGUCACUUAAAUAGCAGGGAGAGGAAAUAACCGAAUAUAUACAGGUAAAUACAGGGAAAUCCUUUACAGUAGGUCUUCUGCCUUGCUAGAGUAUAUGAAUGGAAUUACUGCAUAAUGUGGAAGUAUUGUUCACCUUGAGAAUUUUGUUUCCCCCAGUUAGGAUCAUUUUAUAGGUAUAGAUUUGUGUUGGAGUAAAUAGUGCAUUCGUGUAACACCAGGAUGUGUUUUAAUGGCCCCCAAAAAAGCCCUUACAAAGACUCUAUCGUGCUUUAAAAAUAUCAGUAGAUCGAUGAGACCAGUCAACCAGAACGCUCUAAUGAAAUUUAUGUGGGCUUUGGAUGUGAAAAGCAGUGAUUUUUAAACCAGAAACUGAUUGUAACCAACCGAUUUGUUGCAGAUUCAGUUGUAUUUGGCCAUUUUCAUAGAAUUUUGUUCAUCCAGACAAAAGUGGGUAUUUAGUAAAUUGUUUUUUGCUGGGUAUUGUUUGUUUAGCGCCCCAAACACGUAAAAAAGCAUUUCCUUUACAUAUUUAGUAAAUAACCAUGUUUAUGAACAAACCAAGAACGUCAACCUUGCGUUUUGUUUCCUGAAUUUAUACCUGAUCACCUUCCAGUUGACUAUUAAUUUAGGACUGUUAAUCGUGCAUGAUCUCUAAACAUAGCUAUUUAAAGUGUGUUUGACCUGGUAGACACAUUUAAAUAAAAGUGCAAAAAAUCCAUCAUAUUAUGAGAGCAGAAUUGUUUGCAAAUAUUUUUUAAAUAAUCUAUUUGAAAGUGCAGUCUAUGCCCUCGCCUGUCAUUCCAUUCUUGGUAUAGAAGGAUAUGCUGAUAGCUCAUACCUGAAUGGCAAUAAUUGAGUGAUAAGGACAGCAGUGACCAUCCUCCUUAAAGGACCACUAUAGUGCCAGGAAAACAUACUCGUCCCCCUCCCGCCGGGCUCUAGGGGGUGGAAGGGGUUAAACUUACUUCUUUCUCCAGCGCCGGGCAGGAGACUUUCCUCCUCCUCAGCUGAAUGCGCAUGCGCGGCAGGAGCCGAGCGCGCAUUCAGCCAGUGCAUGGGAAAGCAUUCACAAUGCUUUCCUAUGGACGCUGGCGUCUUCUCACUGUGAUUUUCACAGUGAGAAGCGCGGAAGCGCAUCUAGCGGCUGUCAAUGAGACAGCCACUAGAGGCUGGAUUAACCCUAAAGUAAACACAGCAGUUUCUCUGAAACUGCUAUGUUUAUAGAAAAAAGGGUUAAUCCUAGCUGGACCUGGCACCCAGACCACUUCAUUAAGCUGAAGUGGUCUUUUAAGGUUGUUCCCUUAUGCUUUCAAUCGCAGCAACUACAGUGUGUGCUUUUAUUUAUCUGACGAAGAUGUUUUGCACUGGUAAUGAAGUCAGUAUGUCUGCAUCAUUGAAGAUGUUUGCGUAUGUGUUCACAAUUAGGACCUGUGAUAAAUUUUAUUAAUUGCAUAUGUAAAUGUUGAAGUGAACUGUGAGAGGUUCACUUUAAAUCCAAAUCGAGCAUAUUGAAUUUUAGUGAGCACUACUCUACUUUGACAUCAGUUUUCAUAAAAUGGUUUUGACGUAUGUUUUUAGAUCUGCAUCGUAGCAAGUACAAAGAUUUUCAAACUUUACUAAAUUAUUCAGUAAACUUUGACCUACUUGCAAUUCAGUCAUAAUCAAAUGCAAGGAAACAAUAGCCAAACUGAAUUGAUUUGGAGUAUUUUUUUUCUAAAUUGACCUAAAUUUUUAAAUUCAAUUUUAAUUCCUUGCAUUUCUAACUUGAGUGACUAACCCUCCUAGCUUCAACCCAACUUUGCCUCUUGUUGCCUUACAUUUUCAAUUCUCUUGUCAAAUCUCCACAAUUGUCAGGAUUUUGUUUUCAUUUGAUAUGUCAAUUUCUCUUUAAAUAUUUUGUAUUUAUUUUUAGUAUUAACAGCAGCUAUGGUUUCCGUAUUGAUUAUAUACAAGUGAGAGGUCUAGUGUUUACAUUUAGUCUCUGUUUCAAUUUAGGGUGAAAGGAUUUCUUUCAUUCUCUGUAACUGGUGUUUUGUAUUCAAUAUACAAAAUAUUUAAUCCUGACAUUAAUAACUAAUGCUGCUUGUAUGAUAAAUAAGAGCCUCUCAGUUGUCGAUCAAUGCCGACUUGGGCUAAUGAAAUGUUUGACCCUUUUUAUAAGAUUGGAGCAAAAGGUUGAUGGGUCCAAGAUUGUCUUUUUAAUUACUGACUGUUGGAGACUUGCUUUCUGAUAGUAGUUUCACUUUGUGGUCUGGCUCCUAGGCUUUUUGUUUUAUAAGUGGUAAAUAAUAGCAUGCUCAAAAGCCCAAAAUAAAUGAUAAUGAAAUAUCUGCUUGGGGCUUGUAAAGCUUUUUCAUUUUUUGUGAUGUCACGUUUUCCUCUAUUUUCCCAUUUAACAAGUUUUAUGGAAACCUAUCUAAAUUUUAAACCAUGAAUUCAGGCAAAUAAAUUACAUGAAAAGAUAGGGUCGUCCAUUAGUGAGUUUUUUGUGUUUAUGUAUUGACACAUAAAAAAAUAAGAAUAAAAAAUAGGUUAAUGAUUACCUAUGAUGUAAGUAAUGCAUGGGGCGAGUCAUAGAGCUGGGGGUUAAAGCCUGGAAUUGUGGAGUGUUUCUGUCAGUGUGCUGUGGACGGUCUUGUAACUUUGCAAGAUAGCAAGCAGGUAUUAAACUUCCACAGAAUAUUGCAGAGGCAUCCUUGCAUGAACAAAAUAUUAUGUUAUGGUUACCUGGCACAUUUUGGUGUGUGUUUUUUUUUUUUUAAUGUUGUGAGACUCUAAGAGAGAACAUAAAUCAAUUUUGUUAUAAAGUGAUAAAGGUAGAGUGGUCCUCCUUGUGAAAACUGGAUUGUUUAAAGGAACACUGAGAGCACCAUAGCUUUUGUGCACUGUAGUGGUUAUAGUGCCAGGAAUGCCCUCUGAUCCCUCCACCAGUUAGUAUGAGGCUGCAAACUUUAUGCUUAAUCCCUAGCUACGUUGCAAAGAGUUGAACCGUUUUAGAACAUUUUAACUUCUUACCUAGGGGCCGAGGGGUUCUACACUUGGUCUGCAUUACAGCUCUGAGAGCCGGAAGCUCUCUUUAUUGUGCUAAGGAUGGUGGUGCAAUGCUUACCUCAUUGGAUGAACUGUAGAGAAAGCACAGAGCUUGACAGAUCUCAGGUUAGAAGUCAAACCUUUCUAUAACAAUUUUAUAGCCGUGGGUAUGGUCCUUGGAUUGUUCCUUUACGAUGAUCGGUCAACAGUUUAUCCCAAAAUAAUUUGUUAUAAGAACAUAUAUUUGUGUUCUAAAAAUAUCCCAAUUUUGCAAUGCCCAGUAUAUAUACUACCCAUAGACUGUUACAGAAUGUAAUAUACAGGGUGGGAUACAAUUUAGAGUAGAGUUUGAGGCAUCAAGUACAUUUUUCUUAAUGAACCAAUUUCAAUGAUAAAACACGGAGUGUUUAACAUAUGGACAUUUGUUUGACUAGGUACAGAAGAUUACAUCUUUCAAAUGCACUUUCGAUUGCAUUGUUCAUAACUUUAUGUAGCGGAGUAGCAGGGGUUAAUCCAAUAGCUCUCCGCUGGGAACAAAGAUUCAGCAUACAAAAUCACAGGAACACAGCAUAAUCCAUCUCCCCAAGGACUAGACGACACGUCGUCUGGGAGUCAACUGUCCGUUUUAUUCACAGGUCUGCUUUUAUGCAUUUCUCCCAUGCAAGGGAGGUAACUUUCACAAUUAGUACAGUAACCAAUCAUAUCAUGGUCACCUCCCAUCCCUCUCCUCCCCUUAGAUUAACAGUUAAAUAGAUUAAUGGGGACAGAGUUUUCCCCACUUUAUGGAUGUCCCCUAAAUACAGGGGGUACAGGGUUAAAUAAGGUCUGAUCUGGGUGAGCAACAUACUCAAAAUUCACCCAGAUCGGACCAGGGGUUCGGGAGUUACAGGCAUUGAAAGAUUUGACCGACCGAACGGCUUAGGCAUCCAGGCAUCUGUUACCGUUCGUAUGAAUCCCCUCGUUCGUGGGAUUCCACCUACCGAACGCCGGGGCGUUCGUGUGUUUGGUUCGUGCUUUCUGAGCAUGCUGGAGGUCUUAGCGGUACUUGGUUAGUCGAAUGCCCGGUUUGAGUUCCAGGCGUUCGACGACCAAGUACCGCUGUUCGUGCGUAAGAUGGCCGCCGCCACGUGUUCGGUAGGCGAAAUGGCGGCCACACACACAGGCACUUUAUUCCCUUCGCAACAUUGUAUCUUUCAGUUAAUGGGCAACACACGACCACCCCGGCGUGGUCUCCCGUUCAAUAGUUUCAGGGCAUUCGCAUACAGAACAGCAAGAAUAACAUUAUAGUCCGUUCGUGCAUUUAGUCACUGCUUUAGCACCCAUUCGCUUGUAAUAAUUCAACUGUUCAUUCGCACAGAAUAGUUAGUCCAAGUGGCAGAGUUUGCCACACUUUAGUUAAUGUUUAAGGCUCUAGCGCUCAAAUUCCUGCACAGAGAUUCAGAAGUGUACGUGGUUUGCUCACAUACAUCCACUCCUUCAGAUAUCCCCACAGGAAGUAAUCUGAAGCUGAAAGGUUGGGCGCAUGUGGCAGCCAAUUAAUCUGGGUAUUGCUUUAGUUUAUCUGCUCGCUGAAUAGUUGUCCCAGUAGGUCCAUUCUGGCCCUGGCUGGAUGAGCAGUAGCCCUGUUGAAACCACAUUUCAGAAUGAUUUUUCCACUACAGGACGUAAAAAAAAAUAAAAAAUUCAGUCAUAUGCAUGCCAUUUUGAAAAUCAAAUAUCACGAUUUUUACACGUUGCUUUAUGAAAAUUACCCAUGAUGAAUAACUCUGUUAUAAUAUGUACCUGCAACAAAAAAAAUUAACUACUAACAAAUAAGUGAUUUACCUGUCAUAUCAUACUCUGAAUUUUGGCCCACCCUUUACGAGACUGAAAUAGAUUGCUAUUCCAAUUCUAUAAACACGGAUUAAAUAGUACCCCUUUACUGUAAUAAUGUCCAUCUUAUAUGUAUCAUGAUAUCCAUAGGCGUGCGCAGCCUAUUGCAUUAGGGUGUGCACCCUAAAGCACACACACGCCGCGUGUGUGUGUAUGUAUGUAUAUGUAUAUGUGUGUGUGUGUAUGUAUGUAUGUAUAUGUGUGUGUGUGUAUAUGUAUGUAUGUAUGUAUGUAUAUGUAUAUAUAUAUAUAUAUAUAUAUAUAUGUAUAUAUAUAUGUAUAUAUAUAUUUGUGUUCGGGGCAAAUAGCCGUAUAUGGAAUAAGGUUCCAGCAUAAGAGUAGGAUAGUAUAAAGGGAGCAAGUCGGUUGUGGUGUGCCGAGACCGACGAUACGGUAGGCCUGUAAAUAAAGAGGGCCCACCAAGGAGUAAGUAAGUAAAGUAAAUGGAAAGAAAAGAGAAAGUGUUGAAAUGAGGAGUGGGUGGGAGGGUCAUUCUGAUGCUGACCUCAAGCGAUAUGAGUCAGGUAAGGGGUGUCCCUUAUAUAGGGGAGUGAAUUAAUUUAAGCCCCUCCCACAAAUACAGGCCAAAUGGCCUUAAAACUUGUGUUCGGGGCAAAUAGCCGUAUAUGGAAUAAGGUUCCAGCAUAAGAGUAGGAUAGUAUAAAGGGAGCAAGUCGGUUGUGGUGUGCCGAGACCGACGAUACGGUAGGCCUGUAAAUAAAGAGGGCAAAAAGAAUAAUCAAAGAUUUAAUACAGUCAACAAUAUAUACAAAUUAACCAGACAUUUCCUUAAAUGCAUUACGGUAUUUAAUUCCUUUAAGGAUUUUUGAAGGUAGGAAUCUAGGACCGCAACUGGACACCAUUUGUUGUGGUUAGAAUAGUAUGUUAUCUCUACUGUUGGUGCGUGUUGACUCGUUUCGGAAUGUGGUAGAGCCAAUAGGUAAUGAUAUAUGUGUUUACAUCUGUGGGAUCGUUGAAGACAAUGAUCUGUCUGAGUGGUGGUUAUGGUAGUGGAUUCUCUGGCCUGAGAAAGGCAUAAAAGGCAGUGUGCAUGGCUGGUAAUGGCCAACUUGGUAGUAUAAUUGAAUGGUUGUAGCUCUAAUAGGUCCGAUAAGGAUGGAAAAGUUGGAUGGCUAUUGGUAAUAUCUGAGAGGAACGUGGGGGGAUGGAUUCCUGAAAACCUCUGAGUAUAUUCUUGUCUGGUAUGAUAGCAUGAAGUUAUGGUAGUUUUGGCCAUAGGUUAUCCUAUGUUGUUGAAUGCCUGUAAAAUAUAUAAUUAAUGGUGUGUGAGAUGGUUUUAGUUUAAGGUGGCAAAAAAUGAAGCAAAACCUAGGAGAAAUGUUAUGACACAGGUUGAGCUAUGUCGUGUUCCAAUGAGAUUCUUUAAAGCCAGGUGAAUAGGUGUUAUGCGUUCUACAAGUAUGGGAUGAAAGUGUUAGGUGGGAUAGUGCAUGCUAUGCUGCAUGAGUAUGUCUAAUCAAUGAUUUUGUCUCUGGAACGAAAGAGUGGCCGUGACUGUAUGGGCGGCUGUAGGAAGCGUAUAAUGAACGUGCCUGGAAUAUAAAUGAGACAAUUGUCGGCAAGGACGUAUACCCCCGCCUGGUACAUGAAAGUAAAAGAAAUGUGAUAAGUGGCCAACCUAGUGAGUUCCCCAGCAAUACCAUGAUCGUAUGGAUGAUGAGUGGCAUUUGUUGAUGAUAUGACAUGUGCUUAGUUGUCUGAGUAACAACGGAUUGAUGACCCUGACCAUGAUUUACCCCAUGCCACAUCAGCUGCUUUUAGCGGGGAAAGGAUUGCCCAUUUUAUGCCAUGUAAGUGCCAGUUUGUAGGGUAGAUGGUAGCCGUUUACUGUGUUGAUGAUAUUGGUCUUACUUAACGAAGCUUCAACCCAUGCUUGAGUGAUAGCUGUAAAGGUAGAUCAAUGGUGUGUAUAGUAAGGAAACUCCUUGGAGGAUAUGAGGGAGUUGAGACUUGGGGUAGCGAAGGUGUGUGGUCCCAAUAAGUCUAUGGUUAGUCUUUGUUUAAGGGAAGAUUCCCUUGUGACAAUACCAAUGCGUCUGUGUUUGGUGCCAUGCUGUAAAUGGUGGAGAUUGGAAAUCCAAGUAAAAAACCCUCUCCAAAUCUUGGCUAUGAGUGUGUUUACAGCCGACGGUUCUGUUGUGCUGACUAAGUGAGGGCAUGCUAUAUUCCUUGAGAGUUUAUUUAUGAUACCUGUAUGGGAGCCCUUUGAAGAUCCAGAGCCUUAGUAAAUCUACUACAAGUCUGGAAGGGUGAUGAGUCAGUAGUGUUGAAAAUGCAUUGGUGUGUACAGAUGGUGAGUACGUUAUUUGUAAGUUGUAUUUGGACACAUGGUUUGUCAUGUGCCCUGAAUGAUUUGAACAUAUAUGCAACAGUCUAUAUGCAAUGCAACUACUAAUACCAAUUGUCUCUGGUAGUUCAGAGGUUCUGGUACCUGGAGCCUGAGAGUACUCGCCCGUUUGUUUGGGAGAAAAUCCCUUCUGUAUGGGUACCUGCACAAAUAAGCAUCUCUACAUAUUCCAAAUGGCAACACAACCAAGGGAUGGUCAGUUCCCGAUUUACCUAGAAUCCCUGGGUCUGACCAUCAUAGAUACAUCAUCAUACAUAUAUAUGCCUUGUGUUCCCAAUGUGCUGGGAUCAUAUGUGCAGGGUUAACGUCUUGUACCAAGUAACAGAGUUUCGGUUGGUGCUGGUUGUACAGUAGCGUGAGGCCCAGCCUUGUGAGGGCUGUGACUGACUCGAGAUUGCCAGUCUAUCGUAAAUUUUUUGGCUCAUGAUUUUAUGAGUGAGGCUAGCAUGGCCUGGGUGUCACCUGAGUUGGUGUUGCUGGGCCUCCGUUGAUGUAUGGAGGAGUUUGAAUAACUCUGCUUUCCUUGCUGUGGCAGGGUAGGGGAUUUAUCGCCUCCUUAGGUCGGAGCCACAUCUCCUCUGCUUGAAUGUGUAUCACAUCUCACCAGGGUGCCAGGAAGAGGUGAUUCUUCACCAUCUUUUUGAGAAAUACUUAAAUAACAAUAAGAUUGCAAUUAUUAUUUGUACCCAGGAGUCUUGUACUGGCUUGCUAGCUAAGCCGUAAGGCGAAACGAUUAGGCUUGGUGUUUUUUGGUGACUGGUGAGGCCCUGCUAGUUGCCAAGUGGCUUGAGAGGCUCUAUCUAUGCUUGGCGCGAGGGGAUUUUUUUGUGGCCACCGAACGUUGUGGCAGGAUGUUGGCCUCUCGGUGACAGUAACCAGAAAAUAGGAAGGGGAGUGACAGGUGAGGCCCUCUCUAUGAUACAAUGCGAGGCGGCUAGCUCGAGUGGCCCGAGGGGUGUGCCUCCGAGUGUGAGGCGGGGUGUUGGCCUCGCGGGACCACUAACCGAAGCGUAAAGCAGAGAAAACAGGGGGUAAUACCUAUUGGGCCAUAGAACCCUAAUUGCCAGUACAUUACUACUAUUCCAGGGAAGGUAAGAGAUGAAGGUGUAUCACUUCUAGCCGUGGUGCUAGGAAGAGGUGAUUCUUUACCAUCUUUUUGAGAAAUACUUAAAUAACAAUAAAGAUUGCAAUUAUAUAUUUGUACCCAGGGGUCUUGUACCGGCUUGCUAGCUAAGCCGUAAGGCGAAACGAUUAGGCUUGGUGUUUUUUGGUGACUAGUGAGGCCCUGCUAGUUGCCAAGUGGCUUGAGAGGCUCUAUCUAUGCUUGGCGCGAGGGGAUUUUGUGUGGCCACCGAACGUUGUGGCAGGAUGUUGGCCUCUCGGUGACAGUAACCAGAAAAAUAGGAAGGGGAGUGACAGGUGAGGCCCUCUCUAUGAUACAAUGCGAGGCGGCUAGCUCACGAGUGGCCCGAGGGGUGUAUGCCUCCGAGUGUGAGGCGGGGUGUUGGCCUCGCGGGACCACUAACCGAAGCAUAAUGCAGAGAAAAAAGGGGGUAAUACCUAUUGGGCCCUAGAACCCUAAUUGCCAGUACACUAUUACUAUUCCAGGGAAGGUAAGAGAUGGAUAACUACGUGAGCAGGUGUACGUACCUGGUAGUAUGGUAUUGAACCUGACAAUCCGUAUAGGUUUUUUAGUAGUAACUGUAACCUGAAUGGAUAAAAUCGUAUGGCAUAAGGAAAUAUGGCAUAGACCAAGCUUAUCUUAAAACAUACAGUAUAUGUGAAAGUAAAGUGCCGUGAUAUGUAAAUAUUAAACAUCAUAUCCAUACUGGUUAAAUAUGUAUCAAUCUUAACCCAUUAAGUGCCGUAUGUAUGUGAACCAUAUUACCAGUUACGUAUAUACAGAUGCGUGUGCUACUGUGUAAUAAUAUGUGUAUUUAUAACAGAUAUUGAUAUACUGCUUGCUAUGUGAAUUGUUGUUUGCCUUAUUGAAUGACAAGUGAACAUGGAGUUGCAAAAUGCAAGUGCACUGGAAAUCUGCUGAGUGCCCUAUAGGUGGCAGUGUAGUUGAUACUGAUUGGUAUGUGAAAUGUUGUUUGUCUGUUGACCUAUAGGGGUCAGUGUUUUGGUGUUUGUAAAACCCCAUGAAAAACCCCAUAAAAUUGUCAAUGUACUUGACAGACCUGUAGGUGGCAGUGUUGAUAGAACCACUGUUAGUCUUAAUGUGAAAUGUAAACUAUUGUGAAUUAAACCUGAAGUUGAGCCCGUGUUGGAGUUUAAUUCAUGGUUUAUGGUUAUGUUUAAAACAAAUCUUAUGUGUAAUUUAUAUUGGCUAGUAAUUGUAUAUGACAUGUGAAGACAGUUUUGCUGUUGACCAGUAGGGGUCAGAAAUGCUGAUUGUAUGGUAAAAUACCCUUUAACCCCUGAAGGAUACAUGACGUGUGACAUAUCAUGAUUCCCUUUUAUUCCAGAGUUUGGUCCUUAAGGGGUUAAUCCAAAUGCAAGGUUAACGUGAGAUUUUGAGAGUGACCUGUAGGGGUCAGUUUGGUUUAUGUGAAACAUUGUUUGUGAGCUAUGCCCCAGCAUUAUAGUUGUGUGACAGGGAAACAAACAGUGCCCGUUUGACAAUAUACAAUAAGUGAACAUAAUAGCUAACAGUCAUUGUAACAAACCAAAGUUCUGUUCAUGGGUUGUAAACGCACGAAGCAUGUGUUUAGUACAACAGUAAAUGCAUGAACUAGUACCCGUUUGGUAGAAAAUUGCACGAACCGUGAGCCUGGUAUGUCAGGGAAACAAAACGAAACGAGCAGUGAGAUUCGAAAUGCACGCACAGAAUUGCCUAGUAUGUUUAGGCAAUUGAAACAGAAUGUGUUCCCGUUUGGGAGUAUGCUAAUGCUUGAAAUGAGCCAGUGACAGAUAUAAACAAGUGAAUUUAAACGAAUGAUAUGCAUGAACAUCCAAUGGUUUUAGGACAGAUUUAGACAAAAUGCAGCCGUAAAGUGAGGACCUGACCCGUGCAUGGUGCCGUGGGACUGAUGCCUGGCGUAACGGGUAGGUCGACUUACGGUUUGUGAGUCACUUGGACACCAUCCACAGCGAUAGAUUGAAGAAAGAAUGUGGAAGGCCGGAAAAGCCUGUGGCUGGAUUCCUGACACAGCUCAGCUUAGAAAACCUCAUGGAGUAAUCAGGUAAAAUGGCGUCUGGAUGACCCGGAAGUGGAAAUCAUUCUGAUGCUGACCUCAAGCGAUAUGAGUCAGGUAAGGGGUGUCCCUUAUAUAGGGGAGUGAAUUAAUUUAAGCCCCUCCCACAAAUACAGGCCAAAUGGCCUUAAAACAUGUGUAUAUAUAUAUAUAUAUAUGUAUAUAUAUAUAUGUAUAUAUAUAUAUAUAUAUAUAUAUGUAUAUAUAUAUGUGUAUAUAUGUAUAUAUAUAUAUAUAUAUAUGUAUAUAUAUAUGUGUAUAUAUGUAUAUAUAUAUAUAUAUAUGUAUAUAUAUAUGUGUAUAUAUGUAUAUAUAUAUAUAUAUAUGUAUAUAUAUAUAUGUGUGUGUAUAUAUGUAUAUAUAUAUAUAUAUAUAUGUGUGUGUAUAUAUGUAUAUAUAUAUAUAUGUAUAUAUAUAGAGAGAGAGAGAGACAUGCACUGCUGUGUGUGCUGUUAGUGUGAUGUGAGGGUGCUGUUUGUGUGAGUGUCGUGUAUUUGUGAGGGUGUGGUUAGUGUACUGUGUGUGUGUGAGUUGUAUGUGUGUAGGUGCUGUGUGUGUGCUGUAUGUUUGGGAUUUGGCAGAUUAGUAAAUCCUUGCUGCCAUGUGCCAUCCCUGGUGGUCCAGUGGAGAGUGAACUCUAGCCUGCCGCAGCAACACUCUAUCGCGAGAGGAACCUGGCGGAGCUUCUGUCUAGAACUCUCUGGGUCCUCUCCUGCCUCCCUCCAUGCUGCUGUGGGCCGGUGAGGUAGAUCUUUGGUCUCCCCGCCGGCCCAUGGAGGCUUAGAGCAGAGCCGGCACUCAGAUAGCGCCGGCUCUGUGUGUGUGUGUGUGUGUGUAUAUAUAUGUGUGUAUAUAUAUAUAUAUAUAUAUAUAUAUAUAUAUAUAUAUAUAUAUAUAUAUAUAUAUAUAUAUAUAUAUAUAAUAUUACGUACACACACUCUCAGACACACACACACUCACAGACACAUUCACACAGACACACACAAGAACAAAUUAUUACAUUUUAAUAAAAAAAUGUCCACCAAGCCUCCUACCUGGAGUGCUGGCGUGGACUUUUCCCUGAGGUCCAGUGGGGCAGGCGCCUCUCUGCAGCUCAGCCGCGGCGAGGGAGCUGUGUGCUGUCUGCUCUCUGCUCCCUCUCGCCGCGCGGGCUGUCUGCUGUAGCUGGGAGCCGGAAUAUGACGUCAUAUUCCGGCUCCCGGCAUCAGCGCGUGGCGAGAGGUAGCAGAGAGCAGACAGCUCCCUCGCCGCGGCUGAGCUGCCGAGAGGGGGUGCGAAUCCAUCACCUCUUGCCCUCCCCAUGACAGGGGCAAGAGGUGAAACGGGGCGCUGAGUGCCUGCAGGAACAGCGUUCCUGCUCCAAAAAAGUGCAGGAACGCUGUUCCUGCAGGAUUCAAACCAUAGGCGUGCCACGGGGAUUAGGGUGUGCCCCGGCACACCCUGUGCGCACGCCUAUGAUGAUAUCCUGUUUUCUAGUAGCAUAUACUUCUCCUUUUGAGAGAUUUAAGGGGGGGGGGGAGGGAAUCACUGAAUGGUGACCCUGUUAAAAGCAUCAAAUAAGCAGAAUUUGGCUAUGUCAGGACAUUGCUCUAUCACAUCAAGAGAAUUCACAAGAUAGCAGUGUUUGGCUAUACAAUUUACUCCGCUAGUAUUUGAAAUUUACUUUGUUUCUGACAAUGCACACAUUAGUGAUUAACACUGAUUGUGUGUGGUAUGCUUGCUGUACAGUGUAGAUUCCCAAAACACACACAAACAAACUUAAUGGAGGAUAACCCACCUACAGUGUUCUUGGCCUAUCAUUGUUGUCUAAAACUGUAUGUCUUAUAGGGUGAUUAAAUUCUGUAUUACACACAGCAGCAGGUCCAGGCUAUUGGUGCAUAAAGCUCUAUGCUUUUUUUUUUUUUCUUUUCUCCAAUCUGCUCAAAAAUGGUUUGACACAAGCCACCAAAAACACCCCUUACGUUAAGUGUUUACUGUGACUUGAGUUCUCUGUUUCUUGUACCUGUCCCUACAGGACUAUGCAGGUUUUAUUUUGCUCAGAGACAGAUAUUUGUGUGGGCGAGGUAGGCUGAGGCUGAUUUAUACAUAGUAUCUGCAAAUGCUUAUCCAAUGUGCAUGAUUAUAUCACUGGCUCUUAUGGUACUUUAUGAAAUACCAUGACCACCUUGUGCAAUUUAAAAAAAAAAAAAAAAUUCCUUGCUGUGAAAAGUGUGUCAGGAAGAGAUUACUUUAAAGAAGUACUCUAAUAUUAUUAACUUAAGACUGGAGACUUAAAUGUGUUUUUUUUUUUUUUACUUGCUUUCUUCCCACGCCAUGCGGGUCUUGCAGUGGCCGCUGCUCCACCCUGGAUGAGGUCAUUAAAAAUAAUGACUUCAGCCAAUCCAAUGCUUCCCCACAGAGAAGCAUUGGGAGGGCUUCUGCACAUGAGUGACAACCCCUAUGUUGCACUAAUCAGUAUCUCUUCAUUAACCCCUUAAGGACACAUGACAUGUGUGACAUGUCAUGAUUCCCUUUUAUUCCAGAAGUUUGGUCCUUAAGGGGUUAAAUGCUUUCCCCAGAUAUACAUUGAGCGAUCAGGGUCUUAAUGUGUGAUGUGGUUGUGUGUGUAAUGGAUUAUGACCACUGUGAAAGGUUUGUGGAUGCUGGCUGCAUAAAUCCUACAUUUUCAAAAGUCAGCCCCAACAAACCAGAAAGUAACACGCAUGUUUUAUGACAUUGUAGAGGAUAGGUUUUGUUUAUGUGCAAGAAAUAAUGUUAAUAAAUCUGUGUGUAUGCGAGAGACACAAACGGUUUGCCAAAAAGCACUUCUAGAACCAGACUAAAUUUUUCAAGCUCUUUAGUCAGACAUUACAAACCCGUUAAAUGUUAUACUGUGGUUCUGGUAAUUAAUCCAAAACAGCUCUUAGAAAAAUGUAUUCUGGUUUCAUAGCAGACUAAUCUCUGCUAAAUUUAGCCAAUGUCUGUUUUUUUUGUUUUGUUUUUUUUGGAGAACAUAAUUUUAUUAAGAAAAGCAGCUCUAUUGUCUACUUCUUUAGGGUAGAUGUAAUACAAAGCUAGCUGGAAGCGUUCUGGUAUAUUUUGUAUUGAACUGUCCAUUAGAAACUGUGACACUCAAACACAGCCAGGGUCUGUCUCUCCUCCCACCUCUGGCAGAUAGAUAAACCUACUGGUGUCCCUAGAGCACCAAACCUCUUCUCUCUUCGUAGGCCUCAAUUAAGUGAGGUGUUAGAGUAAGCAAAGAUAUCUGUGGGGAGAUAUAUAUAUAUUUUUUUAUUUUUUUUUUAUUUUACUUGUUGCCAAAGAAGUAAUUCUAAUUUUGACACCUUCUAAAUCAUUCUACUUCAAUGUGCUACAACUUCCAGUAGGAAUUUCAAGAAAGUGGUCACUGAAAGGUAGCAAUGACAUUAGUCUCUGUGGAGUAAUGAUCCUUUUUUUUUUUUUUUUUUUUUUUUUGCCACGUUAAGCUUCUUUUCAAUGCAACUCAUUAACUGUGAAACCAAGGAAUAAAAAAAACAAAAGUUAGCGUUUAAAAUGCUUUUAGCUGAGCUUUGUGUGGGGUGAAUAUCGUAAUAGUAUAUUAUUAACAGAGGAUGAAAUUGCUGCCCUGGAUGCAUAUUAGUGGUUUAGUAAUCCUAUCUUCAAACAUAGUUCAAAUGUAACUUACUGAAUCUACACUGAUCUCACAACACAAAUGCAUAUGUGACUGACUAAUAGGCAGUUAUCUAAAUUGCUGAUUUCAAGGGUUAGUCUAUUCUAGGGUUAGAGCACUCUUAAAAGAUAAAGCUGAAAAGUCAUGGUUUUAUUUCCAUAAAAUGGAAAAUAAACAUUUUAAUAUUGUUUACUUGGUACUUUAUAUAAUGAUGUUGAUUUGUAAAUAAUAUAUUUACAUACAUUCAACAAAUUGCGUAUGUACUUGUGUAUAACAUCUUGUGAUAAGUAAAAUAUAUGCAGUACUAAAUGUCAAACUGUUUCAUUAUUCUUUAGCGUAGUCUUGUAUAUAAUGCCUGAAAACUAGACUACACCGAAAGUGAAAUGUCUAACAGAAAUCUAGGUAGCAUAAGGCAAUCUCUAUGUAAGAGUGCGUGCUGUGACUGCUGUGUUUGAUUCAUGCAAGUUUUAUUCAGGAACUUGUCAUAGAUGAUAGAAGGUAUAUGAUUACCAGUAGCCAACGCAUUCUGAGUGAAAAAUGUCUCUGGGUUGAAUGGCGAAUGUUUACUGCAUCCUAAAUGGAGCUCCUGGCAGGAAGCCCCAUGUACCAUCAAUAGAUACUGAUUGGUGCAGCGCUGGGAUUGUCACUUAUGUGCAGGAGUUCUUCCCCUUUGGGGAAUCUUUGGAUUGACUGAGGUGAUUUUCAAGGGUGAUCUCAUACAAGGUGGAGCAGGGGGCACUGGAAGACCAGCAUGGCAUAGGAAGCCUUAAAGGAACACUAUAGGGUCAGGAACAUAAACCUGUACUGCUGACCCUGUAGUGUUAAAAUCACCAUUUAAGUGGCACUUCCCCCUUAGCCCCUUUAAAAGUUAAUGCAAAAUACCUUAUUUCCAGCGCCGCACACGUUUGCCGGUGCUGGCCCGGCCCACGAUCUGCCUCCUUGCUGACCUCAUCAGAAUUUGAUUUCAGCCAACUCAAUGCUUUCUGUAUGUGCUGAAAUCGGCAAGGAGGCUGGGCAGGGUCAAACGCUGGUGUGGCCAAUCCGCAUCUCCUCAGAGAUGCAUUGAAUCAAUUCAUCUCUAUAAGUAAAAUACACCAGAGCAUGGAGAUGCUGAAUAGCAGUACUGCACACUGUGAAGCACUGCCCCAGGAAGCACCUCCAGUGGCCACUGGAGGUAUCUCUAGGGGGUAAUGUAAACACUGCCUUUUCUCUGAAAAAGCAGUGAUUGCAUGAAAAUGCCUGCACGGACUGAUUAUUCUCCUCAGAACAACUACAUUAAGCUGUAGCCGUCUUGGUGUCUAUAGUGUUCCUUUAAGUUAGUAAUGUUAGAGUGCUUUAGCAGAAUGUCCAGCGUCUUUUCAAAUUCGGCAAAGUCCCCAGACCGGGACAGUGCCACUAAAUGGGAACCUGACAAUGAUCUAAAGCAAAUUGGUAUUUUUGAACAGCCCAUUUAACAGUUUUCUCUGAUUACAAACUAGGGGGAGAAAAGAAAAAAAAAAUCAGGGUUUCUAUAAGGACACACCUAUGUAAGACAGCGCUACGAAUCUGAUGGCGCUAUAUAAAUAAUCAAAUAAUAGGUUGCUGUAGGAAUGUCUGCUUGAUGCUCAACUACAUGUUGACUGUGUAUAUUUGUCUAUCAAGAAGGCAUGCCUGCCUCACAUGUAGACUUGCCAGUCACUAAUGUCAUUUCAGAGUAUUUGUUAAUUAGUCUGUCCGUAUCAAAAGUCCAUUUUCUCCAGUAGUCCCAAGAACCUGAACUCAAGAGAAAACAGCUGGAUGAUAAGACAGUUGCAAGCCAUGUGUGCAAUGUAGGAUUGUUAAUCAAUCUCGCAUUCAGUAAACCAACACACACUAGAAAAAAAAGAAGCAAAAUAUUUAUUCUCACAUGAAAGGUGCCUUGUUUCUAACCUUUAUUUACUCUGUAAGACUACUGUCUGGAGUGGAUCCUGUUUUAUGAACCCGCAGUCUAUUCAUUAGGAAUUUAAAAUAAGUCUUCCAUACCAUGAUUGGUUACUACACCAACCUAUAUCAGGAGUCCUCCAACAGUACCAUCUAGUGGUUAUAUGUGUGUUUGGCAAAGCUAUUGUUUUAAAUAGAAUACUGACAGAUAUUUACUAAAGUGGGAAUUGUCAGAAAUUCAAAGUGGAUUCCAAAUGUAAGGCCAAAGGAGCUGAACUGAAAAGUGUUAGUCAUCUAUGCUUCCAGUUUGGCAACCAUAGCGUUAAAUGUUACAUUCACUUUGCAAUCCCAACAUUUCUCAUUUUGGUAAAUAACCAUAUGAUUAACUGAGCACCCAGUUUCUCAAUGAUUUACAAAUAGACAUUUGUUUGCACUGCCUGGAUUUUGUACACAGUGAAAUAGAUUCUUUUAAAAUAUUUUCUCUGACCGUUUAUUAGAUAUGGAUGUUAUCAUUAUGAUCCGUUAAGUGCCAAAAUGUUUCAUAGAGCUUUUCAAUUCUUGAAUUCAGUGGUGUGGGUCUACAGAUACAUAAAUAGAAAAUGAUUGCAUGUGCCAUCACUGCUGAUUCAGACUGUGCAGUCAUCGGUGCCUAUAUUUUUGAAUUUUGAUUACUGAACAGAAUGUUCAUUUUCAUUUAUAAUAACAAAUUGUCACUGUAUGCACUUUUGAGGCAACAUUACAGAUGUCUGUGGUUGUUUUGAAUUCCAGAAGGAAAGACCAAUGCAUUACUGUGGCAUUUUUAAAUGCCUCACUGGUGCAUCAGUGGUCAAACUGGUCAUUUACCCACAUCCUGGUUGUAAACUAGGUACACUGUGCAGCAUUUACUGCAUAAAGGUACUAUUUCUUUAUUCACAUGAAAAAAAAAAUAAACAAAACUGUCUACUUUGCUAGAAAUGUUGCUUAUCCAGUAGAUAUAUCUUUAUGAAUAUGGGUAUCCCAGAGUCCAGAAAGCUCAUGUUAAACUAAUUUUAGGCAGAUGCAGUAUGCCAGCCUGGAGCCUAAUUUAAUGCUCUUAUAAGGCAGAAAACAAGUCUUGGUAACAAAGUUAUCAACGGAAAUUUGUAUCCACACAACAUUUGUUAUAGUAAAGGAAAACACAAGCUUAAAGGGUUACUCCAACCAUCUUAACUGCUGCAACCAACUGUAGUAAUUGUGAUGUUAGGAGUACACUCGCACCAUUCCCCAGUAAUGGUGUGAACUAUUUUACAAUGGCUUGCCCUUUUACCUUCAUACCUGGUUGAGUGUUUUGAGGUUCCACUGAAGCAUAGUGUACUCAAUCUGCCUUCUGCAGAGCUGCAGAAGUCUGAUGCUGAUCCUGCCACUCAUUAAUUGCUCGCAACUAAUUAAUUAUUUGCCCUGCAUCAAAAUUUGCACAAAACUUACAUUAGCCAGCUCAUAUUUCUAAGCAUAAAACAAAAAGCGCAAUGUAAAAAUAUAUAAUGGUCUGUGUGACACGAAAUAAAAUGUAAUUCAGAAAUAAAAUUCAAAGCUGCCAGACAUAAAAGGUUAUUCCUAAAACCUGUAAACCAAUUGUUCAAAUGGAGAGGAAUGUCAGCGCUGUGCAGUAAUCCCCAAAAGAUUGUUCAAAGGGGAAGCUUGAUAAUAUAAUGGUUGAGUUCAAAUUCCUCCUCCAUAGCGGUGGAUAAGGGAGAAUUAGGGGUAUUAUUCUGUGUUAGACAGGAUUAAAACUUUGCAUCCAGUACCAGUGUUAAGUCACGUACCUUCAAACCAACACCAGGCAAUGAUCUUUCACGACUUGUCCGUCCUCACACCUUAUCACUCCUUUACUCUACUUGGUCCAAUCAAAUGCUUCUCUUUGAGACCCAUUUUCAGGUUCAGAGCGAAUGUGCGUGCUGAAGAUGCUUUUGGUAUUGUGCUUCUAAAACCACAAAAUAAUAUUCUCUCUAUAUUAUUGCCAGCCAGGCACUCGUGCUUCUAAAACCACAAAAUAAUAUUCUCUCUAUAUUAUUGCCAGCAAGGCACUCAAGAGAAGAUUUUGUGGUUUUAGAAGCACAUUCAUUUUGAACCUGAAAAUGGGUCUCAAAGAGAAGCAUUUGAUUGGACCACGUAGAGUAAAGGAGUGAUAAGGUGUGAGGGCAGACAAUCCGUGGCAGAUCAUUGCCCGGUGUUGAUUUGAAGGUACGUGACUGUUACCGCUGGUACUGGAUACAAAGUUUUAAUUCCUGUCUAACAAAGAAUAAUACCCCUAUUUCUCCCUUAUCCACCGCUGUGGAGGUGGAAUUUGAACUCCACCAUUGUAUUAUCAAGCCUCCCCUUUGAACAAUCUUUUGGGGAUUGCUGCACAGCGUUGCCAUUCAUCUACAUUUCAGCUCAUAUUUCUCGUUACUCCUUUGGUAGCAGAGUGGUUGUACAGCUUUUAAAUGCGAAAUUCUGCACAUAGACACCAGACAUCAUGACCACUACAAAUCACUGAAGUAAUCUUUUAAUAUGCUGAUGCAUACUCGUUAACCCUAUGAAAUUGCCACCUGCCGCAAAUUUUAGUCUAUAAUUUUUAUGUCGAGCUCUUUACAGGGCUAUUCCUUAUUUUUUACUUUUAAGAGCUGUUAUAAUUUUUGUUGAACUUUGCACCAGAAGGCAAAAAUCAUUUUUGUGUAUUUCUCUCAAUAUACACUUUGCACCAGAAGUCAAAAAUCAUUUUUGUGUAUUUCUCUCAAUAUACACUAAAAUAUGUAUGUCUGAUUGUGUCCUAAUAUAGCUAUGAAUUAUUUGUGAUAGUGUGUCCUAAAGUACAUUGAAAUAACAAAUUUGUUUGUCUUAUUCUAGGUUAAAAUGGUCCCUGAAUGUACUCGGAACUGUGCUUAUCAGGAAGAGAAAGGAUAACCUGUUUUAAUCCUAAAUUUACCUCUGUAUUUGGUGCAAACUCUUGUGGACUUUUUUUUACAAAAACAGCAUGGAGCACUCAAGUCGACAUCUGAAAUUCAAGUUACAGAGCCUGGCACGGCGUCUAGAUGACUUGGAGGAAGCAACAAAGAACCUUCAAAAAGCAGAAGAUGAAGUUCUGGAUCUUCAGGAUAAAAUUAUACAGGCAGAAGGGAGCAACUCUAGUAUGUUGGCUGAUGUUGAGGCGUUAAGGAAAAGAGUUCUAAAAAUUGAAGGGAAAGAUGAAGAAGUAAGGAAAGCAGAGGAUUUGUGUAGACUGAUAAAAGAGAAACUGGAAAAUGAGGAAAAUCUUACCCGAGAACUUAGAUCUGAAAUUGAACAGCUUCAGAAAAAGAUGACUGAACUUGAGAAGUUAGAGGAAGCUUUUAACAAAAGCAAAAAUGAUUGCACUCAGCUAUGUCUUAGCUUAAAUGAAGAAAAGAAUAUGUCUAAAAAGUUAUCUUCUGAACUGGAAACACUUAGAGCUAAGGUUAAAGAACUUGAGUGUUCAGAAAGCAAACUGGAUAAAGCUGAACAAUUUAUAACAGGUGAACUGGAAAAAAUUAAGUCUUUAACGAUUAGUUUUGUCAAUGAAAAAAAGUGUUUUCUAGAAAAGGAGAAGCAAAAUGAAAAGUUAAUUUUAGAUCUUAAACAACAGUUAGAGUUGAAAGGGAAAAUAACUACAGGAGAUCAAGCCAGAACACAGUCUAACAUGUUGGAGAGGUCUUCUGGUCAUACUAUAGAACGCAACAGCUUUAGGAUUGAAGAUGGCUUAACAUCUAAAUCGACCAACACAGUUGGCUCGGAUUAUAUUAAGCAGCCAGAAAACCAAACAAGUAGCAAAAAUGAAAAUGAGAAAAACAAAAAUCAGGAAGACAAUAAAAUUCGAGAUCUGAAUCAGGAAAUAGAGAAACUAAGAAAUCAAAUAAAAAACUCUGAGGGUGUGGAAGAUGAGUUAAAACAACUGAAGGAGAAAAAUUGUAAACUGCAGGAAGACUAUAUUAGUGAACAAGUCAAAAGCAAGCAGUUGACUGUUGAAAUUCAGGCUUUAAAAAAACAAGCCAAUCAAUACCACAGUCUAGAAAAUGGAGUUCUUGAUACAGAUGACAUAACGCCACAUGGUAGACUUCGAAAUGAAAGGAAAUACAAGCCAAUAUCCUCUGAGCCUCAGACUUCCAAGAAUGGCUCUCGAGAUUUAUCACCUCAGCAAUCAAGAACUGAGAGGCAUUUAACUAAAGACUAUCAAAAUUCAGAUUCUCAUUAUAAAAAAACAUUGUCGGGUAGUAGUUCAAACAGUAGGAAAUCUGGAAAACCCACACUUUUGGAGACCUCACUAAGCAGUGUUAGGAAAGAUGAUCAUGUACCAUUAUCUAGUCGUGUUUAUGGGACAAAGGAAUAUGGAACAGCAAAUGAAAUAAAAAAGUCUAAAGAUCAGCCAUCUGUAUUAAGCCGGUAUCCACCUGCUGCUCAAGAACAUACAACAAAAAAGUCAUGGAAAAGCUCUACAAGUAAGCACCAAAAUAGCUUUGGAGAAGACUAUUCAGUUAAGGUGACACAAGCUGUUAUUACUUCAAGAAAAGAAGUCUCUACUGAAGAGCAGAUGAUUAGGGAUGCCCCCCCUUAUUUCAAUUCUGAAAAUAAAGUUAAUUUGAAUCUUCAUGAAGAAGUUCAGUUGCUUGAGAACUGCCCACUAUCUUCCACAUUGUGCACAAAAACGUAUUCUGAACUCGAAGCAGUGCCUGUUAUAACUGAAGUGCAAGAAGAUAUGCCUAAAACAAUUUUGAACUCAGACGAGUAUGUUGCGGAAAAUACACCCCCAGACAAAUCUAUUAAAAACUCUCGCUUCUCAGGUAGAGACGAGUUUACAAACUAUUCUUUUUCGGAAGAGGCCAAAUCCUCAAAUUACAAUAAAGAUAAUAUUCCAGUUGGCCAACAAGAGUUAAAUUCACAGAAGUCUUACCAUAACCAAGAGAGAGUACGUCUUAAAUCUUCUAUAAAACCUCAGAUUCCUGAAAAGCCACAUAUUCCAGAAACCGACCAUAAGGAACUGGAUAAAAGGCAUAUUGCUCAUGGGAUUCACUCUAGAAAACAAGCUAGUCCUAAAGAAAAAACAAAUUUUCAAGAUCGGACACAGAAUGUGGAAAAUGAUAACCAGAUCUCUCAAAGAGUGUUUGUAUGUGAAACAAAAAGAGUAUCUUCUGAUGGUUUAGAAAGUACUGAGACACAAUCUCAUGCUGGCAUCCGGUCAAGAACAUAUAGUCCAAGGGAGGCUUUACAGUCCACAGUGAUAGUUAAACCAGUCAUCAUUGAAAAGGAUAUGAAAGAAAUCAUGAGUGAUUACAGAGUAAGGUCUAGCUCAGACAUUAGUAGAUCACAGGCCAAUGCAACACCAAGCAAAGUUUCGAGCAGUAUCACAUUUUUUCCUUCUGAUGCAGUCUCUUCUCGUAUGAACACAGAUGUGAUGCCAAGAGAGAGACACACAUCUACCAGUAACAUUAGAUUAUCUGCAAAUGAUCAGACAGUGUUAAAAAAUAAUAUUAGUAUUCCUUUUGAAAUAUCAAUAAAGAAAGAAGAUAUGGUAUUAAAAGUGGCUAUUGAUGAUGAUGAUGAUGAUGAUGAUGAAAGUGACUUGAAUCUUGAAGAAAUAAACAAGGUAUCUGAUCUAACCAUCAGCCAACAGCAAAAGAAGAUUAACGAACAUAACCUUGAAAUGGAGACUGUAUCUUGGAAAAAGCAUAGCAUCGUCGACACAAAUUAUUUUGAGAGUAAACGAGGUUUUACGAGAAGUACUUUGAGAAAAGGCGUCUUAGGUUCUACAGAAGAACUAGAUAUACUAACUACAGAGAAAGAGGACUCAAGAGAAACAAAAUAUAGACGUAAAUCUGUUUUAGAUGAAGAAAAACCUGUCCGAUUACGUCAUGAUGGAUAUUCGAGAAACAAAACCUCUAACUUAUACAGUUGGUCAUCUCUAGAUCCAGUGUCUAAGAGGAGCCAAAGUAGUCUGACUGCCACGGAGAUCAUAGGAAGACGAACUCCUUCAACUGAAACUUUUUCUUCUGGCUUAAACACAAGGAAUCGGUAUAGCAUAGAGGUAAGAAAGUAUAAUGUUCUAUAAUGUUCAAAUUCUGUUUUGUUGCCUAAUUUUAAUAUUAAACCAUAUGCCAGUCUCCCUCAACUUAUUCCUUCCUUCUACUUGCGUUAGGAGAUAAAAGCUGAAUUUGAGGAGUUGUCCAAAAAUUUGAUAUAUUGCAAAAUGCAUGCCCUAUACAAAAUACAGUUGCAUUUGUCUAUUUUAACAAAUAACCCAAAACUGUUAACAUACAGCAGGAAAAUGAAUGUAAACAAAGGAUUGGCAAAGGGAGAAGAGUGGGUAGGGCAGAAUAGUGUAUCAUCCAAUGUCUCCCAUGUUUUCAGGAAUAGUUAACUUAUUUUCAUAGGGAAGCUUUCCAUAGUGUAAAGGUUACCAAUCCUUGAAUAAGAUUCAGGUCAAAGUGGUAAGGUCAGCUCCCCUUUGCUUGUCCAUUAAUAACAUAAUUGAAGUGAACAUUUUAUGAACCAGACUCAUUUGCUGCUUGGGUAGCUUGUGAGUGUGAAAAUUACUAUUCAAUAGAGGAAUAAUGGGACAGGUGUGAUAAGUGUAUACUGAUAUGAGGCUGAAGGCAAUGGUACACAACAAUGCUUCCUGAGGGCAAGUCCAGAAUCUAUGAUUGCUUGCAGAGGCUGUACAUUUUUGUACAAAGGCCGAUGUAGUGUAAAUGAUAUAUUAACAGCAUUAUUGGUCCAGUCCUAACAAGAAGGAACAUUGAAGGAAAAUUUUAAAUAUUUUAUUUAUAGUGCAGGCUGUUAUCUUGUGUGAGCUGUAAUUAUAUUUGACCAGUCCUCCUCACACAGGGCCUUGAUGCAAAAAAUAAAGCUACAUAUUCAAAGCUUUCAUCUGUGGCAUCUGGCACUAAGACAUUAGCAGCAGAUCCUUUAAGUCAUGCAAGUUGCAAAGUGGGGCCUCAAUGGGUCAGAUUUGUUGUUCCAGCACAUCCCAAAGAUACUCAAUUGAGGUUAAGGCAACACUUUGAACUUCGUUAAAGAGAAACUCUAGUUACCCAGACCACUUCAGCUCAUGGAAGUGGCCUGGGUGCAGUGUCCCUGUUUCCCGUAAGCCUGCAAUGUAAAUCAUUGCAGUUUUAUAGAAACUACAAUAAUUACAUUGCAGUACGAAGACCACCUCUAAUGUCUGUCAAUCAGACAACCACUAGAGGGACUUCCUGGAUGUGAACAGUCUCCAGGUUACCUAACUGACGCUGGACAUCCUCACGCUCUGCAUGAAGACAUCCAGCGUCUGUAAAAAAAGGAAAGCUGCGCAUUCACCCUCUCCCAUCCACCCAUUCAAACCCCUGCCCACCCCAGCAGAGGAAGCAGCAUACAGACUCCGCACUAAGGAACAUUGCCGGUGGAAUCAGGCAAGUGUAAAAAGGUGUUUUACUUUUUGUUUUUUAUCCCUUUAUAUGCAUUUGGGGGAUGGGGGGGGCUGUGAAGAGGCGCACCAGAGGACACCAUAGUGUUAGGAAUCCAGAUUUGUCUUCCUAACACCGUAGAAUCGCUUUAAACCAUUCCUGAACUAUGUAUGCAGUGUGUCAUGGUGCAUUAUCCUGUUGAAUAAGCCUCUGCUCUCAGGGAACACCGGGUACGUGGUCUGCAACAAACUGUAGGUAGGUUGUACUUGUCAAAGUAGCAUCCACAUGAAUGCCAGGACUUAAUGUUUCCUAGCUAAACAUUGCCAUAACAGUCCAAUCAACCUCCUUCUAUUGCUCCAUCGUCCAGUUCUGAUGUUCAUAUCCCCAUUCAAGGCGCUUUUGGAGGUAGACAGAACAGUCUAUGACUUUGCAGCCCCAUACACGGCAAUCUGCGAUGCACUGUGUUGGCAACUUUCUAUCAUGGCCAGCAUUAAGUUUUUCAGCAAUUUGAGCUACAGUAGCUUGUGUGUGUGUGUGUGUGUGUUCCAACCAGACGGGCCAACCUACACUUGUCAUGUGCAUCAAUGAACCGUGGGUACCUAUGACCAUGAUCCUGGUUCGCCGGUUGUCAUUCCAUGCACCACUUUUGGUAGGUACUAAACACUGCAUACCAGGAACUCCCCACAAGACUUGCCAAUUUGGAGAUGCUCUAACCCAGUCAUCUAGUCGUCAUGAUUUAGUCCUUGUCAGUCACUCAGAUCUUUUUGCUUUCCCAUUUUUUUAACUUCCAGCACAAAAAUUAACUGUUCACUUGCUGGCUAAUAUAGCCCACAAAAUUUCUGGAAGACCCCACUGUUCACAGCAUAGUUAAUACCUUUAAGGGCAGGGGCAAUUGUACAAGUCCUGACUAAACAAAAACUUAGAAUUUGAGCUAUAUGUUUGUUCAGCCAUAGUUUACCUUUUUCAUAUUAAGGUUCCCACACACUUAUUAUAUAUCGGUUUGUACAGGAGAAAUUGGGCUUUCAUUUCACAUCAAAUAUUUAUAUAUGGAACACAACUGAAUAUGAAUUUUUUUAAAAGUAUGAGCAAUUAAAAAUUGUUGUUAAUAUCCAAGUUCUCCAUGGUAUUUUACCAGUGAAUGUCAUAAUUCUGUUAGAUUUUACUGCAAACAAAUUCCAAAUAUUUUUAUCCUGCCACGAGUACAAUGAUUCCCUCCGUGUAGAGAUUUGCCAGAUUGGUUUGUUGGACCUAUGUUGCCUUUAAGACCAUAUGGCAGCCCAGGAAUGAGGACUGCCCUCAUCACAGCAUACCAUUUGCAAAAGUAAACAACCCAGGGUAUUCAUAAAAAGGUAUGUCUAGUCUUUUCAGUAGCCGCUUAAUAAUAAUUUUGGCCAGGGUUUUGUUACUAAUGUUUUCUUUUGUUUUGUUUUUUACACACAAACAGCACUUUCACGGCUGCUCUAAAACAUUUAUAUUUGUGUUCAGCAAUGUUUCACAAGUACAACAGUCUUGGUUGUUCAGUUUUUAUAGUUUUGCAGAGUAUAUAAUUGUGCUAGUUGGGACCUGUGAUAUAUAGAUCCACACAGGAAUAUUUCAUUUAUCUCAAAAUACCUUGGUGAAGCUUAUUUUUUUUUUCUCUGUUUACAAUAGUAUGCUGCUGGAGAAAGCAUUGUACUUGUAAUUUUUGUGAUAUUCACUUUUUUGGGAGUAUUCUCUAGCUAUGUAUAAAAUCCAACAGAGUUGGAAGUCCAACCAUGUGUUGUUAUGAAUAAAAUGUAACAGAGCUCCCUGUACCCCGACUGGGUACUUCCGCAAAGGACAGCUUCCUAGCUGGAACAGGGGUCAAAUCACAGUACUUGACUGGGGUCCUGGAACCGCUCCUUCCUGGAGCCGAAUGGGGAAUUAGCCCUAGUCCUUACAAGGACUUUCCCCAUUGAAUCCCCUGCAAGCUGGAACAGCAGACACAGGAGUAAAUCUUUUUUCCCUCCAAUAACAGGACGACACGCCGUUUUGGAGUGUAAGCUGGAAUAGAUUUUAAUGGUGCCACACUUUGCCUUUUAUGCAAGUCCCCAAGCAAGGGGUACGCCCACAUGGACCUUGUUGGGGACAGGGACACAAAACUUACAAACCAAUAAUAACACAUUUACAAUGUAAUGCACGCCAACACAUGACACACAAUCCCUCCCCUCUGCUUGAGACAUAAUUGGAUCAGUAACUGUACUAAUUCUAAUCCGAUUAUCUCCAAGCACAGAAAAAACAUGCAUUUCUAAAAAGUCCCAAAAGUACCCCAAAACACAUGAUAUCCCCACAUGGUCCUAUGCCCAAAACAGUUCUAUGAAAUCAGUGCUAACGGUCGGUAAAGUUUGGUAAUCUUUUACAGGUUUCCCUGCAGGGCCCAUAGUCUGUGGGCAGGAGGCUGGCAAGCAGGCUCCUCCAGGAGCUCGUGGCAAACUGACUUGGAGAGGGGAGUUUGUCACAUAUAAUUUUUCUGGAUAGCAGACCACUGCAACUCAUGUCAACUUGUACUGCAGAAUGUGUUUCCCUUUAGCUAAAAUAAAAGGAUGCCAUUUGAAAUAUGCAAACUUUUUUUGAAGUCCUAUUAAAUGUUCAUUUGUGCGUUUUUGUGAAAAAUAGGUUUGUGAAUAAUAUUUGCAUAUAUUCCUUCAACCAAUAAGCAAGUAAGGAAGCAAGGUCCAUUUUCAUGAUCCAUGCAUGUGAUUUAUUAUGCCCAUGAUUGUUAGGGCCUUUUGGUAAACAAACUCAUUGCAAGAACUUAAUGGGAAACUAUAGGCACCAAAACAAAGUAUGAAUCAGUUUUGGUGUAUAAUUCAUGCCUCUGUAGACUCACUGCUCAAUUCUCUGCCAUUUAGGAGUUAAAUAACUUUUGUUUAUGCAACCCUAGUUACACCUCCUUGAAUGUGACUUGCACAGCCUUCCUAAACAUUUCCUAUAAGGAUACAUCUAAUGUUUAAACUUACUGCAUACAGUAGUACAGUUUGUUUAAUUCAGAAUUUCUCAUCUCCUGCACUGUUAAUAGCUUACUACACCUUGCAGGAGCCUCCUGUGUGGGAUUUAAAGUUCAAUUUACAGAGAAGGAGAUAAAACCUUAUAUAAGUAAGUUUUAUAUCUAAUUGAAAGUGAAACCAUUUGUGUGGCUAGAGCUGAAUGGACAGAAACAAGUAAUUUAAUUCCUAAAUGGCGGAGAAAUGAGAUUGCAGGGGCAUGUGAGGUGACAAUUAAUGAAACUCCAUUGUGCCCCUAUUUGUAGACAUGCAUAUACCACCAUUAACCAAAAAAAGCAAACAUGCAUAUACCACCAUUAACUGAAAAAAGCAAAUGCACCUCCGUGUAAAAGGGUUCAUUUACCUGGGUGAAAACUCCCUGUGGCUGUAAUAAAAGCUUGAUAUUUGAAACAUCAACUCGCCAAUAUGUUAAUCUCAUUAAUAAUUCAAACAUUUCUGAAUUCUUCCAUUUGCUUGUUCAGAAUCUUGUUCAACCAACACUCUAAUACAGAUACCUGUGCUAUCAAAUUUUUUAUUUUAUAGUAAACCUAAUUUUGUCUCAUUUUAUUUAUUUACCUUUUUUUUUUAUUUUUUUUUUAUUGACCUUCAUUUCAGGAUGGAGACAUGCUUCGCUCCAGGAGGAGAAAGUAUGAAAUUGGUAAACUGACCAGCAUUGAUUCUGUAGAAAGAAAGCCAUCCUCCAGGCAGGAACUGCUGCAAAAUCAGCGGCAUUCGAAGAGCAUGGUAGGGGAGCGAAUACGGCAGCUGGAACAUUAGCCGAACUGGAAAUACCUAAAACAGAAGGUAAAGUUUUUAAGUCAUUUGACUUUUCUAGGCAAUCCGUAACCCACCAACUAUUGAUUGAAUAUAAAGAGAAUUUGAUGGGGAAUAUUUGGCACUUCAGCUCUUGUUGUCUACAAUUACAAUGAUGCCCAGCCUGCCAUUGGACUUAUUGGGUGUUAGUCCAUAGCAACUAGAAUUCCAACCCUCAGCGGAAGAGUGUGUUUUUUUGUGGUGCGUUUUUUGUGACUUAUGUUUGAUCUGUCAAUGUUGUGUAAAAUAUUUUAGCCCAAAACAUAUUUUAAUAGUUGGUAAAGCACAAAAAAAAACUGCUUGCAACAAAUGCUGCAGACCAUCAGUUUGCAGCCUUUGCAACCUCUUCCUUCUUUCCAAAGCACAACCUUUCAUGGAUCCGUGAGGGCAGAUUUCCUUUUCUUCUUAAUCAAAUGGUGACAGCCGGGAGGUGUUUCUGCUGCAAUUAUAAAAUUUCCAAUUUCAGUAGAAAUAAGCACUUUUAGUUAGUGUGUGUGUUCCUUUUUAAUGUACCAGUGUUCAUGGUAUUUUAUUUCCUUACAGGUUCAUUUGUCACACAGUGGAAUAGACCAAUGUUUUCUAGAGAAAACAAAUCUUUACAUCUUCAUCCCAAUUGCUAUUGAGAUAUAUAUAUAUAUAUAUAUAUAUAUAUAUAUAUAUAUAUAUAUAUAUAUAUAUAUAUAUAUAUAUAUAUAUAUAUCUAUAUCUAUAUCAAUGAAGGAGCACUCCAAGGGAUUUUUCAAACUUGUUUAUAAUCCGGUGUUGAAAAAAUCAAUCAUCAACGUUUCGACCCAAUGGGGUCUUUAUCAAGAUAACAACAACCUCAAAUUAAUGUGCAUAUAUACAAAAAUACAAAUGAAUCUAACUUACCCCACCUGAGAAGUGAAGCCCGCUCACCAAGUGCCGCCGAGUAGUGCGCAUGCGUAGUGACGUCACCGGAACGGUGCGUCAUGACGUGUGUGCGUACGUGCGUGAUAACGUGAUCAUGUGAUCCCAUGGACCGCAAGCGUGUCCAUGGAAACCUGAACCGAUAAAAACAAAGCAGAAGGAAAGAUAGGAAUCUACAGACCGGACAAGUCAUCAAAUAUUGAUAAGCCACAAUUGAAAUAAAUGAAUAAAUAAAUACACAGAGUGUAGCUAGGAGAAAAACGUGAAGAAAAGAGAAAAUAAAAACAUAAGAGGAUAAUAGGAAAUAAAGACGAGAAUGUGUAAAGAAAAAGUGAAAGAAAGUGAAGAAAAAGAGUGAAAAAACACAAAUAAGAGCCUCUGAAAAGAGACAAAAUCGUGAUGUGUAAGAAAGAAAAGUGAAGUGUGUGAAUAGACAUAUACAUCUGAAAAAAUGUGAAAGAAGGAGAAUAGAAGAGAAAUAAGACCUAGUACACCUCAGAAUCCUAAACACAUGUAAUCCAAUCAUAUAAAAUCCAUAUAUAAUAGAGACAAAUACCGAUCAUACUUCCAGGUGUACAUCAGAUACAGAAUAAUAUUACUGAUAGACAUAUAUAUGUAUGUUAAGUUCCUACACAUACAACAGUAAAUAAACUUCACAGAUUGCAUUAUGGUAAUAAAGAAAAAUGCAAUAAUGCAGAGGCCAAAAAAUAUGUAUAUAUAAGGCCUAAAAAAUAAAAAAUAGACUAGCGUCUCUCCAAAAAAGAGUUAAAUGAAACAUAUUCGUUCAAUCCUUUGGGUUGUAACGUGUCCAAUUGUUUGAUCCAGAAGGUCUCCCUUUGGAGUAAUAACUUUGACCGGUCACCUCCCCUGAUUGGAAUAGGUAUAACAUCUAUAGCAAUAAAUUUAAGCAUGGGUAAUCUGUGAUUAAAUGCGAGGAAGUGUUUAGCCACCGGUUUGUCCGUUAUACCUUACCCAUUGCACUUUUAAACGCUCUGUUCAUGUGAAGUAUCUACUUUUGUACUCCAGACAGAGAGACCGACCGUUAGCCCUAAUUCUCUGGAACUAUUUUGGGCAUGGGACCAUGUGCACGGUCGGUCAAAAAUAAGACUUCCAGGAAAUUCUUGAACCCCUUAACUGAUCUGGGAGAUUACCCAUGCUUAAAUUUAUUGCUAUAGAUGUUAUACCUAUUCCAAUCAGGGGAGGUGACCGGUCAAAGUUAUUACUCCAAAGGGAGACCUUCUGGAUCAAACAAUUGGACACGUUACAACCCAAAGGAUUGAACGAAUAUGUUUCAUUUAACUCUUUUUUGGAGAGACGCUAGUCUAUUUUUUAUUUUUUAGGCCUUAUAUAUACAUAUUUUUUGGCCUCUGCAUUAUUGCAUUUUUCUUUAUUACCAUAAUGCAAUCUGUGAAGUUUAUUUACUGUUGUAUGUGUAGGAACUUAACAUACAUAUAUAUGUCUAUCAGUAAUAUUAUUCUGUAUCUGAUGUACACCUGGAAGUAUGAUCGGUAUUUGUCUCUAUUAUAUAUGGAUUUUAUAUGAUUGGAUUACAUGUGUUUAGGAUUCUGAGGUGUACUAGGUCUUAUUUCUCUUCUAUUCUCCUUCUUUCACAUUUUUUCAGAUGUAUAUGUCUAUUCACACACUUCACUUUUCUUUCUUACACAUCACGAUUUUGUCUCUUUUCAGAGGCUCUUAUUUGUGUUUUUUCACUCUUUUUCUUCACUUUCUUUCACUUUUUCUUUACACAUUCUCGUCUUUAUUUCCUAUUAUCCUCUUAUGUUUUUAUUUUCUCUUUUCUUCACGUUUUUCUCCUAGCUACACUCUGUGUAUUUAUUUAUUCAUUUAUUUCAAUUGUGGCUUAUCAAUAUUUGAUGACUUGUCCGGUCUGUAGAUUCCUAUCUUUCCUUCUGCUUUGUUUUUAUCGGUUCAGGUUUCCAUGGACACGCUUGCGGUCCAUGGGAUCACAUGAUCACGUUAUCACGCACGUACGCACACACGUCAUGACGCACCGUUCCGGUGACGUCACUACGCAUGCGCACUACUCGGCGGCACUUGGUGAGCGGGCUUCACUUCUCAGGUGGGGUAAGUUAGAUUCAUUUGUAUUUUUGUAUAUAUGCACAUUAAUUUGAGGUUGUUGUUAUCUUGAUAAAGACCCCAUUGGGUCGAAACGUUGAUGAUUGAUUUUUUUCAACACCGGAUUAUAAACAAGUUUGAAAAAUCCCUUGGAGUGCUCCUUCAUUGAUUAUACAUACCGAGGCUUGGAAGCACCCGGGUAAUUUUUGUAUUUUAUUUGCAUUUAAAGGAAGAGUGCCAGAGUUUGCUUUUAUUUAUAUAUAUAUAUAUAUAUAUAUUCUGUUGCCAUUUAUAUAGCGCCAACAGAUUCCGUAGUGCUUUACAAUAUAUAUAAUAUUUUAAAGAAACACUCCACAAAGCAACACUAGUAAAAAUAAUUGGGUUAGAGCAUGAGCUUUGCAUUUAAAUAAGAUGUAUUCUUACAUUUUGAAACCACUCAGUUACCUUUAGAAUUUGUUGCAUGUUAUACAACAAGGCCUUGUGUUCCCUGCUUGGAAUGUGGCAGGCCAGAGACAUAAACCCCCCAAUCUCCCACACGCUAGCAUUGUCUUCUCCUGUCUUCAACACAUGGUGCUUAUCCACCAGGAGCAAUGUGAGUGCUUUACACUCUGAUGUUUUUGAGGGUCAGCAUAAACCUUAAUAGAUAAGGUCUCUUAGCAAAAAAAGAUUGUUUAAUUCUCACAACCAUCCCAAGUAUCUAGUGAGAGAAUUGUCAAUUCAAUAAAAUUCCAGUGCAGUCAAUAAAAAAACAUUUAAUAAAGCUUUUAUCUUUAUAAAAUACUCAGAGCUGCAGCUUAAAGGAACACACCAGACCUCCAGAGCACAUUAUCUUGCUGAAAAGCUUUAUGUGUAAAGAGUGUGUCCACCUUUGUUUUUUUUUUUGUUUUUUUCAUUCAUUUAAAAAAAAUUUUUUUAAAAUACCCUGUUACGGACCGCCUAGCACCCCGACCGGGUUCCUCCAUCAAUUGCUGCUUCCUAGUACUUGCGAGCACCAUAAGCACUGUACUGGAACAUCAUAACCACCGUAGACCCCGCGAACUGCCUCCACCCUCCCUGGACACAAGACCAGGAUCCAGCUUCCAGUAGGUAGACCUCUCCUAGUCCAGAGAGUGUAGCAGGAACAGCUGUUAUAAGAGCUAGUGAUUAUACUCAAAGGAGUAUUGUGAUAUAGCAAUCCCCAGAGUGUAUGUAGUUCUCCAAUCCCCCAAACAUGAGACAAGACUUCAUGGAAGGGUAAACGAAUCUCCGUUUAAUGGGAGCCAUACUUGGCCUUAUAUGACAAUCCCCAUGCAAGGGGUACGUCCACAUGGACCUGAUGGUAGACUGAUUUGCAACUUCACCGACCAUUAACAAUAAGGUUACAAGGCACGACACUCCCACACACAAUCCCAUCCCUCUGCCUGGGAGAUAAUUGGAUCAGUAACUGUACUAAUUCUAAUCCAAUUAUCUCCAAGCACAGAAAAAACAUACUUUUUUUUAAAACACCCCAAAGGUACCCUAAAAAUACAUAAAACCCCACAAAUGUUACAUCCCGUGAUAGCCCUGAUCUGGGUGACCAACAUAUCCAAAAAUCACCCAGAUCAGUUAAGGGGUUCAAGAAUUUCCUGGAAGUCUUAUUUUUGACCGACCGUGCACAUGGUCCCAUGCCCAAAAUAGUUCCAGAGAAUUAGGGCUAACGGUCGGUCUCUCUGUCUGGAGUACAAAAGUAGAUACUUCACAUGAACAGAGCGUUUUAAAGUGCAAUGGGUAAGGUAUAUUGCAGGGCCCAUAGUCCUGAGGCAAGAGGCUGGGCAGAAGGUUCCUCCAAGAACCCGUGACGAGGUUCAGUUCGGCACAUACACCCACUGAAAAAAAUACAUAACUAAAUGCAUGCAAGGUUUCAUUUUGGGCAUAUCUACUCUACUUGAAAGGGCUCAGCUGAAAAUGUUAGAUUGGCAGACUGCAGGAAAAGGCCAGAUGUUUUAUUAUAGUUUGAGAUCUCUGUUGCCGAUAGUUGCAGGCCAAUUGCUGUACACCUUCCUUUUUAACUAUGUAUUCUAAAAUAAUCUGUUUCAGAACACCUUUCAUCACCCAAGGCACAUUGCAUUAAUAGAUAGUUUUUGAUUUAUGUGAGGAGAUACUGGUAAAAUGUAUUGUUUUGGGGUUGGGGGUGUUUACUUUGAACUUUGAUAAACUAUUAUAUCAUGCAUGUAUCCUCAUUACAGAAUGAAUUUCAAAAUGUCAUAUAAAAUAAGCAGGAUUAAAAAAAAAAAAAAGAGACCCUUUCUUGUAAGAGAAGUGGAUCAGUGGUCUGGAGAUCUCAUUUUUGUUCUUAUAUGAGCAGUAGGGAGUUUAGUCCUAGCCAAAAGGAAUAGAACACAAAUUUGGUAGGAGCAUGUCAGAAAGUAAAAAGGACAUGUAAUUAUAAAGGUAGAUCAUUUUCUCUAUGCUAACGAUCUGAUUUCACCAUUGGAAGCUAGUCCUGCUUCACCAAUCAUCUCCAACUUUGAACAGCAAGAACUCUUGAGGAAACCACUUUUCCUCAGUGAUAGACUGAGAUAUGUAGCGUUGACCCUUACAGCCUAUACAGAUUCCAACCCUUUCAUAAGCACAAUGCCAACUAUGACUUUUGAAAUCUCCACUCACAUAUAUGGCUAACACUACUUGUAUUGCCUUGAACCACUCCCUUCCCAUAUUUGUAGGAAUAGAAAUGAAGAGUUGUGGCCAGGGUGUGUUUUUUUUUGUUUUUUUUAUUAUUUUUUAAUUUUUAUUUUUUUUUAAGAUGAGACUGUUAUAUUGGACUUGCCUCCAAAAUAUGUCUCUUUUAGCAUCUGUCCUUGCUCCAUACAUAAAUAUAUUUAAGAGAAGUAUUUAUCUUGUUACUUGGAAACUUAUUUGAGUCACGCAAUUGGAGAGUUGAACUAAUGGUGUUGUUGCCAAACAUGACCAUCAAUGGCAGCCCUUUACACUUUUAAUUUAAAUAGAGCAAAUGUGCUUGGCAUGGUCUUAACACCGUUUCCUGUUUGUGGUUUCAGGUCUUGUUGAAAAGUAAAGACAGUCCCGUCUGCACACUCCACUGAAUGCUGAAGAUGCUGCUUGUUCAACAAAUUAAUCUACUCCACACACUUCUAAGCAUUGAAUUGUGACCUAAACAAACUUGUACAGUUUUUAUUUUAUUUUAUUUCAUAUUAUUUUGCUUUCCAUUAUAUUUGGUAAGGGAUAAAACUGCAUGAUCUCUCAGGGUAACAAGGAGGGCACAGGUAUUGUAAUUGUGUAUAUAAGAUCAGUGCUAAAUAAAAAAGCUAUUGGUAUAUGUAUGUCUGUAUAUAUUUUUAUAUGAAUAUAUACAUACACAAUAGUUUGUGUGUGUAUAUGUGUGU